UUUGUUAAAUGAUAUUUAAUAAAAAUGUUGGUAUUCUUAAGGUAUUAUUUUACACAUUACACCUAGGAAAAAAAAAUGUCCUGUGUUCCGUAUGUAUGGUCAACUCCUGGAUAAUUAGCAUUGAGGCAAGCUUUUAAAAGUCGCAGGAUAGCGCUGCUACAAUUAGCUUUUGUUCAUAUGCCUUGGCAAAGAGGUCGCCCCUACUAUUCAAAGGGCAGCAGAUUAGACUGUACAAAUAUACCCAGAUAUGCUAAUGAACCUUAUCUAUGGCAUGCGUUCAUUUGUCAACACUUUUGCUGCUGUCAGAAGGUUAAAAAUGGAAACCAAAUCUUUUCUUCUUUACAGCAAAAUCAAGCCCAAAUAAGGUGAUUGGUUUUGGGCUGCGGAUUCGUAGUUGAAAUCUGUCCAAGUCUCUCCUUGGAAUGGAUGUAAGUGAAAAAAGUCUUGUGGUGUCUCAGGGGACUAAGCCAUCCAAUGAUAUGCUCUGUGAGUUUAAAACUGUCUGUAGUUUAUCCACCUUCAGUUGAGCUUUGCACACACAGUUCACUGCAGCUUCUCUUACUUCCAAGUGGCCACUUCUUUCCUCGCUGCGAGAAGCCUCUUAGCCCAAGGUCAAGAUGGAAGCAAUUAAGAAGAAGAUGCAGAUGCUGAAAUUGGAUAAGGAGAAUGCCAUAGACAGAGCAGAGCAAGCCGAGGCUGAUAAAAAGGCAGCUGAGGACAAGUGCAAACAGGUAUCUCUCUCCAUCCGUCAACAACUCUGUAUUAACAGCAGCAAACUGGUCCAGCUUGUCAGCCCUUUAACUGCAUGUUCUAAAAGCAGAGACCACACUAGCAUAUUGUAGAAAUACCACAUUACUUGUGAUAUAUAUUGCUGAGAUCCCUUCCUCCACAUGUCUACAACACUUUAACAGCAUGAAACAAGGUUAAAUAUGCUAUGUACUUAAAUUCAUCAACAGUUAUUGCCUAGACUAUUAAAGCUAUGAGUUCCACAGCACAAAUAGAAUGCAUAUUUAAACCACUGUAUCUCAGAUGAUCACCUUCAUUCAUCCUAACAACUAAAUAAAAAUAAAACUCUAAAUUAUUUUACGACAGAAAACAAGAUUACUGUAUUUUGUUGAGUGCCAAAAGACAAUGUUAUCAUUGGUAGUGUAACUGACGUGUGUUAAAUACUCAAAAAGUUGUUCCAAACAGGUCGUUGCUUUGGUUUCUAUGGUGACUACUCUACAUUUAUAACUUUACCACUGAAUAGUUGUUUUGUUUUUUUUUUAAUAUAAAAUCUCAAUGAAUGAGACACAUGGAAAGCAACACAAAAGGCAGAACCUCACCUAUUUACCAGAGCGACAAAAAAAUGCAUCAGUAUUGUGACCAAAAAAAAACAAAGCAGGGAGAUCUAUAAAAGUUGUAUAGUCAUUGUGGAAACAAUGAAACAUUCCUGAUUCCAUUAUUUUCCAUGGUGAUUCUUCCACUUUUUGAACUUCGGCUCUCUUUUAUGUUCGUAACACAAAUCUCCCCAUAUAUGCUGAGCUAAAGCAGUUAAAGCAAGUUAGCAUUGCAUCCUCUGCUGAAUUAGACCAGUGUGUCUGUCCUGCCUGUAGAGGUCAUAUAAACAAAAAAUGUUAAAGGGAGAUGAACAUCAAAUAUUCCAACAAGUCUGCCUCCUCUCAAUUCAUACUCUGCAUUCUUCACACAAGCUCAAUGCAUGUGUACAAUAUUUUGUUUAACCCCUUUACUCUGAGUUCAAAUACCACCUCAACUGGAAGGCUUUUCCAUGUAUAUACUGUCUAAAAAGUUCUGUUAUAUAUUUCUCUAUUGAACAGCUAUAUGCUUGCAGACCUCCAAAGUGGUGGAAUUUGAGGUGACGUGCAGUAUUGGAGAGAAGAAAACAGCUAUUGCUGAAAUCCUUUAUACAACACUUGAUUGUUUUCAAAAAUCUUUAUUGAUUUGUUUCAGCCUUGCCAUAAUAACCUUUCAGCUAUAGUCUGUAUUGUGCCCAGUGCAACUCUUCUUAGCUGAUGAUGUGCUUAAUUUAAACAUAAUUCUACAAGAGACAAAUCUUGAGAAAUGCAGUUCAUCUGGUUAGCAUAAGCUGCAUGUUGAGAAAGCCCUGAUUGCAUACUUAUUGGUAAUGAACUAUAGUAAUAGCACACAUUAAGUAUGCUGUUGAAAAGUAUACACUCUAUAGUGUACCUGACUUAGAUUUAUAUAUACUCUAAUUUUUUAACCCCUUUAAAUGACAUUUUACUUUAGGUGGUAAAAUAAGUUUAUAAUGUACAUUGUCCUUUAGUACAAAUGACCUCAUUUGCUAUGAAAAAUACAUAAUUUAUCGUAUAGUUAAACAAUGUAUAUACUUUCUUUGCAGCCCUAUCGUUUAGACUAAAAAAAAUAUGAUGAAAAUUAAUAUAUUUUUAAGCUGAGUUGGUUAUCCUUUCUGAAUAUUUAUAUGGAAGGAUUCAUUUACUCGAGUUUUAUAAACUAGAGUAGGUAAUCAGCCGAGGUGGUAAUCUGUACUUAAAGGACUACUAUAGUGCCAGGAAAUCAAACUCAUUUUCCUGGCACUAUAGGGUCUUUAGGUCCCCCCACCCUCAUGGCCCCUCUCCCGCCGGGCUGAAGGGGUUAAACCCUUACCUUUCUCCAGCAUUGGGCUCCCUCGGUGCUAGGAAACUCUUCUCCCUCUCCCGACAUCAGCUUUGAAUGCGCAUGCGCGUGCAUUCAAUCGGUCCAUAGGAAAGCAUUUCUCAGUGCUUUCCUAUGGACGUCAGCGUAUUCUCACUGUGAUUUUCACAGUGAGAAGCGCGGUAGCGCCUCUAGCAGCUGUCAGUGAGACAGCCACUAGAGGCUGGAUUAACCCUAGCUGCUAUGUUUACAGCUGCACGCUUAACCCUAGAUGGACCUGGUGCCUAUAGUGGUCCUUUAAACACCUGACAAACAAAUAUACCAUUUGGGAUUUUUUUUUUUAAAUUAAGUUUUCCAUCCAAGUACAGUCUCCAAUCCAUUUGUCCAGUAAAAUUGCAACAAUAAACUGAGCAUUCUGUGCCACAAUGUAAUACAUAUAAACUAAAAAAAACUAAAACAUUAAUAUGUGUUAUUAUUUCUGAAGCUUUCCGAUGCCCAUCCCACUACUAUGGUGCUGUGGCUGAUGGUUUAAAACUUAUUUGGUUUAUAUAUAUAUUAACAUAUAUUUGCACUAAAUAUUGUGCUUCAAGUGUUUUUGUUUCUUGACUUAUCUAAGCUAUUGUUACAUGAGCUAUUUCCCUAUAGAUACCAGCAUUUCAAAUGGCUCAAAGCAGGAAAAGUACUUAAUGUGCACAAAUACAUUAUAAACAUAAAUUCCCUGUUUAAAUAGAUUUAAUUGUGGGUGUUAGGGUGGCAGAGUGCCUUGAUACAGUAAUACACAGCAAAUACACUAAACUCUUAGAAAAUAGGGUAGUAGGAUAAAAAGAAAAAUAAUGUACUAAUAAUGUUUACAUCUUGUGAUAGAUACAGACUUUGUAUAAACGUGCUUCCUAGUAAUACACUAAAUAAAACACAAACUAAACCAUAAAUGUCCUUAAAGGUCUCCUCUUUAUUUUUACAUCUUAUUAGACCUUCGCCCAGUCUCCACUCCUUCAACAAAUCUUUGAAAACACACUUCUUCAGGAAAGCAUAUCAUUUAAACUGUUAGCGGGUUAUAAUCCCCAUGACUCCUCUCCUGCAACUGUCAAAAAUAACCUACUAAGUUCUCAAUGAAUACUUUUCUAGCAACCUAUUUCAUUACCCCUACUUAUACCCUUUGUUUCACUAUACCCCACUCACUCUAGCAUGCAAGCUCAUUUAGCAGGGCCCUUAACCCCUCUGUCCCUGUGUGUCCAUAUGUCUGGUUACAAUUACAUGUCUGUAAGUCCACCCAUUGUACAGCGCUAUGGAAUUUGCUGGCGCUGUAUAAAUAAUAUAAUAAUAUUGUUUCUCCAACAUAUUGAUGCUCGGAAGAGAUGGUACUACAUUCAACUUAACAGAUAGAGUUAAAUACAUAUCCCUAAGGGGUGCUUGUCAGUUAAAUCCCUGGCAUUCCAUUCCAUUCUGCUUAGAAACGCCCACCAGGGUUCAGGAUAGAAUGGGACACAGUGACUGGGUUUAAUAGACAACUACUUCCUAAAGUAUUUAAAAUGAGAACAGCUUAAACAAAAUAUGCACAAAAAUAUCAGACUCAUUUUUAAAGAAACUAACUGAAGUCUUUUUCACAUACAAGGUUAUUCACUAAAAUGGGAUUUAUUUAUUUCCAAUUUAAUUUCUUUGGCCUAAAAUUUUGAAUUCACGUUGAAUUUCCAGCAACUACGACUUUCAUGAAUAAACCUGCACGAAUCGCCUCGCUUACUGUCUGCUAUAGUGAUUCUCUCCUUCUCCUGCAGCAAUAGGGUUAACGGCUGAAUAUCCCUGCCACUUUCUGUGGUUUUUAUUCGUUUGACAGAGAAAUAGAACAUUCUUUUCCUUAUUUGGUAAAAAAAAGUCUGGUAUGGAGCUGAAAGUUGACUACAAGCCAAUUUCAGCAACGUGAUCUGUCCUAGUAUAGGAAUUUCUUAAUAAAACAGAGAUUCUGUUUAUUGAUAGUGUGAGUUUAGAAAUGUGUAUGUCUGUGUUCCAUGUCCUGAUUCACAGAACAUGAAUGUGGUCACUGAUUUAAAUACAUAUGUUUUACACACACCAACAGUAGUAGUCAUAUUUGUUCCCUUGUAACAUUUGUCUUUAAGACUAAAUACAGUCUGCCAGAUGGCUGUGGUUUCACUCUGCAGAACAAAGCAAUAUUAUUAGUGGGGCCACGUUAAAUGACAGAGAUUAUUAAAAAGACAAUCAUGACACAAUUGGGGCCACUUUUAAGAUAUGCUAUAAAUGUUUUUAAUGAAAGAUGGUGGCAUUUGCCCACUAAAUGUGAACACCCUCCAGUUUGUUCCAUUCUAUCAUAAAUUGUAAAUUCACUUUAAAUCCCCCACAAUUCCCAUUAUAGUGAAUAAUCCUGACUGUAUAGCAUAGGUAUAAAACGAAUUCUGCCUCGCGGUAUGUAGAAUUCCCAUUGUGACAGAGGAAAACCAAUAAAUUAACUACACAAGAGAUCCAAUAGAGUUAAUAGCAUUAAAUUAAUUAUAUAUACUUUCAGGCAACACUAUUGCACAAUAUGUAGAACUUGGAAGUUACAAUUGUGUGGGAAAACAUGGCCAAGAAGCAAAAUCUUUUACUCCUUUUCCAAAAGAGAAGUAGACUCACGGAAUAGCAUCCCAGCAGAGAUGGUAUAAUUUUUUACUGCAAAUACAUGUGCAAUUUAUUCUAUAUUUUAUUAUACAACCCUUUAAAUAGUUCAUGGAAUAAAUCCCUUUGGUCAAGCUGGACUACUACAAACUUGGCUGAAACGAGGAGUCACAGUGUACUAGCAAACCCACCCACAGACACUCUGCACUAAUUCAAGAAUCCAGCUCAUGAUGUGGGAUCAAACCACAGCUGUGCAUUCACUAGUUCUCUUUAAACAAGGAUAUCAAACAUGUUAAGUCAUCUAGCUAAUUUUAUAACAACUGAUCAAGCAGACAAUACGAGGGUUUAGCCAAGCUCGGGAGCACAAGUUGACUGGUAUUAUAUCGCAGCCUACAAGAGAUUUAGGGACAUUAAAACGUGAGAUCAUUCCUGAUUUUAAUCUGGAGCGGACUUAUGUGUGCUUUCAUUGGAGUAAAUUAGAUUCACCAGUUGUUCUUUCUAAAGAGACAACUCCAUUUUUAGCCUUAGCUGUACAGUAGAGAAUAUUAACCAAUUUCAGCAAUGUAACAUGAAUUCAUAGAGUCCAAUAAUUUAUGAGAUUGUCCUUGAAAUAAGAUGACAGGCACCGCCAAUAAACCCAUUGAAUGCUGGAUAAUGCUAUAAUCCAUUAUAUCGGCAUAGUGCUCAAACUGUUAAUGGGAGACCUAAAAAAAAAUGCUUAAAGUGACACUGUAGGCACAAUAUCCAUUUCAUCUCAUUAAAUUGGAUAUAGUACCUAGAGACCUCUGGCACGGUCACCUCAUUCAGUGAUUUAUUUAUUUUUAGCAGUUUAACACUAAAUAAGGGUCCUUGGCCACCCACAGCCCGGACCCUACUGGAUCUAUGGCUAAAGCAUAAAUUACACACUUCCUUACAGUAGUAAAAAAAAAAUCAUACCAGCAAUGGGUGUUUUGUUAGGCUAACAGAGGUCAGCUGACCCUUCAGCCAAUCACACUCACCCAUUGAUGAUCCAGCUAAUGCUUCCUCAUUAGCACAAUCAGCACAGAGGGGAUGGGCUGCUAAGCACCAUCCUUUAGCAUUGAAAGAUUAAAAACGGUUUGAUGCUGAACGAAAAGAUGACGUCAGGGAACUCCAGGUGCUAUAACCAUUUCAUCGAGAUACAGCAUGAGAUUUUAUAAGGUUACUGUAUUAAUAGCACAAAAGCGAGGGUGAUAAUUUCCUAGCUUUUUAAAGUAACCUCAAAGGUGUUUUAACAUCAAUGCAGCCUUGUUAGAUGCAUAUUGUAUACCCCUUUUAUAAAAAAUACUAAUUUAGAAGAGAGCUUCACCAUAAAACUUGCUUUGUCCAUCCUGCCUUUUCUCCAGAUGCUCUAACAAAAUUGAUGUGUCCCAUAAAAUGAGGAGUCAUCAAAAGAGAAUAUUGGAAAAGUCUUAAUACAAGACACAUUCAUUUGUUUCUAUAUGAACCAUAGAUCGAAAUCACUACAAACAAGAAAAAAACUGCCAAUAUAGUGAUAAAUAGUACUGACUGCCUUUAUACUGUGUAAUUAUAGAUUAAUCAACAUAUGUCAAGUAUUUAAAAUCAUUGGGGGCUGUGUGUACAAGGGGUGCUGUUGUGACACAAUGUGUUUUUGCAUUUAUGUAUAAGAAGAUUCCUGCCAGAAAUACAUACCUGUGAGCCAGCUGUGGCAGAACAGAAAAAGUGAUAUAAUUAUUAAAUUUCUCACACAUUAUGUAUAAAAAUAGAUGAAAAAGUGUGCCCUAGUUUUAAUCACUUUAUCUCUGGCAUUGUAUGCUCUGCAAGAAAAGUCACAAAUGUGAAAAUAAAAAUUAGAAAAUUUGACAGAAAACAAAGUCACAGACAUACCCCAGCUUGUUGACAUGCAUUUAGCCCAUUUAGAUAUGUUUACAUAUACCAUAGAGACGCAAAGAUAAUAAUCUAACCAAACAGAUCAUGCUUAAUAAAACACGUUUUUUUUUUCUUGGAGUAACUCUUUCUGUGGUGGUCCACUCCAUUAAAAAAAAAAAAAGCUUAAAUGUAACUUUAACUCCAGGUCAAAGGCAAGCUUCUUCCUUCCCAAUCUUCCUUGGUUGACAUCUCCCCCCUCGUCGAAAGGGCGGCAGGCUGGGGAGGGAGCUGUGCAUUAUCUUCGAAUAUGCAGUGUUUCACUAUGAACUCACUCCAGACACCAUGACCACUUCAAAUCACUGAAGUGGUCCUGCUGUUUGUAUCAACCGUUUAAUGGUAAUGAGAUUGCAACAUUAUCCGUAACCAUGAAUAUCUGCUGUUUUAACGUGGGAAAAUAUGCAUGCACACGCACAGUCUCUUGUAGAUCUAAACCUGUUUAAGUUGCCCUUUGAUAAGCUUGUGAUGUGAUCUGUGGAGCAGUCCAGGCAGCAGCUCCUUUAUACAUCAAACCAAUAUCGCCGUAAGAAGAUGAAUAACAAUACUGGAACGUUGUAAAUUCAUCCAAGAGACAUACCGUUAGGUAUGAAUGAUGAUCUAAAAUGACACUGGAUACCCACCACUAUUAAGUACUUGGCUAGAAUUUUUAUAAACAUUUUGAAAUCUUCCCAACUUGCAUCAUAUUUUGUUAAAAUAAUUCAGUUUAUAUAAUCCUAUGUGAUCCUCGUUGACCUUAUACUACCUCUCAUUCAGAAAAUAGAGAUUACUUAAGACGUGGUAUUUUUUUAAAUAAAACUCAUCAUUAUUACAAUGUCAUUUAUUGGGAUUGAAAAUAACAUUCUCUUCUUAAGCACACCAAUGUCAAUUGGUGUGCAUAGUACCAAAUCCCAAUUUUAUUUGAUAGUUUUCCUCUCUUCCUCAAGUCUGAAGCAAUACCUUUCAAAAACUCUUGAAAGCUUGUCUUUUAAGUAUUAUGUUAACUCAGUAAAAAAGUAUGAUUGCAUAUCUCAAUACUCUGGUAUUUUGGCAUCUAGUCUACUGGACUUAUAUGGCUAAUCCAAUCUAAAUAUAUAUAUAUAUAUAUAUAUAUAUAUAUAUAUAUAUAUAUAUAUAUGUAUAUGUAUAUAUGUAUAUGUAUGUAUAUGUAUAUAUGUAUAUGUAUAUGUGUGUAUAUGUAUAUAUGUAUAUGUAUAUGUGUGUAUAUGUAUAUAUAUAUGUAUAUAUAUAUGUUUUAUAAAUAUUUUGCACAUGGAAAACAUCAUAAGACAUAUCUCAAAUCUAAAUGUGACAAAGAGAGCUUUCUAUACUAACAUAACUUAUAGAGUCUAUCCUCUUUACAUGAGGAACACAAACCCUAGCAAUCACUGCACAGUUCUAUCCCCUAGUUAAACUGUGCCAUUCCUGGUUAAAUACUUCAAUAUUAUUAUUAUUUAGAUUAUUGUUAUCGAAUGUCACUGCACAACCCUUGUGACACUAGUGAUUAUCCAGUAUACGGUUUGUGGUCUGUGAUUUGGGGAUUUUUGAAUGGUGACAGAAAACAGCGAAGUAAGAAUAGGCAGCAGAUCAUACAAUGUCAGUGACAAACCCAUAUAUAUUUUUAGUAAAUACCUUUGUAAUUUUCAAUAGGAGGGCAUUUACCUGGAGCUGCAGUAUUAAUAUUGGCUUAUACCAUAUAAGGCAGUUCAAAUCCUUUCGUCUGGUUGAACUCUUUAAAAAAUAUUAAUACCAAACAAAAUAACCUACACUCAGUUGAAUAAAGUAUGGGAAAAGGUGACGUCCCCUGGUUAGUUGCCAGUUAGUUGCCACCAACUGGUUUAGCCAACAAAAUUUUGCACAUCGAAUGUAGAAUAGUGGCCCACUACACACAUCACUUCUGGUGAUAUUAGGCAGCACUGCAUCGAUUAAAUAACCCCGGCAGUUCAAAAUUAUAACUCUCUAUGACUCUAUCCCUAAAUAGUAACUGGCCCUGGAUAAACCAUCUUCCACAAUAAGUAAAGGGAAUGGAGGCUAUAAAAAAAUGUAUUUGGAUAUGCUUGAAACUAUAACUUUAUUCUCUGUGUUGGUAGGUGGAGGAUGAAUUGGUGGCAUUACAGAAGAAGCUAAAAGGAACAGAAGAUGAACUGGACAAAUAUUCGGAAGCUCUGAAGGAUGCUCAGGAGAAAUUGGAACAAGCAGAGAAGAAGGCCACUGAUGUAAGUCUUCCGUGUGCAUAUUAUAUCCAUUCCUUGCAAUAUUGAUUUUUCUUUAGAUGAAGAAGCUGUAUUCACAUAACUGUUUUGACCCAAAACCUUGUUAAUGGGAUAAAGGCAUGAUGCUAAACGUAAGCCCCACACAUUAUCCAUAUGAUUCGGUCCACCAAUAAGAUCUCCACGAUAAAGAAGAUAUUAUUGUCUCUUUUGUGGUUUAUUAUGGUCCCUGAAUUCUAUUUUAGUGUAUUUAUUUAUUUAUUUAUGUGCUUUUUAAUGUAUUUAAUCUUUGAAUCAUAUUUCUUCAUCAGGUCAGUUCAUGAUUUUUGUGCUUGGACCUGUGAGAAGUCAUUCAUAGGUAGUCUACUAAAGUGAGCAUAAUUGCAAUUCUUAUGUGGAUAUUAACCGAAACAAAAAAGUUAAUGGCACUUGUUCAUUAGAAUUGAUUGUACUCUAAUCUAUUUUACAUUAUGAACAAGGGCUGACUUAUUAAGUAUGAAACUGAAUUGCACUUGGUUGUUCUUGGACUAACUGGAUGCUUAUUGAUUAAUUAGGAGAUGAGCGUUGUACAUGUAACUUCAUACAUGAAAACACUUCAAAUAUUGACUAAAGAUGUGAUCAAGAACUGGGCUAUGCCAGGACAUUUUAGUUCUUUUUCAAUAGUUUCCCCCAUCUUGUGUCUGGCAUUGGCUGCCCUGCAAGGGAAAGUCACAAAUGUGAAAUAAAAAAGUUUUUGAAAAUUUGACAGAAAAAAAAUCAGACAUUCCCCAGACACUCUAUUAUUCAUUAAUACACAACUAAAUGCAAAAUGAAGAAAGAUUGUAGCAGCGACUUGUGAGUGUCUUCUGAUCCAGAUGGUGCUCAGUGCAUGUAAAAGAGCAGGAGACACAAUAUAGUGCAGUAGGUACUUAUACUUGGUGAAGAAAAUAUAGAAAUGCACUUGGAGUUUUUUGGAGCUUCUGAUUAGCUCCAAAUAGUAGCGCUUGGACGCCGAGGAUAUACUGGUGCAGCAACAAUUUUCUAAGAAGUGUGUCAGGAUCCAGAUGCACUGUAUGGGAGUCCUGGCGUGGGUAGUAGCAGCUCACGGAUGCAGAUGUGGCAUAAAAUGAAUAUAAAAACAACCUAUAGUGCUCACUGAUAAAAAAAAAGCAGUAUUAAAAUAAAAUUAAAAAAGAGGGGUACUCACAAAAGGAGAGCCAAAAUGGUUUUGCAAAAUCCAAAUAGCAUAGGUGCUAUAAUCCCCACCAAGGAUAUUUCUGGAGUCCUCAUGGAUAAAAUGUUCGAAAAGCAGUUAGGAGGGUCCAAAGUAGAAAUACACUUUACGCGUUUCGCCAAAUCACAGGCUUUCUCAAAAGUGUUUUAUUCAUUAUACACAACUAAAUGUCUGGCAAAAUUGGGUCAAAACAGAUUGUACCGUCUAAAAGAGAACAUUUGGAAUGAAUGUAAUUUAAGACUAGUCAGCAAUCUAGAACUCCAGAUAAAUAAACUUUACUAAAGAUAAUACAUUUGUUAUUUCUAUUUGUUGUAAUCCUUAAUGUCACUUUGUGUUUAUACACUGAAACUUACAAAUCAAAUUACAGAUUUCUAUAGAAUGUUUCAUUUUGUUCUUGGAUUCUCAGAUAACAGAUUGAUGUUGGCGAUUUACCUUAUAUGUUGCCAAACAAAUAUAAGAUCAUUGCUAAUUCAACUGAACCAGACCAGCAGAUUACUUGAUUUAUACCGAUUCUCCUUUAGCAUUCAGCAUUCAGUGCUGUUUAUAUCAUGUCCACAUGAGGGCAGCAAAAGAAAAACAUUUUACUUCUCGAAAUGAAUAAACCGCAUAAAUUAUUGAGGAAAUUAUAGUAUAGAAAAUAUCCACAUCAGGAUUUCCAGCUAAAUUAUAGAUUGUCUGUGACUACUUCAAUUUACUUUUAGCUACCAUGUGCAUUUUUUUUCUAACUACAUGCUAUCGAGAUAUUAUUUGAAAAUAAAUAUGCAAUCAGCAUGUGUGUUUAAUAGAUUUUGCAUUCGGUUUCAAUUGAAUCGCAAUUCGUCCAAAAUCUGAAUGGCAACUCUGAAUUGACAUAUGGGCAAAUUAAGAACAUGGGACAGCCACUAAAUGUUAAUUUUAUUCAAAGAUCAGUUGAGAAGUUAUAAACAAAGGGAACAAGGAGGAGAAAUAAAAAAAAAAAAUAAAACCAGUAAAAAAAUCUACAUUUAUGUUAUAUAAUUAAUAAAUAUAUAAUAUAUAAAUAUAGAUUUUUUUUUUUUACUGGUUUUCUUCUUACUUAAUCUGUAAACCAAAUGGAGCAACAAUGUGCUUAUUACUGUAGUGCAAUAUAUAUAUAUACAUAAUAUUUAAAUAUAUAUUUACUAUCUUCAUUGUUGCGCAACAUAGACAAAAUUCAAUUUGUCUGAAACCAAAUUUAUUUAUUUUUUGCACUUCACGUCUAGUGUUUUCCUAUAGACUGUAAGCUUGUUUGAGCAGGGUCUUCCUUAAACUAUCGUUCCUAUACGUUUUCUUGUAAUUGUGUUAUCUAUAGUUAAAUCCCCCUUCUCAUAAUAUUGUAAAGCACUACAGAAUAUGUUGGUGCUAUAUAAAUGACAAUAAUAAUAAUCAUGCUAUAUUGUCAGCAAAAUUUCACGUCAUAUGUUUUUACAAAUAUACAGAUAUACAAAUUGAAAUUAUACUCUGUUAUUCAGUAAAUGUCAUAUUGUAGGGAAUUAAAAUCCAAAUAGUGAAAUGUAAGCUAAAAUCUACAAGUUGCAAGUUGUAACUAUUGCUGAGUUAGAGAAUAUUUCAGAAAAUCAACCGUUUUUACCCAAAGUUUGCAAAUGAAAUGUUGCUACAGUUCACUGUUUGCAAAUAAGCCCUUUAAUUUUUAAGUGCACCCGUCUUGUGUAUGUGUACUGUUACUGUGCAUUAUCAUUUUUAACAUACUUAAACUUGAGGAAAUCAGAUGCAAUGUGGUAUUAAUCUCAGGAGUCUAAUUUGGUAGCAUGAAAAUAAUCCUCAUAAAUCAAACAUUAUUUCUGAAAUAGUUUACAUUAAAAUCUCAUAAACAGCAUUAAUUAAAGGGUCACUCCAAACCUUAUUUUUUUUUUUAGGUUUAUUUUUAUCAGUAAUGUUUUUUUUUUAUCAGUAAAACGGUUAUUUCUGGUUUUGUUUCCACCUUCCUACUAAAACUAACCCUGAUAAAAAAAACUUAACUGGAAUCCAGCUGUGGGCAAAGGUCCCCUCGCUGGUUUCCACUCCUCUUCUGAAGACAUAGCCUCACUCGUGCAGUCCAAUCUAAUUCUUCUCAUAGAGUGGCCAUUGAUAAGGCCAUUUCAAUAGCUCAGACUGCAUGUGCAUGCUCUAAGCCCCUUAAGAGGAAGGGAUUUUUUUAAUUUUUUUAAAGCAAUAAAAAAACCAUUUGCUUAAUGGGACAGGAGGGCAGGCACGGCAGGGAGGUAUUACAUGGAAAAAGGAGGGAGGGGAGAUGAAUGCAUCCCAUUGCAGGCACAGGCAUCAAGAGUAGAAGCUCUGUAUGUCUGUCAUUAACGCGCAGUGCGGACCAAUCAAACACCAAAAAUUUUAACAUAAAUUUACUUUAAGUAGCCUAGAACUAGCCCACGGCUCAAAAGUGAUUAUUCCUCUGUACAUUCAGUGUUUCCAGCAGAAACACUGCCCAUACAGACUCCUACCACCAUGACCACCUCGAAAAGCAGAAAUGGUCAUGGUGGUUUCAGUGCCCUAGUAAUCAGUUAUACGUAAAUGAUUUACAAAUAUUCAGUCCGGAAUGUGGUGUGGCAGUGCAAAGUUUGUGACCCAGCCCCCACCAUCCCCAGAAAUGGAGAAGCAUAGAAAAGUGUAGUGCAACUGUAUGUUUAAAUGCACUCACAAUGUGCUAGGCAAUAAUUUAAUAGUAUUUUAGCCCACAGGUGAUUUCUUCAGUAGAUCUCUCCAUAUGGGCAACACUGCUUGCCCACCUGCUUGGCAUUCUCUUACCUCAUUCAUUUUAUGAAUAUUUCAUAAUGCUAAAUUCCUCAUGAAAUACUCUUGUUGAGUGGUGGAAUUUCACUGAAAAUCUAAUACCAUCACAAGUUGUCAUAAAACAAAUUAGGGACUCCUUUGUCUUAUGGUAAAUCCUGAAGUUGGCAAACUGUGUUUCUAUUUCCAUUCUCCUGUGUCAGUUCCCACAGUCAUUGCUAGAGACAUCUGUGGGAAAAAGACAUGCUCUUGCACAUUGAGUGUUGCUGUGUGGAGGAUCCUGUUGUCUAGCAAGAUCCUCCAUGGACCUCUGUGUUGUAUUGUUUUAUUCUCGACAGUACAGCAGAUGACAUGCCAGGAACUGAAGGAAGAAGGUGGCUGAACCCAUGAGGGAGAGCUUCAGGUAAUUGUAGCUCACCUCUGCUUACCGGCCCAGAGCUGCAUGCCAAGCAGCAAUGUCACUUUCAAGGGUCUUCGCAAAAAUGGCAAAGAACCCUGAAGGUGACAGAACUGCUUUAAGACAGAAGUUGAAAGUUCUUCUAGGACUUUUAAAAUUAAUGUGUUCUUUGAAAAGCAUGCUUUUCAGAGUAUCAACGAUACAGUCUUGCAGCGAUAGAUUACAGUGGUUACAUCUGUAUCUCUGUCUGCAACACAUGCCAAGGAAUUCUAAAGUAUCAUCAAUGUUACUGAUGUUCUGUGGUACAACAUGCUGACUUGCUGAAAGAGAACCUUCUCUGAAUCAUAAAAAAAGCUUGGUUUGGUCACAUUGUUGAGCUGUUUCUGGCAUGGAGGUUUAACUGGAUGUUCUCUGCCUACAUGGAGUCAGAAUUAGUGAACCUAUUAAAGGGUUACUCAACGCACCAUGACUACUUCAGUGUCUAGAAGUAGUUGUGGUGUCUGGAGUCUGUCCAGCGUUUUGCUAUGAAUCCCUGCAAUUACCAAGUUUAUCCCCUUGUACGCCGAAGUUGUAACUCCACCUCCAGGAGCACUAUGUUGUGUCAUCUGUUAGCUCAGAACUAGAGGUCCUGACUGGCUAAUGUCAGUUCUGUGCAAAUUUUCUUGCACAGUGAAAUGGUGGCUGGAUCAGCUUCUGCAGCUCUGCAUAUGCUGGAAGAGCAUCACCAAGCCACAAGGAGGCUCUGAAGUGGUGGGGACCCAGGUAAAUCAUUCCUAAACAGUGUCCCCCAUUACUGGCUUACCAGGAUAGUUUACAGCGGCCUAUAGUGGUUAUGAUGCUUGGAGAAACCCUUAAAGGAUCAGUGAGAAUCUAGAUAUUCAUUAUAAUCUUAUGUAUAGGGAUCUUUGUAUUUCCAACUCAUCUGGCAUCCUUUAACAACCAUUAUAAGGUUAACCCAUGUAAGAUCUCUUAACGGAUUGUAAUCUUUAAAUUAUUUCCUCUGAUGUCACUGAGAACCACGGCGUGAGAGCGUACUCAAGGACAGCAAGGCAGAGGUCCCAAAUGGGACUCUUCUGCAAUAUCUAGGACACAUGAGUUGUUUAGGUAAACAUGGAGAAGUUAGACAUUUUUAAACAUGAGAUGAAAUUGGGAGGAGGGAGAAAAUUAGAAACCAUAUGUAGCUAUUGCUUGACUGUGUGAAGCAGCAAUUUUGAAAAAAGACACAGCUGUUAUUAAUAAGCACAGUCAGCCAAAAUGCAGUGAUUCAGAUCCAAAACUGAACUUCUAAAACGUGGGCAGAUUCACUGUGGACCACAGAUAGAAUAAGAAACUGUAGGGAUUUAUUGACUAAACCAUGAAUUCUAAUGAUAUGAUGACCAUUAGGGUUACUCACAAAACUCCUAAUUGUUUUUAUUUUAUUUGAGUCAGUAAAGAUUUAACACGCUAAAAGUUAAAUUGAGAAAAUGAGCAAUAGUUACAGCUUGGAUAUUUUCACCUAAAAGUUUGCAACUUUUGCAACUUGGUUUUAAAUAAAUACAAUUCAGUGUUUUACAAAAUUCUAUGAGUUUUUUAUUCAGAAACAAGAAAUAAAUAAAUAAAUAAAUAAAUAAAUACAGACAUAUAUCAAAAGAACACUAUAGCGUUAGGAAUACAAACAUGUAUUCCUAACGUUAUAGUGUCUCUUCACUGUUUACUAUAUUCAGCCCCCUGAAAUUAAGUUUAACCCCUUAAGGACACAUGACGUGUGACAUGUCAUGAUUCCCUUUUAUUCCAGAGGUUUGGUCCUUAAGGGAUUAAAGUGUCCCUUUAAAUGGCAGGAACUAAGGUGUAUGCACAAGACAAGAGAUGUGUUAGGCAUCCUAAUAUUUACAGUGGCAGAUUCACUCUAGCAUUAAGAGUGUGAAGGACACAAAGAAAACAAGAAAACAAUUGAAAGAAAAAUAAAUUUGAUCAAGAAAAUAAAUAUUUACUAUAAUAAAUGUAAAAGAACAGCUCUGACAGCAAAGACGGGAAUGGUUUAAAUCUCCCAGGUAGGACAGUUGUCAAGAAAUAUGGUGACUGAGGUUGUUCCAUUAGCCUUGGGGUUGUAGCAUAGAGGGUGCUUGACAUCCACUUAAAAUAGAACAAUCAAACCUUCAGUUCUCAAUAUCCGUAUUCAUAAAAUGUUAGAGCACCCUUCAUAAGAGUAUCAUUUACACUAUAGUGUCAGGAACACACAGAUGUAAUUCUGAAACCAUAUUAGUAAAAUUACUCUUUUUGUGUCCUGGCCCCCCGGUCUCUCUUUGAAAAGGUAUUAACUUACCCAGUGGCGUACACAUGACCCAUGGGGCCCCGGUGCAAAAAUUGACCCCCCCACACCCCCAGCGCUUACUCGGCGCGGGUCGGGGCCGCAACACAUGGCGGCGGGCACCUGGUAGCAUGGCUGCGACCCCGCAACCACGGUAUGCUGCACACACACCUAAAGGACCACUACAGACACCCAGAUCACAUCAGCUCAAUGAAGUGGUCUGGGUGCCAGGUCCCUCUAGUUUUAACCCUGCAGCUGAAAACAUAGCUGUUUCAGAGAAACGGCUAUGUUUCACUGAGGGUUAAUCCAGCCUCUGGUGGCUGUCUCAUUGACAGCCGCUAGAGGAGAUUCCGCGAUUCUCACUGUGAAAAUCACAGUGAGAAGACACUGAACGUCCAUAGGAAAGCAUUGAGUAAUGCUCUCCUAUGGGCGGAUUAAAAGCGCGCACUCAGUAACAGACACACUAACACUUACACACACACACACACACUCUAACACACACUAACACACACACACACACACACACUAAAACACACACACACUAACACUAACACGUGUUUUUUUUUAAAAUUGAAUCCCCCCAGCCUCCUUACCUUUUGGAGUGCGGGGGGGAUUCUGGGCUGUCUGUGUGGCCGGCGCGCGAGGGAGCAUUCUCCCCUGAGUGCUUCCUCUUCCGCUCCCUCGCGCGCCGCGUAGGGAUGCCGGAGCCGGAAGAUGACGACAUCUUCUGGCUCCGGUAUCAGUGCGGUGCGCGAGGGAGCGGAAGAGGAAGCACUCAGGGGAGAGUGCUCCCUCGCGCGCCGGCCACCCAGACAGCCCACCCGCCGGGGUCAGCAGGGCCAGCCUCGGGGGGCCCUGAGGUGGCCGGCUCCUGGGCCCCCCAGGAGAAGAGGCUGGCCCAGUAGGUACAUACCGGGUCGCAGGGGUGGCCGGGCCCCCUGGUGGGCCGGGCCCGUUCGCAGCCGCGACCCCUGCGACCCUGGUAUGUACACCACUGUACUUACCUUUUUUCCAAUGCCGCGCUGGUUUCACCAUGGCUGUUCCUGCCCUCAUGACUGAUAUCAACAAAUUUGAGAAUCUUAGCCAAUCCAAUCCUUUCUUAUGGGCAAAUUGAAUCACUGCAUCUCUAUGGGGAGCAUUCAGUCUCUAAUGAACUAUCCACAUUAGGGGGGACACCAACAGUCAAGAAUAUAAUUUUCGUCAAUUUCACCCAAACACAUCAGUGGAAAGUUACAGUGCACAGCAUAUCUAAACUGUGGAACUAUAAAAUGGAUUUAGGGGCUGUAACAACACUGGGAUCUUAUGAAACCAGUAUAGUAAUUCACAAUUUCGAUGGCACUGUUUUGAUAAACAAUCAAACUUGUUGCCCAGUUUUAGGUUUGAGGUUUGGAUAUUUUCAGGUUUCCAUUUUUAUUAAAACUCUUGCUCUGUGCUGCUUUCAUAUUAUUAUUAUAAUUUUAUUAUUUAUAUAGCACCAUUAGAUUCCAUAGCACUGUACAAUGGGUGGACUAACAGACAUGUGGAUCAGACAACUGGACAUACAGGAACAGGGAGGUGGAGGGCCCUGCUCAAUGAGCUUACAUUCUAAUGGGAGUGGGGUAUAGUGACACAAAGGGUAAAAGUAGGGGUAAGGUAAUCAUUGGUAUGUCUCUCUCUCCCUCUCUCAUUAUUAUUGUAGCUAUUUAUGUAACUGAAAAUCUAACUUACGAGUUCAAAGUGUCUUUCCACAAACUAAUUUCUAAGUACAUUUAUUGAAAUAAGGACAUUUUACUCUGAAUUUUAUUGCUGUAAAGCCCCAGAAUAAACUCUAUACACCUCAUAAUGUAAAUAUCCUGGAACAUUGGAAAAAUAGGAUAGAAAAAAAGGACAAAGGAUUUGGACUCUAAACAGGGAACUUGGGAGUUAUGAAUCACCAAAUGCUGACUAUGUUAUUAUGAGGCCAUGCCAAGUCUGAAUUACAGCAAUAUUAGUUUCCUGUUUCGGUGUUGUUCUUUUAUCUUCAGCAAGUAAAACAGAUGUUGAAUUCAGGUCAGGUGAAUGUGCAGUCAAGAAUAUUACCCUUUAAUGCCAGACAAAAUAACAUUAGUAGUUUAACCCCUUAAGGACACAUGACACGUGUGACAUGUCAUGAUUCCCCUUUAUUCCAGAAGUUUGGUCCUUCAGGGGUUAAGCAGUGUGAUUGGGAUCCCAGCAUUGCAACAAAGUCAACUGUGAGCUGCUUUUACAAGUCUCAAUAAAGAAUAAUUAAAGGGACACUAUAGUCACCAGAAUGCCCUAUGGAAAAGUAUUGGAUUGGCUAAGAUAAAUUUGAUUAUCUCAGCCAAGGAGGAGGAGCGUGGGCUGGGCCAGCUGCAAGGAGACCCGUGCAGUGCUGGAAAAAGGUAGUAAACUAUCUUUUUCACGGGUGGGGGCAAAAGGGGGGAUGGUCACCUAAAUGGUGUUUUCCCACCUAUAGUGCCAGGAAUACAUGUUUCUAUUCUUGACACUGUAGCGUUCCUUCAACCAUUUCCAGUGCCCACAAUAAAUUCCAAAGCCUUAAAGCAGGAGUAGACAACCUUUGGCACUCCAGACAUUGUGGAAUACAUCUCCAAUUAUGCUCUUGCAGUCAUAAUGCUGGCAAAGGAUAAGGGGAUAUGUAGUUCACAACAUUUGGAGUUCCACUGGUUGCCGACCCCUCCCUUAAACGAAUAGUUUAAACACAUACAGCACUUUGACUUUCUGAAGUGGUUUAUGGGUGAAUAACUUGUCAUCUUUUUUAUUUUUUUUAUUUAAGGAAAGUGCCUAUUUCAAUAGAAAUCUGCACUUUUAUAAGUGACCCUUGGUACAACUCCCCAGCUAGACAACCCUUGCUGUUACUUCCUGGUUGUUUAGCUCACUGUUAGUUAAAUUUAAGAGGCAGCAAUUUCCCAAAGCACCUACCUUGCAAAGAUUUAUUAUUGAGCUGUAAUACAGGUGACAAGUCUGUAAUUGAUCAGCCACAGAAAGGGGAGAAAGGAAGGCUCGCAGUAGCUGAACAUACUAGAUCUGCAGGUAUCGCAAACCAAAGAAAACAUGCAGAACAAAUUGCAAAAUUUAAAAAAUUUAGACUAAGUAAUGACAAGGUUCUGAACAAACAUGUGUUUGCUCAACUGAUAUGGGUUAGCUUAGUGAAGUAUGCAGUGAAGGACAAAUAGGGUGCUAAAUGGGAUACAGGGAUAUAUAUCCCACGAGGUACAUACUUAGUCAAAGAAUAAAAUGAUUCCCAAGGACACCAAUAGUUACUGCACAAAGAUAAAAAAAGUGGUGUUCUAACCCUGUAGCUUUACCAGUAGCCACUACUUGCCUGUCGAUAUUGGCCACACAGUAUAAAAUGCUCAGGCAUGUGUUCUGUGUUUUACCAGCAAGAUGCUAAAAUGCAAGUGGUUGGUUUCCGUAUUGGCAGCUGUUCUUAGCGAUAGGUUACAAAAAUGUAGCAACAAGGUUGCAAACUGAUGACAAUUUAUAGCUGCUACAAGCUACCACCAGCAUUUGUGAAUAAUAGCAGUUUGUGGCAGAUGAUUAUGAGCCUUUUAUGUUGUGUUUUUUAUUAAUUUUUUUAAUCCACUAUUUUGGCCUAGAUUUUGCAGUUUAGAUUUCAAUUCACUACAAUUUGUACUUUGAGUAAUUCUUAUCAUAGUUUAAAGGAAUGCACCAUAACUACUUUGGAUUUCUGUAGUGGUUAUGUCGCCUGGAGAGACUGGGAGCUGUUAGAGGUUAAGAUGUCAGGGUUUUGCUAAAGUAAGAAUUCAAAGGGAAUAUUAAAUUUCAGGUCCGAGUAGCUGAAUAGCUGAACUGAAAGCAUGGCUGACAGCAUUGAUUUAAAUACAGACCUAAUAUACCAGGCUUCCCCAAACUCCGGCCCUCCAGAUGUUGCUGAACUACAACUCCCAUGAUUCUAUGAAUGAAAUAGAUAGGCUGAGAUUCAUGGGAGUUGUAGUUUAGCAACAUCUGGAUGGCCGUAGUUUGGGGAAGCCUAUAAUAUACCUUUCCGUGACUACCCCUCCCAUCUUCUUCUUCAGAUGGAACAUCUAGUCUCCUACAAUGAAGUCUGUGUUCACAGAUGGAUAAGCAAAAAUGCCAGUAUGGGUGGGGAUGUUUUAUUGUGUCUCACGCCGUGUAUAUUUUAGAAGGUGUUCAGAAUUUGUAUGGUGGUUAUCACUUUGCAGCUCUCUAUGAAAUCAGUGGUGCACAUUUUGUGGCUUAGGUUAAAAUUGCAACCUUUCAAGAUGCUCAGUUGGACACAAACCAAAAAAUUGCUGCGUAGAUGAGGUAAGUAAAAAUCAAUGUCAUGGGAUUGGAAUGCUCAUUGGGAGUACUGCCUGCGUUUGUGUUAACACCGUUGGAGUACAAAGCUCACUGCAUACAUUUAAUAGAUUACUGUAAAACUGGCAAGUAUUGAAUGUUGCAAACAUUUCUAACCUCAUAGUAAUGUCUCGACAAACACAGCAGCAAUUCACUGACAAAAACAACAACCGUUUAAUACCCCACCCCUACUGUUAAAGUUAGAGGGAAGGUGAAGCUAACUUUAGGUAAGUUAGAAUUAAGGGACCCUAUAGUAUGACACUUAGAAUUUUAGGAUUAAAGGAAUUUAAAAGAACACUCCAUGUACACAACUACUACAACCUGCUGUAGUGGUUAUGGUACGUGGAAUGUACCGUGCUGUCCCAGAUAAUAUAGCAAACCGUUUUAGCAUAGUUUGGUAAUUUACCUGGGUCCUGCCAGAUGUCCUAGCCACAUCAGCUGUGUCUGGACUUUUCCAGUGGGAGAAACUGGAUUGCUCUGUAGAACAAAGUGAGCUGAUGCAGGGCCAAGCUUGUUGGCUGAGAGUGCUCAGCUCACGCAAUCCUGAUUUGCUCUAAGCCGUGAUAUCUAAAUUCUCCUACUGGGAAAGACUAAACGUAACUGAUGCGGUGCAGGCACAGGUAAGUUGUCAAAGACUAAUAAAAGAGUUUGACAUCUUAUCGUAGAAUGGUGCCAGGGUACUCCUAGCACCAGAUCCACUACGACAGGCUGUAGUGGGUAUGGUGCUCUGAGUGUUCCCGUAAGCACAUAUAUGCCAUUUAUUUAGAUGUUGUGGACAAAGGCAAAACCAGGAUCGCAGCAGCAGUCAUGAGUUGACGGGCCCUUGAGUUCUGCCAGAACAGGAUACGGACUACCCCUCUUGCUAUUUAAUAUAUUGCCUAUUCAGGUAUCCUAGGGAGCAUGUGGUCCACAACUUCGGUUGGCGCAGACCACUUCUUUAAACACUCCCUUGCUGUCCUAGCCCUCAGUAAAUGAGUCAGAAUGCUGCCACCAGAUUGCCAUGGCAAUGUUCUGACUCAUUCACCAGAAGAGCGUUUACUGUGGUCUCCAUCAGCCAGAGGUACAGGCCCCCAUAGUAUCCUUCAGAGACACUAUGGGGGCCCAAGAUGGACCAACAGGGAUUGAUGGAUUAUACGUCCUUGCUGCAAAAACAAAGUAGGAUGGUGGUAAAAAAAGAAAAAUUUUGAAAAUAAUUAGGGAACAAAUAUGGGGGAAGAUUCCAACACAUCCUUGGACAGCCUCCCCACACACAUUCUCCCGCAGCUAAAACUCUCCACACAUCCUCCCAUAGCCAACCCAUAUGUAAUUUUGCACACCUCACACUCAUCCAAUCUCACACGCAUCCCACACAUCCAAACCCACACAUAUGCCUAUCAUGCUCAAUCAAACCACAGACUCAUUGCACUCAGCCACACACACGUACAUAUCACACUCAAGCAGCCUCACACACAUCACUCCUAGCCAAACACACAUACAUGCAUCACACUUUGCCAACUCCCCCACAACAGUUGGGGGAAGGAGUGGGGACCCUUCAUCAAUUCUUGCACUGUGACCCUGUAAUUUCCAGUUACUCCCCUGGUUGUGGACUUUAUAUCCCAUUAUUAACACCCAGGCAAAACUUUACUUAGAGUAACAGGAUCUCAAUUCCACAGUAUCAUGAAGGCAGAUACCUCUUAAUUCUAUCAGAAUGUUAAAUUUCCCCCUAAACAUACCUAACUACUUCUAAAUUUCCAUUACAAAAAUACAUUGCUUUGUGACAUAUCAUUACCACUCGUAUUAAAACAGUGCUGUAACAAAGCCCAUCAUCAUAAAUGGCUCUUUAAUAUUGUAGUGGUCCUUGCAAUGCAGCGACAUUGUAGCAUCAGCCUUAACGUUUGCGACUUUUUAUUCUUCAUUUAAAUCUCAAUAUUUUUACAGUGAAUCCUGACAUCUGCUUCUGAUCACUUGUAUUUUGCUCUUUCAACUGUUAUGGUAUUACUUAAUUCUAUGAAAUUUAAUACAAAUUUUUAGUACAAAGAUUAUUUUACACAGAGUUGUGAAAUGCACUUGCUAAAUAACCUGGUAAUAAUAGCCAGACCUGCCAACUUUACCAGGACUGUAAUAAAUGAAGAAGUGGGUGAAUAAAGCAAAGGGCCAGUGAAUGAGCAUGUUAAUGGUACAAUUACUGUCAAUGUAAAUGUGCCUGCCAAUCAAGGAGCUGUGUUAUGCUAGUACACGUGUGUAAUGAUGAAAAGCUUGCAAAGGACAUCACUACAUUGUAGCAAGGAAGGGCGGCAUGCCCUCACAUCCCCUGAUUGGAUAAUUAACAUCAUAUGACCAUAAUCUUUAAUGGCGGCGAUCAUUUAAAAAAAACACUCGAACCUGGAAGGUACUACAGCCAACUGAGGAAGCCCAUAUCGUCAAAACGCAUUUUGGCACAUCAAGACUGGACUUUAGAGACUGAUAAGUGCUUGUUAUUUUAUUUUAUUUUGGAGUUAUACUGUUUAUUGUUUUAUUUUGUUUUCUUUACUUGGUUGUAUAGGGACAGGUAUUGGCAGUAGAAAGAGGGAAGUGCUCAUACCAUGUACAGAACACUGGUGAGACCUCACCUGGAGUAUUGUACGCAGUACUGGAGACCGUAUCUCCAGAAGGAUAUUGAUACUUUAGAGAGAGUUCAGAGAAGGGCUACUAAAUUGGUUCAUGGAUUGCAGGAUAAAACUUACAAGGAAACUUAACAUGUAUAGCUUGGAGGAAAGACGAGACAGGGGGGAUAUGAUAGAAACAUUUAAAUACAUAAAGGGAAUCAACACAGUAAAGGAGGAGAUUAUAUUUAAAAAACUACCACAACAAGAGGACAUAGUCUUAAAUUAGAGGGGCAAAGGUUUUAAAAUAAGAUCAGGAAGAGGGUAGUGGAUGCAUGGAAUAGCCUUCCAGCUGAAGUGGUACAGGUUAACACAGUAAAGGAGUUUAAGGCUGCGUGGGAUAGGCAUAAGGCUAUCCUAACUAUAAGAUAAGGCUAGGGACUAAUAAAAGUAUUUAGAAAACUGGGCAGACUAGAUGGGCCGAAUGGUUCUUAUCUGCCGUCACAUGUUAUGUUUCUUUAAAAAAUAUCAGUUUUUAGCACUCUAGUCUGUCAUUCUAUAUAUGAGUAGUCCAGGUUCCAAUUCCAGGCAGGGGAGUGUCACCCCUAUAUAUUGACACCAAGUGAUUCCACCUUAGAGCCAAGGCAUUAUUGGGCUCUAUUAAAGGUGAGAGUCUCCUUUUAAUACCUGUGUACAUUUCACCACUUCAAGAGAUAUACUAAACCAUCAUUUCCUGUUUUUUCUGUCUUCUCUUGAAGAAGGUGGGGUGCCGCCUAUAUGAGCACCACUGCAUUUAUAUAGAGCCUUUAAAUAGAGCCUCUGAACAUUGUGAGGGUUAUUUCUAUACUCGUUUGCACAUUUCAUUGUGUAUAAGUACCAUCUGCAAUAGUGUUUCUUCUGUGCUUUUUCUCUUUUGUAUUCUCUUUUAUUAUAAGUACAGCAAGAUCUCCAUAUUUGUACAAUAGGGGUAAGCUACCACUGCAAAUAUUCACUGUUUAAGUGCUCCACCCACCCACCUGAUAAUUGUUUGUCCGUCUAAUAAUGAAAAGCUGCCUGUUCUGUUGCCAGUCAGGGCUGGCCAUACCAUAAGUACUGUGGAAGAACCCAGGGCCGGAUUAACAUAGGGGUUGAUGGAGCUGCAAAAAAAAUUUUUUUUUUUUUUUUUCACACACACUACUGUUAGGUUUGCCACCUGACUGGUGUUUUACCAGCACACCCGGUAUUUGAGGCUGCCUGGCCGUGCCGGUAUUGCAGUAAUACCGGCAAUACAAAUGCAGGUAUUUUUCUCAGUAUAAACGGAGAUUACUCUGCAAUACCAGCACUAACCAGUAGGGGUCACUGUGUGUGGAGAGAGGCAGGGAUAGGAAGUUACAGCAUAUCACUCCCUGCCUCUCUCUACUCACUGAUCCGCAGGGGAGCAGCUACACAACACAGAGACGCCAGACAGCAGCUCCCAGCCUACAGAAACAGCCUACAGCUCAGGUAAGUGAAGGAUGGGGGGGAAAGGCAGCAGGGAGACAUGGGGACACUGAGACACUAGGGGACACUGAAAAACUAGGGGACACUGUGAGAUAUGGGGAUGCUGAGACACACUGAGACACGUGGGACACAGUGUCCCCAUGCCUCCAAGCCAGUGUCCCUAUUGUCUCAGUGUCCCCUAGUCUCCCAGUGUCCCCUAGUCUCCCAGUGUCUAUGUCCCCAUGUCUCUCAGUGUCCCUAGUGUCUCAGUGUCCACAUGUCUCCCAGUGUCCCCAAAUGUCUGUGUCCCCAAAUGUCUGUGUCCCCAUGUCUCCCAGCCAGUCCCCCUAGUGUCUCAGUGCCCCAUGUCUCCCAGUGUCCCUAUGUCUCCCAGUCAGUGUCUCUAGUGUCUGUGUCCCAUGUCUCUCAGUGUUCUUAGUGUCCCCAAAUGUCCCCAUGUCUCCCAGUGUCCCCAAGUGUCUCCAUGACUGUGUCUCCAUGCCUCCCAGCCAGUGUCCCUAGUGUCUUAGUGUCCCCAUGUCUUCCAGUGUCUGUGUCUCUGUGUCCCUAGUGUCUGUGUCCCCAUUUCUCCCAGUGUCCCCAUUGACUUCCUGCUUCACUGGACACUGCUGUUAGGGGGUAUGGAUUUACUUGAAAGAUUAAAGCAUAAAUUAGAGAGAGAUUAGCAUAGAGUGUGUGUUUUCUUAAAGCUGCAUCCUUUGAGUUUCCCUCCAACACCAUCUCCAUUAGAUACUUGACGCUUGAGAGGUAUGACUAAGAUUCUUGUCAUGACUGGUAGUGUGGUGAAUCACGCAGAACUAUGUACCAUCUACAUAAACCGAACAGAAAAUGAUAAAACGUAAACCAGUCCUUAGAAUGGCCGGACUAAUACUUUAAAAACAGAGAAUGGUCAAGGGAGCCAGAAAUAUACAAUACCAUUUAACAAGCCAAGUCAGGGAAGCCAGGAAUCAGAAUAGUCAGGAAUAGCCAAGGUCAAAAUACUGGGAAUAUCAAAAACAGGACAAGGAAACGCACUCUCAGGAUUCAGGAACCAGGAAGGAAAACCACGACAGGGCAAUAACCUAGGUUAAAUAUCCCUCUGACUGCAGAACGUGUGUGUGUGUGUGACCCUGGGGGGCAGAGCUAUAUCUAGCUGCGACCGCGUGUUCGGCACCAUCUUGAACCCGGGCAGGCAGCCGGGAGAACCCGGCAGAGCGGCUCCCGACUCGCUGCUGAGCAGGUAAGUUCAGUUCGAUGGCGCGGUCGCACUGGUCCAGUGCGACCGCACCUCACGGCGAACCAGGGGCCGUGACAUUUCUGUAAUUAGGCCCCAUCAUAAUUGUCAGCACCAGGCCCACUGGGCUCUUAAUCUGGCCCUGGAAGAACCUGUGUGUUGGCCAAAAUACCUUGCAAUUCCUCGAAAGUGCAUCAAAAAGACUUUAGAAUAUGCUUUUAGUCUGCACUAUAAACCAGUUCUCUCUAUACCAGGUGACGGUAACAGUCGGCUGGGUGAGGAGCAGUACUAUAUUCUAUAUCAUGUAUUAUUAUGUAUAAAGCACCAACAAAUUCCACAGUACUGUGGGUGGACUAACUGACCCAUAUUUGUAAGCAGACCAGUUGGACCCACGGGGGUCCGAGGGCCCUGCUCAAAUGAGCUUACAUGUAUUAGUUGAUAAAACUGUAUAACUUUAUUGUAAAUCUCCAGAGAUUAUGCAGUCAUCUCUGGUUCUGCCACAAUAAAUCUUCCCUCUUUUGAUCAUAAAUUCUUAUUUUCUUCUCUAAUAUCUAAUACAGAAAUGGGAUUUCAUCUUUCAACCCACUUACCAUUCCUUUCAACAUGCAUAUUGCCUACAAUUAUUUUAAAUCACUUCUGAUUUGAGACCGAUUACUACCCAACAUAUCCAAGUGACUUUUUUACCUCUUACUAGGUGUUGACUGGUCCACUCCAAGCCCCAUAACCACUAAUGCAGGCUACAGCAAAGCAUUGAGUGAUAUCUCCUGCUAGAGGAUAUUACAUGCAGCAGAUGCUAAACGCCACUCUGCUAAAACAGUUUGACAUCUUACAAGCUGCAGUGUUUAUGGUACUUGGAAUGUUCUUUUAUCAAUGUAGAAACAUGUUUUUUCUUUUUUAGAGCAACUACUAACCUGGAGAGAAUUGACAACCAAAUGAAAAAGUUUAGGCCAAAAGAGCCGUUAUGGACAAAUUAUCCAAUUCACAUGAGUUUUAUAGCUUAGAUGUUUUGGUCCCAAAUUUUCUGGUUUAGAGAAUAAACGACGUGCAGUUACUUUAGUUCAACUAACUUCCAGUCAUAGUUACUGUGGUUUGAGCACACUUCAUUAAGAUGAAGAAAUGUUGAUGCUCAAAGUGUCCCGUUAAGAUUGACCUUUUAGUGAUGUGUUAUGUGCAGACGAUUGAGGUAUUAAGGUAUCAGGUAUGCUGGUUUCACUUGUUCGCAUACUUCCUGACAUUCCAAAUAAUUAAAGCAGAUUACUGUCAGCCUGAAGAAAUGCUAAAGGUAUGACAGCAAUCUACAAAGCCACCCACUCAGCGGGACAACCUGUGCAUGCUGUGGAAUAACUGUGUCCUAUGCAAUGGCAUUUGUGCAAAUGGAAGUAUUGUCUAUUAUUUAGCUUUAUAAACUGAUAGGAAGCAUGCACACAUAAAAUAAAGAUUUGAAAGAUGGUUUAUAUAAAGCAUAUUAUACUCUGUUAUAAAGGACCUAUGGUAAUCAUACAUAGUACUAGUUUAACAAAUGUAUUGUUUUAAUUAAUAACUACACUUAUACUACAGUUAAUAAUACAAACUUCACUAUGUAAACACACAUUUAUUGUAGUUAUAAUCAGGGGCAUGCAAAUAUACAGACCAUUUUUAUGGUCUUUGUUUAACUAGAUAAGGACUGAACUCAAACUGACCUGUAAUUUAAGGUAGGCCCUUAGAUAGAGGUAGGGAAGACAAUUUGGCUAUGCCUAAGGCCAGGCAGGACAGUUAGGCCUUGUCUUGGAGGGCACGUAACUUGUGCAUGCUAUGCUGAGGAGGAAUAUAUUUAAUUAAAUAAAAAUGCAGCAGAUCCCUGGACACCUCUAAUGGCUGAUUCAAAACGUGGGCAUAGGCUGGAUACGUCAGGCCUCUGUAUAAUACAGUCUUAGAAAAGUGUUUUGUAUUAGCCAUAGAAUUGUAUAUUUCAAGCCAAGAUAUUGCUGUGAAGUACAUCCAAACCUGCGGUGUCUGCUAUUAAUCUCCUACAAUUAAAAUCAAAAUUGUUGACUCCUACUAAGGCGUCUUGGCUACACUCCACACCAAUUCCUGUACAUGUGCAUAUUGUCAAUUUAUUUUUUUUAAAAAAUUUACAAGGAAAGAUACAUUGAGAUUUCUCUCGUUUUCAAGUAUGACCUGGGUCCUAGAGGAACAUUGAAAUGUUGCCAUUUCUCUUGCAUGGACAUCUUAAACACAACAAUCAAACAUCCCAUUAUAUGUACACAUAUAAAAAUAAAAAAAUAAUAAUAAUUAAGAAAUAUUUAAAGAAAAAUAACAAAACCCAUGGCUUAAUUUUAUUCAUCUACUAGAUCAUGCAAAAAUAAGUAAUACAAAAUCAGAACUAUUAAGCAAAUCAGGGUAUCCACAGAAAAUUUCCGACAGCGUGGUAAAGCAAAAUAAUCUGUAGAGUUAUAUAUUGUGCACUGGUAUAGAUGUAGUCUUCAUUAUAUUUUCAUUCAAGAUGUAGAUAUUCUUUAACAUAUCUAAAUAAAGGUCAUAUCUACCUCCCAAAAAAUAUAAUGACUUCAUUUUACAAAACAAUGUUAUCUUAUUUUUAUAAAUAAUAGAAUAUGUUUUAUACAUACAGUAUAUUUGUAAGUAAUAUAUAUGAGUGUAAUAUGUAAAAAUAUGAAAUCUCAGACCAGUUUAGUGUGCGCUAGUGUCAGUAGUAUGAGGUGCAAUAAAUACAUUCACUUAAUUAACUCUCUGCGUGCUAUUUCUCAAACUAUAAUUCUAAAGCCCUAGACAAGGAAUCCUGAGUUUGAUUGCUCACACAUGCUUCCUUGCUUUAAUACCAGCAGGCAUAUACACAGCAGGGUGUAUAUGAAACUGCUACAACACAUGCAGAAGCUGGAGAAUGUAAAGAAUGCCAGUUAUGCAAACAAGCGGUUUUGUCUUCCAGUGUGAAAUAAGAAGCCUUACAAUCUUGAAAUUAUUAAGGCGAGACUUUUAUCAGUACUUCUUAAUGACUCAGACUGAACAGUUUAGCAUUGUUUUAACAGUUUAGUUUAUCGUAUUAAUAGGGAAGUAUAUAAAUGAUUUGAAAUUAGGUUUACUGUGAAACUUUCUGGCACUUCCUGAGGACUGCACUAGAUACCUCUUUUUAUGUGUUUAUUCUCUUAAAAACCCCAAGAGGGGGGUGGUUUUUAACUACUUGAGUUGCUUUGACUUACACAGUAUUACUACAGAUGGAACAUCCUUACAGUAACUUUGUCAUCUGAAAACACAUUUUCUAUCAAAUAAGUUUUACAAAAAUCUGUUUAGAACAAUGUUUCAAUAUUGUUAUAAUCUACCAGUUCUAUAGUGAAUUUAGACUUAAGUCAUUUAUGUGUUUGAAUGUCUUUUUAUUGUAGAGAUGGCCAGUGGCAUUUUAAAAUUGCAUCACCUAUUUUAAAAUCAUUCCUAACGAGUUUCCCUGAAAUAGGCAGCUCGAGUAUCUAUAAAAAAAAGUAAAUGCAGGAACUUCAAAAAACAGCUUGUUAUGGUUUGAAUGUUUCUGUAAUGAAUUAAAUGCAAAAAAAAAGAAAGAAAAAACUGUUUUUAAAUGGGGACCUUCUAAAUGUGACUGGUAGGUUGGUACACUAUGUGUCCUACACUGGAAUUAUCCUGUCCUAAAUUACAUGGUAUGAUAAGAGACCAGUAUUUUUACUAAUACAAAAAUAAUAAAUAAAACCUCUAUCUUCCAAUAUUGCCCAAAAUGUGUGUUGCAGUUCACAUUGGGUAAUUUUAGGUGGGUAUAAGCUUCUGCAAGCAACUUUUGGACCCUAGAACACCAGGUGGUCAGAGCAGAGGUGUAACUAGAAACCACUGGGCUCCGGUGCGAAAAUUGCACUGGGGCCCCCCAAUGUCUCUUUCCUCCCCCACCAGGUCCCCCACACGUCUUAUCUUCCUCUGCCGGCCCCUCCACAUGUCUCAUUCUCACGCCCACACUCCAUGUGUCUCUCCCACCCGCAUUCAUUUGUAACAGACACACACAUGCACUGACUGGCAGAUACACACUCACACUGACUGACAGAUACACUGACAGGCAAACACUCAUAUUGACAGACAGACACAGACUGACAGUCAGACACACACAUGCACACUCACUGAUUAACAGACACACACACACACACACUUACAUACUGUCAGACACACUCACACACUCACACCACUUUUGCACACUCACAAUUAAAUUUUUUGAGGCCCACCCAGCCUCCAUACCUUUUGGAUAGCUGGUGUGGGUCCUCUCUCUGGGAUCCAAUGUGGGGUUGUGCUGUAACCCUCUUGCGCGCUUUUUAGUAUGCUGCCAUCACAGAGGGCACGCGAGGGAGGAGCGAGGAACUGCCAGAAACUCCUCCAUCGCCGCCCACACUGCCAUCUCCUGCCUCCUUUCCUCCCACCAUCCAGGUAAGCAGUUGCCUUUAGGGCAUUCGGCGAGGCACUAAAGUAGCCAAAUGGCCACCUCCUGGUCUUCUGUGAGAGGGCACUUCUUGGCGCCCUCAGCUUCAGCGGCUGGAGUGAUGGGCCCGGUCGCACUUGCGACCCCUGCGACCGUGGUAGUUCCACCACUGGGUCAGAGCAUCAUUCAGAACCCUGAGCCUGUGCCAAAUAAAAUAUUGUAGUACUAGUUUUAGGAUGAUUAUCAGUGCCUUCAUUUAAAUACUAAAAUCUUUUGGAGAACCCAACCCUCACUGACAUAGUGAACCGCGAAACCACUAUAAUCACUAUACUCGCUAAGACACACUGACAUAGGGCCAUACAAUUAAAUAUGCAUUUUAUUAGCUUGAAGGAUAUUUUACUAAUUAGGUGUAAUAUUUGUUAUAUAAUUUCUUUCAUGCUUUAGUCAGAACUGUGCUGUGUAUUUUAGAUGAGAUAUUUAAAGCAGCACACUUGAAUAAAAAAAAAAUAACUGAACAAUGAUAGUACAAUAUAAUUUUUCCAACCAUGCAUCCUACCAGAAAGGCCAUUCCCUAACAACAGUCACAUUCUGGCUAACACAAACAUGUGGAGUACUUAAACUGUUUAAGGCCUUUCGAUCAGUGGCAAAACUAAUGUAAGGAAAAAAUGUGUAUUGACCCCCAGUAGAACUGGGGUGAUGAAAAGGUAUAUCCACAACUGCAGUACAACUCCCAUGAUGCUUUACUAGCUGUGCAUCUACUGUUUGUCCAUCCUUGCAAAAUUGUAUUUGUGAGCAGUACCUGUGUGUGAAUAUAGGUGUACUUUUGUACUGAGUGUGUGACUGUUUAUUUGCAUAUGAUACUGAUGUUUGCAUGCAGUGGUGUAUUUGUGUGUAGUAUUGGUGCUUGAAUGCUGUUUGUGGGUAUUGUCAGUGUUUGCAUGCAGAGGUCUGUUUGUAUUUCAGUGUUGUUGUUUGAGUAUAGGGGUGUGUUGGCAUGUAGAGCUUGCAUGCAGGGCUGGAGUCUGAAUGCAGUGGUGGGUGUCGUGUUAAUGUUUGAAUGCUGGGGUGGGUUAGAUUUAUGUGUAGUGUUGGCACUUGCAGAGGUGUGUUAACAUUUUUUGUACUGUUAGUGUUUGAAUAUUGAUCUUCACCCACAUACACAGCGAACCUCAAACACUAACAUAUAUGCACAGAUCCACCCACUGACAUACAUGCACAAAUACACACACGUCCAACAUUAACACACAUGUACGAACACAAUCACAGACUGAACCCCUUGAGCCCUGGUGCAAUAGUGCCGUAAUACAAUUUGACCAGCUAUUAGACUCUCAAGCGUCUGUGGGUUUUCAUACACUGAAUAGAAGCAAGUGAUUCCCAAACUUCAUUAAGGGAGCGGAUUAUAAUUGUCGCCCAUACCAUGGAAGUAAUAAGAUUCCACAGGGUCCAAGGCAGGUUACCUUGGUCCUUCUCCCAGAGAAGGUGAAUAGGUAGAAAGCACAUUCACAGUUCAGGGACUGCUGGUCAGGUUCAGGGACUCCCUAGGUUCACUUUAUGGUUAAUCCUGCUCUGUCCCAUACUGUGGUGACAGCUCACUUGGCUAUCAGAUUGACAGUCUUUGGAUCCAGACAGCCCUCUUCUAACCUGUUCUGCACAUUGUAGCUGUGUGCUGACUGCAUAUGUAUUGACAGUUUUCAGGCAAAACCACACAAAUAUGAGUGCACAGCCUCUGCCAGGUCUUCUCAGUGGAAGAGGCUGUAUAGGGCCUGCAGAUCCUGAUUCAGAGCAAGAAUAUUCCAAUUAUUAUAUUGGCCAAGCUGUCAGUUAUUUUGAUGUUGCUGUGCAGGAAGAAAGCUCAGGGGAUCAAUGCUGUCUGAGUCGUUGGCUAGCUGUGUGUAUUUAGGACCUCUUUGUAUUAACUUUGGACGCUCUGCAUAUAAUAAGUGAUUUCUGGAUCUCUGGAUACAAUCCAGUGUUCCUGGAAGAUGAUAUGGGGUGGCAGUUUCACAUUAUCCACUCAGUUUCUCUGUGACCUCAAAUAUUGACCAUCAAUGCUUAGAGCUGGACAGACAAGAUCUAUGCCAGAAAACAAAGGGCUGUAUUACUGCAUAUAUUAUGGUCAAGAAAGAACUCAUGCAAAUACAUUACUUGUAAACUAGAAACCUAUACCCCACCUCCUCUAGGCUGUAAGCUCGUUUGAGUAGAGUCCUCUUUAAUCUAUCGUUCCUGUAAGUUUUCUUGUAAUUGUCCUAUUUAUAGUUGAAUCCCCCCCUUUUAUAAUAUUGUAAAGGGCUACAGAAUCUGUUGGCACUAUAGAAAUGUCAAUAAUAAUAAUAAAUGGUAAGAACAGAGUAAAUGAAAAUUAAGUAAGAAUAAUGUAAGGGCCAAAAUGAAAGUGCCUUAUCAAGAAGGAAGCGGUACGAUUAUAUCUUAUUUUCAAGUAUGUCCCAGCGGACAUUUGUAUUUUAUUCCCUAGUUUGUGUAUAAUUAAGUCAAAUGUCUUUCUCUCUGUAACAUUACUUCUAUAUAUUAUAUGAAAGGGAGUAGGAAUGUAAGCAGAAGGAAGAAUUGAGGUGGAGGAGGGCAUGGCUAGGAAAAGGCUGUGAAUGUCUCACCCCGAACUGGUUUGUUUCACUGCCCCAGGUAGUGCUACAAUGGAAUAGAGAAACCAUGUGCCUCUAGGCCUUUAGUACACAAUUGUCAGCAGGAUUCAUGUUGACACCGUUUUUUCUCUCUCUCUCUAACAAGACUUAAUUAUUAGGGGGAAUUCCAAUGGAUGUUUGUGAUUUAAACAAAGGGGGAAGUCAGAUACUAAACAUGGGGAAGGAAAAAGACAAUAGCAUUAAUGUUUGAGUUACAGAAACCAAACAAUGCAUCAAGGACAAGAUUAGCUUUUUCCAUCAUACUGACUUUUUAACCUCGUAACACCUUAGGUACUAUUUGACAUUACUAUACAGAAAAUAAAAUGUAAGAAAAGUGUCCGAGAGCAUGUUUGUAUCUACUUGUUUAUACAGUUAAAUUCAAUGCAGUCUUUAAAUAAUUCAGUAAAAUAUGUUUAUUUGAAUGCAGUCUUAAAUGCAGGUUGUUGUUUUUUUUACUUACAAUUAUUGUUUAUUUUAGUUAACUCCAUUAAAUGAAUUUUUAUUAAUUGAAUUCCUUUACUUUAUAGUGAUAUCUGCAUAGUAACCUAGUCUCAAUAACUGAUAUUAGUAAGUUUGUCAGCUGCUUCCUCUUUACAAAUACAUAUUAAUUAGACCUGACGUUGACAGGGUGCCACUAAAUACGUAGACAUCAUUUGCUACUCUAAGUGAAAACAGGCUUGAAACAGCAAAUAAAGAUACCUUUUCUUUCAAGGUGCAUUUUUUCUAUUAUUGCGCUUCAAUGGAAUAGUGUAUAGCAAGGCUUUUAUCUGCACCUGCAGCGGGCAUCCAACUAAUUUGGAUUUCCAAAAGAUCCGUGUACUUUACAUUCAAAAUCCUUAAUAUUUUUUUUUACUAGCCUUCCAUAGAAAUUACCAAGACCGCCACCAGAAAUUUUGGGGCCCCUAACUCAGCUCAGGGUCUGGGCCCCCUGGGGCCCGCCUCCAAUCCCGCCCACAGGGUCCGCCUCCAAAUCCCGCCCACAGGAAUACACACACACAAACACACACACUGAUACAAAAGGACACAGAUACACACACACACACAGACACAUACUAACAGACACACAUACUGAAACAGACAUACACGCAUAUAGGCAUACAUACUGACACACAUACUGAGACAUACACACAUAUACAGACACAGGCAUACAUAGUGACAGACAGAUACAUACUAACAUACACACCGACACACAUGCAUGAGGACAUAAAGACACAUACAUACAUACACACCGACAUACAUACAUACACACAGACAUACAUUCAUAAUGAGAUACAGAGAUACAUUCAUAUAUUCAUACAGACAGACAUACAUGCAUACAGACACUGACAUUCAUACAUACACAGACAUACAUUCAUAAUGGCAUACAAACAUACAUUCAAACUGGCAUACAUACGUACGUACAGACAUACAUAUAUACAUACUGACAUAUAUACACACACACAGCUCAUUUUCCAGCCACCCUCCUGUUUCUUACCUUUUCUUUGCAGGAGGGUGGCUGGGGAUGAUGGGAGUCGGCACGGCUGUCACUCUCCCUCUUCACGGCCUGGCUGGCGGUCCUCCCGCGAGGAGUGAGCUUGGAGGAAGUGACCACUUCCUCCCAGCAUCACUUGCUGCGGCUGCGUUUUUAUUUAUUUAUUUAUUUUAAAGGGGCCCGGUCGCGCUAUUGCACGGCCGCAGCGCUGACCGGGCCCCUGAAGAUACAGGGCCCAUCGGGUGGCCCUAAGUGCGCGGGCCACCAAAUAGGAACAAACAGCGUGCGGCCCCCGGCACAACUGCACCGGCGGCACUUCCGCCGCUACACGUGGGGCCCGGGCAGCCGGGCCCCUCAGGGCCGCCUGGCCCGUGACAACCGUUACGGUUGUCACCCCCUGAUGGCGGCCCUGGAAAUUACUAUCGGAGUUAUUAACUAAAGUUGAACUGUGAGGAAUUAAAAGUAAAUUUAAAGUGAAUUGUAAAUAAGAGGCCAAUACAGCCCACCAGGAAAAAAAUUCCAAGUCCGUUACGAAUCUGCCAAGUAUGACAGGUCUAAAAUUGGGAGAGGGAGGAAUAGGCAGUGUCAGCAGGUGGGCGUAUCCACGAGGCAAACAGCAUCAUAAAUUAUACUCUUGAGCUGGCCUACAUAGUCAAUCAGGGCCACGGCUAGUGCAGCACAAGCACCUUUAAAGGAACACAGUAGCGUUAGGAAUACAAACAUGUAACGCUAUCGUGCUACCUUUCCCAUUGAGGUGUCAGCACCCCCUCCCCCACCCCCAUUAGGGUUUAAAAGGUGCUUGUCUCUCCAUUGCUGCCCCACCUCCCUGGCUGAGAUCAUCAAGCUUGAUGAGCUCAUCCAAACCAAUGCUUUCCCAAAGGGAAUCAUUGUGACACUAGUGCGCACACACUGCUUUAGGCACAGCAUUUGAUGGGAUAACCAAGCCUGAGUUGGUUAUUCAGCAAAAGUGCCUCUGGUGGAUAUCAGGAUGACAAACACUAGAGGUGUGUUUAACCCUGUGGUCAUUAAUUGCUGUAUCUACUGAACAGCAAUGUUUUAGAUAGCAGAGUUAAAACUAUAGGGCUAGUGGAUCCCAUUGAGAUGAUGUGUUCUGGGUACCUUUAGUGUCCCUUUAAUCAUGCGCUCUAACUGCACUUUUCAACACUCCUCCUCCGGUUUGGCACUUCUGAAAUUCGGGACUUCGGCAAUACGGCACUUCAGUUCGGUUCGGGACUUUGGCAAUUCGGGACUUAGGCACUAUGGGACUUCGGCACUUAGGGAAUUGCCUAAGUCUCGAAUUCACAAACUCUACCCCUCCCCCUCCCCCUAAAAGGGUUAGGGGUAGGGUUCGGGUUAGGGGUAGGAUUAGGGGAUGGGUUAGGGGUGGGGUUAGAGGAAGGUUGGGGUAAGCUGUAGUGUUAGGGUUAGGAAUAGAGUUAGGGGUAAGGUUAGAUUCCUGUCAUCAUGCCCUUAAUUUUCCCUCUCUCUCUUGUUUUGCCACUUUUCAGAAAUCCGAAGCACUUCGGCACUUCUAAAUUCCUCACUUCAGCAAUUCGGUUUAGUUCGAUACUUUCGAAAUUUGGCACUUUGGCAAUUCGGACAUUCGGAAGUGUCCAAAUUGCCAAAAUUCAUCCGAAUUGCCGAAAUUCAUCCGAAUUGCCGAAAUUCAUCCGAAUUUAAAUCUGGACAGAAACGAAUUGCACAUGUUUAGCACUUGGUAAGAAAGGCUCACGUGAGAGGGAAACAUAGCUAAUGUGAUAAUAAAGUGACACUUUGACACUGUCUGUGUGCCUUGUCUUUUCUAUAUGUUACCAGUGAUGGACUUGGCUAACCAGAGAUGUGUGACACUAGGAUGGUGCCUUCUCUCUCUGUGUUUAUUUACAUAAUUAAUGGCUGAUGUGGAAAACCUACUCUAAUCGUGCACACUAUAUAUUAAAUGAGAGUAAAGGAAAAAUACUUUUGUAUCUGUAAGAACUGUUCAGCCAGGCUGUCUAUGUAUCUCUUAUACUAUGUUCAUACAAAAGACUUUGUCGGGGGAGGUACUCAUUGGCUUUUCAUUCCAUACAUUUUUUCAGACAUCUGUUUCUCUCCCUCUGUAGUGGAACCUUUUUCAGUAUGAGGUUGUUCUUUUUACGUAGAUUUGAUUAACUUGCUGAUGCCACAGCCCUGAAGGUAGGAAAACUAGACAAAGUUUCUUAGUCACCCAACAACAAUUAAUGUAUCUAGACUAGAUGUUUAUUGUUAUAGGAUUAGUACUAAAACUCUGAGCAACUUGUUUAGAGCAGGGGGAAUGAACCUAUGGCACAAGUGCCCAAUAUGGCACGCCAAACACCUUUAGUGGCAUACCAGCCAAGCCGAGCAGCCACAGUACAAAACGCCACUUGGCAGGGACACUGGCUAACUGGGUGGUUUUUUGCUGGGUCUCUCCAGUCUAGGGCAGUUUAAAUCUCAUUUCAAUUUGUGAAAGCACCUUGAUGGGCUGUGGAGAGGAAGGGCUAGUGAUGGGAAAAUUUGACACAUGCAUGUGACAGGAAAAAAAAAUUAAAUCCAAGAUGCUGGAAAUGUAGCUUUCAAACUUUGUCACAAGUGUCACCUAUCAGGGGAGGUGCUAACCAAUCUAACUUAUAUGUACUCCUAUUCAGCUUCUUGGUGACACCAGAUGAAAGUGUGUUCUGCCGCACCCUUGGGCACCACACAUCAAUAUUCUCAUAUCAACCACAUUCUCUAUGUCCCAGGGAAUUGUACAUCAGAGGAAUCGCAAAUGAUGACAGAACUAGGGUUCCAAAUUUCUAUUUGUAUUAUUAUCAUGAAUGUGUAGGCGUUAUCGUUAUCUGAACACUUACACUCUAUAUAUGUUUGUCGGAUACCAAAGAUGUUUCAUCUGUGUUGACAUAUACUCUUGUACUAGAUCCAGACUAAGUGUUAUCUCGAGAAGCAAAUAGAUCACUUGAAGCUCAUUGUGAUAAGAUUGCUUGUCUUUCAGAGGUCCUAGUGUGUAUAUAUAUAUAUAUAUAUAUAUAUAUAUAUAUAUAUAUAUAUAUAUUGCAAGAGAUAGUGAAUUUUAUUAUGUUUUGAGUGGAACACAUAACCGAGAAAAUAUAUAGCUGUGUAAAUAACAAUAAUUACUGUUAUUUUAUUUAUGUAUAGGCUUGUGGAAGCUCCCUUGAUGCUAGCAAAAUAUAAUAAUGAAUACAAAGAAAUUAAAUUUUAACAAGGUGGUUUGUGUCAUAUGCCAUAAAAGGAAUACUUGAAGCACUAUAAAUACUACAGCAGUUUUACACAUGUUUGUCUUCUACUCUGGGGUCCACUGGACACCGCUCCAAGCCUCUUCUACAGCUCAGUGUGAGUUGGAAGCUCUCUUUAUAGCACCUAGCUCAUUGGCUGAGAGCGACCAGCUGACACUCUCCGACAAUGUGCUAGUCUUGGCAAAAGCUCAUGUGCUUGUGGCUUCCACUGAGCUGUAGAAGAGAACAUACUUUUUGGCUAUUUCUCAUUCAUGAAAAAAAAAAAUGAAAUAAAAAUUAAUGCCCAGCAGACCCCAGGUAUGAAGUCAAACCAUUCUAACUUGGUUUGACUCCUUACAAAUGGGAUUACCUGGGUGCUCCUGACACAAUAAUCACUACAGUGCCCUGUAGUGCUUAUGUUACUUGGUGUGUUCCUUUAUUAUUAUUAUUAUUAUUAUUAUUACUUAUAAAACACCAAUAAAUAUAUUUAUUUGAACUUUUCUUGUAUAUCACACACACACACACACACUCACUGGACACUAUUACUACUCCAAGGGCACCCACUCACCACAGCUAAAUUCACAUCUCACGUCAGAACUCUACUAUCGAGGUUGGGCUACAACCCGGCUUCCUUCUCCAGUCACUCCUUCCGUAUAGUCGCAGCAUCUUCAGCAUCUAGCUCAAACACACCAGUCCACAUCAUUAAGAGACUGGGCCGCUGGAAAUCCUCUAUUUACAAUACCUACACACCACGACCGGAGAGGGAGCUCCGACAAGCUUUCAGAAGUCUCGCUUUGUAACUUGCAAUAAAGUGUGUUUUCUUUGAAUCCUCCUUUUGCCCUCUUUUUAUUACAGGCCUACUCGUACAUUGGUUUCGGCACACCUCAACCAACUUUGCAUCUUCUGAUACAUUCCAUAACCUAUUAGAAUUCCGAGCACAAAUAUAUAUAUAUACUACUAGAUCCAGACUAAGUGUUAUCUCGAGAAGCAAAUAGAUCACUUGAAGCUAUAAAUUAUAUAUAUAAUUUAGUUCCCUUGUAAUACACAGAAAUGUUUUUUGUUUUUACAUAAUAAACAAAAAAACAUUUUAAAUAAUAGCUGUGGUUUAAAUGGACUCCGGUAAAAUUAAAUAGGGGUGCGCUCUGUGGUAUAUGGGGGUUACAGUUUAGUAUUUGCUGCUUUUUUGCACGUUGAUCAUAUCCCAUUGUACAGCGCUACGGAAUUUGCUGGCGCUAUAUACAUAAUAAUAAUAUCUUAUUAUCUAAACUGAAUUAAGUUGGUAAGUGUGAAUUCCCAUUCAAAAAUGAUGUUAUUCAAAAUAAUAGCUUCCUCGUCUAAAGAAGCAGAAGGGAUUGCAAAUAUACUGUAUAUUAUUCACUCACACAUGCAGCAAUAAAAUGUAUUCUAUACCUUAAAUUCAGUCAUGAACUUACACUUAUACUUAUGUUUAUAUUUAAUCCGUUCUAAUUGCAUACUUGCAUAUAUACUGUAUAUUAUUCACUGACCCAUGCAACAAUAAAAUGUAUUCUCUGCUUUAAAUGCAGUCAUGAACUUGCUCUUCUCAUGCAAGAGAGAUUAUAUAAACUGAUCAAACUACUCAAAACAAAACAUGAAACAUAAACAUGACUAGAUUAAAACGUUACUAUUUUGCUGAUGUAUGACUUUUUGUUUCUUUUAUGUCAGUUUAUUUGAAUUAUUAAUAAACAUUAUUGUGUAGCUCCAGCGCAUUCUGCUGCAUUGGCGAGAGAGAUCACAUGGUAAUGAGUUCCAUAGAUGUGAGGCCUGUACUUGGGAAAAUUCUUGAAAGUAGGAGGAGGAGAAACAUAGGUCAUGAUAAGAGUGGAGGGGCUGGGUAAGGGGAACACUGAAAAGUAACACUAGAAAUUGUGGAAGUCUAUAAAGCAGAGUGAAGAAAUACAAAUUUAGUGGGAAAUUGGAACCCAUAAGUAUGCAGUAUAUUUUUAAUUAACGCAUGACACAAAAGCAAUCAAACAAAGACACAAGCUUUGGUUAAUAGAUUAUAGAUAAAUAACCAGCCAAUAAAUAGCAUCACACAUGUAUGUGGACUAUGGAAAUACUUAGAAGUUUGUGGUAAAGUGAUUGCUUGACCUAACUGAAUCCAUCCUCUACAGCAGGAUGAUUUUUGCCCGUGACAAAAGAAAAUGAACAAUGAAAAAAACAGUAUUAAAAAAUACGUAAAAGAAACAAAGGGGGGAGGGUGGGUGUCUGAAUACAGGCCAAGCUCUUUUUCUAGUGUCUGUAGUACCUUGUUCUCAGCCACGCUGCACAAGACGUACGCUAAAAUUUUUACAUGCCUCACAACUGUACGUCUAACCUGCUUGUACUUUUUAGAGCCAGUGCAACUCUUCAUUUGCAUUAGUUAAAAUAGUUAAAAAUGAGUGAGGUAAAGCGUAACACAGUAAAUCGUAACACAGGAGACAGAAUUUUUAAAAACACUCCACCAACCAAAUUUUUGUUUUUUAAAUCACUGUUUAGUAUAUGUUUUCCAAUACAAAAAAUAAAAAAAUCUCCAGAGGGUUUCAUUAUUAGCUUUGGCAUUUUUUAUUAUGUCCAAUCACAGACGUCAACGUUUCAGUCCUCACACCAUGACUUUUAUCUAGACUUGAUUAAAGGUCUUGAUCAGGGCCGAUCCUGGGGUCACUGAUGCCUGGGUGCAAGAAUAUUUUUGGCAACCCCUGGUGGGUGUGGCUAUAUUGCUAACUCCUACCCUUUACAAACAUAACACUGCUAACCACACCUAUUUUCUAUGGAAACCACACACCCUCAACCCAGGUCACAUGUCACCCACUUACUACAGUGCCAGCUUUGCCCCGAAAAAGCUUAUUAGUGCCAUAUGUGUGCCCAGUUUCCCAGUGCCGCCUCUGUCCACAUACAGCUUCCCAGUGGCAUCUUAGUUUUAAAAUAUUUUUGUCCCCAUCUUAUCAGUGCCACUUAAGUAGCCAUUUUUUGUGCCCAAAUCACUGACCAGUGUCAUUGUUGUCCCAAAAUUGCUAAUCAGUGACAUUUCUUUUUCCAAACAGCUUACCAGUGCCAUCUUGUCCUCAGAGAGCUUGCCAGCUGUUAGUGUUUUGGUAUGAACUGUGUGUAUGCUGGGUGUAUUUGUAAUGCAGAAAUGUAUUUACAGAUGUGUGUGAAUUCAAAUGAAUAUUUGUGUAUAAUAUUAAUGUGUGCAGAUGCAGUUAUUGUAUAUUUGUAUGGUGUAUAAAAUGUAUUAGUAAGUGCAAGAAUGUAUUUGUAAGACGUGUGUGUGUGUGUAUGUUUGUAUGUAUGAGUGUCCUUCACUGGACAUUACUGUGUGUGCAUGCAUUGUUGUUUUCAGCAGUACGUUUGUUUAUUUUUCUAAAUGUCCCUGUAUGACUUAUCUCACCAUUCUCUUCCAGUUUUGGCUCUACCCCAUCCACAGGGGUGUUUCUAUGUGGACUACGGACGUCAGCCCAAAAUAUACAUUUGAUAACCCCUCCUAUAUUUGGCUUGCGCAAUAAUCCAUCUCAGCUGUACCGUAAAUUUAAAAAAUUAAUUAUGAAAUGCUGCAUUCUACCUCCCCUCACCAAAAGCAUGCACACUAAAACACAACCACAUCCAUUAUGCUAUGCAGUCUGUGUAGUUAAUAGUGUCUGAGUGUGUGCUGGGGAUGCAGUGUGUCUCUGUGUGUGUGUGCAGGGAAUGCAGGGUGUGUCUGUGUGCAGAAGAUGUAGUUUGUCUCUGUGUGUGUGCACGGAAUGCAUUGUGUUUUACAUUUUUAAAAUGUAAAAAACACCCACAAUUUGUUUUAAUGUUUUCAAGAAUAUUCAUUCCACAAAUAUGUAAACUGUAUGUUAAAAAAGUCCCUUCAAGGCCCCAUUAGAGGCUACAAUGGAGUCUAAUGGGCCCUGGAGAGGGUUUUCUCUAAAAUGCUGGCCCCCGUUCACAAUAUAGUGAUAUAACACAGCUCUGUGAUACCCAGCUCAAGCUGUUUCCUCUCACCUUAAUUAUUGUUGCUGGCUGGCUGCUGUGACUGGCAGGCUGCUGUGGCUGUCUGGCUGCUGUGGCCAGCUGGCAGGCUGCUGUGGCUGUCUGACUGCUGUGGCCAGCUGGAAGGCUGCUGUGGCUGGUUGGCAGGCAGAUUGGCUGCUGUGGCUAGCCGGCUGGCUGCUGCUGGCAGUUGUGGCUGGCUGGCCUCCUUUUUCCACCAGCAGGCAUCUAUUUCUAGAUACACCUUACAGCCCAGUCAGCCUUCCAGGAGCUCGGAGGGCCUUUAGGAUGGAGGUGGGGCUAAACACAAGGGGCAUGGCUUAUCAAGAGGGGCGGAGCCUACUGUCACCAUGCGCCUUUACUCACAGAGCACCUGGACGCUGUGCACCCACCUUGACGUAUGUGACUGGACACAAUAAGAAAUUCUGAAACUUAUUACGAAGCCCUCUGUAGUGCAGUUCUUUGGAGAUUUAUAUUUUGAUGGAAUUUGCACCGAGGAAAGGAGCACGACAAGAGUGCCCAUGGUGAAUAAUAAAAAUAGGAAUACAUUUUAGUAUGCAUUUUUUCAUAGGUGCUAGAUAUUGUGAUAAAGUGAAGGUAGAGAGGCCUUUAACAUUUAAUUUAAGGGGAAGUACGUGUUGUAUGUGUGGUGUGCAACACAAAGCUAGGUUUAGUUAUGGGCCCCUGGGGUGGAGCAUUUGGAGAGCAAGGUGGGCCAAUGCUCCACUCCUCAGUUUAUAUACAACUGGGAGAAAUUAGGUCCAGGCCAGAGUUUUUUGGAACUGUCUCCAACCCACUGCUCAGCUGCAGAUAAUCAGCUGUAGCAGUGGGAAUAAACCCCUCCCUGCUAUGCAGGUAAAAUAGGGGGAUUGCUGGCUUCCUCCCUGGAAGCAGGUUGGAGAGAGGCUGUUCUCUCCAGUGAGAGAGUCAAGGAGACUGAGCACUGGGAGUGCAAAAGGAAAGCAGUCAAGGCUGGCUUGGAGCACUGGGAGUGCGGAAAAGAGAGAGAAUGUUUGUUUCUCUCUUGAAGGGCUGGAAGCAGCAGGCUGACUAAACACUGGAGUGCUGAGAGCUAACAAAGAGACUAGAUUGGUGAAACCAGUAUUAUUUUGUUAUAGUUUAACCCCUGAGAGAUAGGCAAUCUGAAGUUAGUUAGUGCUCAGACGAGCUAGGUUUUUGUUUCUAGGGAUUUUGUUACAUUAUUGUUUGUUUCAUUUACGGCUGUCUCCUGUGUGAGUUUAACAAUAAAACUGCCUGGAUUAUAUGCAAACCAAAGGACUGUGCCUGUUGUUUACCCUAGAGGACCGUGCUACCUGCCGACAAGGAUCACAAUAUGGUGGAGAAUGCGGGCACUAACACAAUUGGGUUGUUCCACUCACUUUGUGACACUUCAAUCACCCCCAACUCAAGCAUCUUUUUAACCUCUGCACUAACCACUUCACGUCUAGCCUCAGAUUGAUCUUCUUCCCAGGUUCAGUUAGGAUAUCAUGCUUGAUUAUGUGUUUUCCCUGGUAUUGGGGAAAACACAUCCCUAUUUUUAGACACAAACUCCCUGACUUCCUGUUUUUGAUGAGGGGCAAGAGUAUCAGCGAUAUGCACCUCCGGACCCUGCUCACGAGUGGCUUGAAUAGGUUUAUCUCUGGCUAUGAUGAGAACCUCUCGUUCUACCCAUGGCUUCAAUAAAUGUAUAUGAUGUCUGUUCUGGCUUCCGUCUGCCUGGCUGUCUUACUUUAUAGUUCAUGUCACUGACCUGCUCUGUGAUUUCAUAGGGCCCUUGCCAGCUGGCUAAGAAUUUGCUUUCUACCGUGGGAAUGAGAACUAGAACCCUGUCAUCUGGUUUGAACACCUGUAGCCUUGCAUUCUGGUUAUAGCUUGCUUGUUGGGCUCUCUGGGCCUUUUCCAUGUUUUCCCUAACUAUGGGAAUUACUGUUUAGAUUCGCUCUUGCAUUUGAGCUACAUGCUCUAUAAGACUAUGAUGGGGGGUAUGCUCUUGUUCCCAUGUUUCCUUGGCAACAUCUAGUAUGCCUCUUGGAUGCCUACCAUACAUCAACUCAAAAGGGGAAAAACCUGUGGAAGCUUGCGGGACUUCUCUAAUAGAAAACAUCAGGUAGGGUAUGAGAUAAUCCCAUUUUUUUCCGUCCUUGUCUAUCACCUUCCGCAGCAUAGCCUUUAGAGUUUUAUUAAACCUCUCCACUAAUCCAUCAGUUUGCGGAUGGUAUACUGAGGUUUUCAGUUUCUUGAUUCUGAGCAAUUUGCACAAAUCACGCAUGAUUUUUGACAUAAAAGGGGUUCCCUGAUCUGUGAGAAUUUCCUUUGGUAUACCCAUCCUGCUAAACAUCAUCAGUAAUUCCCUUGCAACAUUUUUAGAGGUGGCAUUCCGUAGAGGUACUGCCUCUGCAUACCGUGUUGCAUAAUCAACAACAACUAAAAUGUACUCUAGCCGACCUAGGCAAUGGCCCUAUCAGGUUCAAAUGGAACCUCUAUUAUGGGAAGGGGUACCAACGGACUACGAAAGCCCUUAUGUGGAGCUUUCAUUUGGCAUUCUGGGCAGGAUUUACAAAUAAAGUGCCUGGAAUUAAUUUACUUUUAAAGACUGUGCAUGUUUGUACCCAAAAGGACCGUGCUAACUGCAGACCAGGAUCACAAUAUAUAAAAUAUAGCUUGCAAAAGGUGCAGUUCUCUUGCCGCAGCUUUGCAAACCCUCCCCUCCUAACCCCGCACAGACUUUCUGUGGCUGUCCAAUCGCAGACUUCCCAAUGCAGCUCAUUGAGAAGACUUUGCAAAGCAGGUGCUCUGAGUGAUUGCUGCCUUUUGAGUUUAGCUCCACUAAGCUAAACAAACCAGGAAGUAACGGGACCCGUUUUUGAUUUCCAGCCAGGGUUAUAACAAGGUGAAUUUAUAAAAGUGCCAAUUUCUAUUCAUUUCUAUUUCUACACUUUUUGUAAAGUGAAAAUAGUACACACCCUUCACACAUAAGGCAUUAAAGCAAGAUUAAUUUCUUUAGGGGUCUGGAGUGUCCCUUUUAAAUAUAUGAUAAAGGGGGCAAGGUAUGUUUGUAAGGGCUACUGAGAAUAGAGGUUGGAGAAAUGGGGAUGGGUGGCAGUAAUUAGUGUAGGUUUACUGAACAAAAAGGAAACACCCAUGUCAGCUUCUGUUCACUCUUAUAAGUGUUUCAAAUUUAAUUGUGGGAAUUCAUUUUUAUUGAAUUUUUUUCAUGAAUGAAAAUCAGCCAAAAAGUAUGUUUGUGAAGUUCUGUUAACAGAGGUUAUGCUAUACUACAAUUAUCCAUUUGACACCAUCAGAAGAACCAAGAUUGGUUGAAAUAGCUCCUUUGCAGACAUCACGUCAGAAUUUUGGGCUUUUUUAUUAAUCGUUCAGAUUCAUAUUUUGUAUGAAACUACUUACACCAGCUUUACUGUUUUCCGAUAUAUGGGAUAGGCAUUGCUGUACUACUGAAAGUAAUAGGGUAAUUAGCUAGCAAUGCUCAGCCGCUUACUAAUGACUGUAAAAUGCUUGGGAUUUGCAGUAAUCAUAAACAUCAAAGGACGACUUUUUAUUUAUUAAAAAUGACAGAACUUCCCUUUAAACGUAUGUGCCUGUUUUUCCCUUUCACAAAACGGGAAAACAAAAUGUUUAACUAUUUGAUAUUUCUUCUGUCAGUUUGGCUUGAGAUAAAAUAUAAGAAAAGAAUAGUUUUCGUGAUUCUCUCUGUAAUUUCCAAGGGUCACUUGUACAAACAGGAAACGUUGGCCAGAGCGUGAGACAGCAUUUCACUCCCUACUCCUUUACAAAUAAGGGUUUUGGUGUCUGUAAGUGGAAAAUAAUUAAUUCCCAAGCCAGGAAACUGUGACGUGCUGAUAGGAGCAGAGAUUUUUACACAUGCCUUUCACAAAUGACACACUUUACAAGAAUGUUAUCUACCGCUUUGCCAUUUUCUUCUUAUCAGCACAAGAGGUGGGGGCAGAAAAGCCUUUUUUUUGGGGGGGGGGGGAAGGGGGGGGGUUGGUUAUGUGAUAUAUGUUAAAAUUGUUGAUAUUCUUUCCAAGAUUGUUUCCGUACAUUGGGAAUGUGCAAAUCUGUUAUUACUUUAGUAGCAUUAGUCACGCUCACUAAAUUCUUUUUGUCAGACUUCUUCUUUUUACAAUGAUACCGAUCAUAAACCUCUGCCUGAAGGUUUUGAACCCUUUAACAUUCUAUUUCUACCUUUAAACAAAGCUUACUUAAUCAUGUUUUUCCAUUAUGCUCUAUGAUACGUGUAAAAAUGUCCAACUAAAUGUGAAUAUAGAAAGUUGUUCUUUCAACGUUGUAAUUUCAAAUUGCAGCUUUUUUUUUUUUUUAAUUCUUUGUUUUCUCCUUUGCACAAGAAAAAUAAUCUGCUUGUAGCCAGGGCCGGAUUAACAUAGGGGCUGAUGGAGCUGCAGCUCCAGGCCCAGGCCCAUGGAAUAGGCCCAUUUAAAAAAGAAAAAAAAAAAAUCUAUUUAUUUUUUUUUUUUUUACACACUACUCUUAGUUUUGCCACCUGACUGGUAUUUUAAUGGCACAGACGGUAUUUGAGGCUGCUUGGCCCUGCCGGUAUUGCAGUAAUACCAGCAAUACAAAUGCAGGUAAUUUUCUCAGAAUAAAUGGAAAUUAUUCUGCAAUACCAGCACCGGCCAGUAGGGGUCACUGUGUGUGGAGAGAGGCAGGGAUAGGAAGUUACAGCAUAUCCCUCCCUGCCUCUCUCUACUACUCACUGAUCCCUGGCGGAGCAGCUAAACAGCGCAGUCCAGACAGCAGCUCUACAGCUCAGGUAAGUGAGGGAUCGGGGAAAAGGCAGCAGGGACACAUGGGGAUACUGAGACACUAGGGGACACAUUGGGGACACUGAGACACUAGGGGACACUGAGACACUAGGGGACACAUGGGGACACAGAGACACUAGGGGACACAUGAUGACACAUACACUAGGGGACGCUGAGACACUAGGACACAGACACUGGGAGACCUGGGAACACUGAGACACUUGGGGACACUGGAAAAUAUGGGGACACUGAGACACUUGGGGACACAGACACUAGGGGACACAUACACUAGGGGACACAUGGGGACACUGUCACUAGGGGACACUGAGACACUAGGACACAUGGGGACACAGACACUGGGAGACCUGGGGACACUGAGACACUAGGGGACACCGAGACACAUAGGGAUGCUGAGAUACAUGGGGAAGCUGUGAGACAUAGGGACAUUGGGAGACAUUGGGACAUGGAGACACCAUGUCCCCCAGCCAGUGUCCCUAGUGUCUCAGUGUCCCCAAGUCUCCCAGUGUCUGUGUCCCAUGUCUCUCAGUGUGCCUAGUGUCCCCAUGUGUCCCAGUGUCCCCAUGUCUAUGUCCACAACUGUCCCCAUGUCUCCCCAAGUGUCUGACUCCCAGCCAGUGUCCCCUAGUCUCCCAGUAUCCCCUAGUCUCCCAGUGUCUGUGUCCCUAGUGUCUUAGUGCCCCCAAAUGUUUCAGUGUCUCCAUGUCUCCCAGUGUGUUCCUAGUGUCUCAGUGUGCCUGGUGUCCCCAUGUCUCCCAGUUUUCCUAUAUGUCCCAGUGUCCACAUGUCUAUGUCCACAACUGUCCCCAUGUCUCCCAGUGUCCCCAAGUGUCUGUCUCCCAGCCAGUGUCCCCUAGUCUCCCAGUGUCUGUGUUCCCAUGUCUGUGUCCCUAGUGUCUUAGUGUUCCCAAAUGUUUCAGUGUCCCCAUGUCUCCCAGUGUCUGUGUACCUAGUGUCUCAGUGUCCCCAUUUCUCCCAGUUUCCCUAAAUGUCUCAGUGUCCCCGGGUCUCAGUGUCCCCGGGUCUCUCAGUGUCCCCAGUAUCCUAGUGACAUGGGGACACACUGAGACAUUGGGACACUGGGAGAAAUGGGGACACAGACACUGGGAGACUAGGGCACUGGGCGACAUGGGGACAUUGACACUGUGAUACAUAGGGACACUGAGACACUGGGUGACUUGCGAGACUGAGACACUGGGAGACAGGGAGACACUGGGAGCAAUCCAUCUAUACAGCAGAAUCAAACUGUGAGUAGUUUGGUGAUUUUACAGAAUUUUCUCUGAUGUCACUCCUUGUGAUUUACAUCAUGUGAUGUCACGCAUAACUAAUUAAUUAUACAAAUGAUUAAGGCUGGUAUUUUUUUCCAAGAAAGGUGGCAACCUUAACUACUCUUCGCACUCUUCGACCCUAUUAUGUUAAAACCACCACCCUGGCCCCUUCUUGCCUCCCUAAAUAUAGUAAAAUAUUACUUGUAUUAAAUUCUGCAGCUGCUGGCUCAGAAGUCGUGGUCUGAGCAAAUUACAAUACUUCCCCAUAGGAUUGGCUGAGACUGUCAACUAGGCAGAUUUGGGGCAGAGCCAGCACAAGUCCAACAUAGCCCUGGCCAAUCAGCAUCUCCUCAUAAAGAUAAAUUGAAUCAAUGCAUCUCUAUGAGGAAAGGUCAGUGUCUGCAUGCAGAGGGUGGAGACACUGAAUGGCAGUGCUGCACACUAGGCAGUACUGCCCCAGGAAGCACCUCUAGCAGCCAUCUAAGGAGCAGCCAGUGGAGUUAUUUUCUCUGAAAAGACAGUGUUUACUGCAAAAAGCCUGAAUGGAAUGAUUCUACUUACCAGAACAAAUACAAUAAGCUGUAGUUGUUCUGGUGACUAUAGUGUCCCUUUAAGUUUGGAAGCUUAAGAGGGAUGUAUGGGAACAAAACUUGUGUGCACUUGCUGACAUUAAAGUUAGUUUAGGUAAUGCAGACGUUGGUCUCUCUAACACUGUGGCAUGUCCCCUUUCUUCUACACUUACUACAGACAUCUUUUCUCUGUCUCAGACUAUAUACCAGGAGCUUCUGCCUGCUAGUAAGAAGGUAAGGAGACAAGUGGACCAGCGAGUGCUAGGGGACAGUCCUUAGAAAGAAUGGAGUGAGCGCAUCAUUAGACGCAUUUAUGUCAAGCUCAAGGUGCUGCCUGCAUAGUAUGCCCUUAGUUGGACAGCCUGCAGGAUUGGCAGGCAGCCUGACAUGCAUUCAUGCCAGGCUGACCUUCCAAUUCUUUGGACAAACAUGCCCCUUUUUGGGCAUGUUCACCCCUUUUGGCAGGUCUUGUCACGUGAUGCGCGCCAGUGGCACACCCUUUUACCCCGCUUAUUGACUUCCUGCUUCACUGGACACUGCUGUUAGGGGUUAUGGAUUUACUUGAAAGAUGAAAGUAUAAAUUAGGGAGAGAUUAGCAUAGAUUAUGUGUUUUCUUAUAGCUGCAUCCUUUGAGUUUCCCUCCAACACCAUCUCCAUCAGAUACAUGACGCUUGGGAGGAAUGACUGUUUUAGUGUUUUUGGUCGAUAAGAUUCCGUAAUUAGGCCCAUCAUAAUUGUCAGCACCAGGCCCACUGUGCUCUUAAUCCGGCCCUGCUUGUAGCACCCCGACAGUGUUGACAAGCAAUGCAUUUACGUAUAGGAAUAAACAGUGUCAUGGCAUGAGAUAGUCACACACAUUUUUUUAUAACCAAAAAAUAAACAGGCUGAUUUGUAAUUCACUUGUAUAUUAUAGAGAAAGCUCGAUAGGUAUGUUGGACAGGUCAAGUGAACUGAGGCAUGUUGGCAUGUUAGCUACACAAUUAACGUGUAGUACGCUAUUUCUUCUGGACAGGUUUACACUUUUAGUUAGUUAAGUACUGAAUGCCACCUAGAGUGAAGUGUCUGUGUGGGGAAUGUGUUAUCUUCCUUGUGGUGCGGGUUUAAGGAGGGUUUUUAUGUCUCCCAUAGGAACUGUAAUAGUUAAAAUACACGUUUUGUUUGUUCCCUGGAGUCUCCCCAUAGGCGUGUGUCUACUUAUGGUGUAGGCCACUGUAGGUAUACAGGUCUACGUGGGCAUUCCUGUGCUGAGUCAGGCUGGGUAUUUUAAGCUUGAGUAUCCGGGAGUCAAACAUGAGAAGUUGGGUAUGAGAUCGAUUGCUAGGCUAUUGUUGGCAUGGGCUCAAGGUGAUGUUAGUUAUAGGUGGUGUGGACACCUUGUUGGGAUCGGGUAGGGGCUUCGUGACCCUUGCAUGAGGUCUAUAACCUGUGCUCAUGGCUGCUUGGGUUACCCCUGCUUUGUGGGGGGGAGGGCGCAGUCCCAAAUCUUGCAAGAAGGCGGGAGCCUUAGUGAUGUUGGAGAGCCGGUGGACUGUUCCUUGGUGCGUCACUAUGAGGGACCUUGGGGAGCCCCAGUUGUAGGCCACUCCAGAGUAUUUCAGCUGGUUUGUCACUGCCUUGAGGGAUCUGCGCCAUUGGAGUGUGGACCUAGUGAGGUCGUGAUAGAAUUUGAGUUGAGAGUUCUCAAAUGUGUAUAGGGUCUUGUCUCGGAUUGCUGUCAUGACAUGUCCCUUAUCGUGAAAGGAGGAGCAGUGCACCACUACAUCCCUUGUCUCGUUCGGAGGUGCAUUAGGGGACUUUGGGAGGCGAUAUGCCCCAUCAAGGGCUAUCUUCCUUGCCUGUGGCUGGGGUAGUAUAGCCGCAAGCAGCCGUCUUAGGUAGUGUGGUAGUUCUUCUAGGGGGAUAUCAUCAGGUAUGCUGCGAAUCUUGCUAUGUUGCCGUCUGUAGCGGUCUUCCAUGGCAGUCAUUUGUGUGCUGAGUGCCUGUUGGGAGGUUUGGACUUGCCUUAUGGUGUCUUGCAUCGUGGACAUGUCCUUGCGUAUGUCCAGAAUGUCCUCCUCUGAAGCACGGACCCUGUUAGUUAUUGCCUGGACUUCCUCCUUUAUCACUGCAUUGUCCGAUUCCAGCCACUUUCUGAUUUCUAGCAUGAAGGUUUGGAUGUCCUGCUUGGUAGCCAGCUCGGGCCCUCCCUAGGUUGUCAAGGGUGCUGCAGUCACUGUGAGCUCUGCCCCAGUGGUGAGCUGUGGUGGUGGGGCUGCUGGUUCUGCGGGGCUUUGUGCAGGGAAUACCUCCUUGUUCUUUGCAGUCGCAACACCGCGACUGCUGCAGGUCUCUGGGAUCGACGUCCCAUAGUUGUUCCCACUGCCUGUGGAGUCAGUGCAGGUGGUUUGAUCUGCCAGAAUGGGUCUCCCUCCGCCGAGGAGGUACUCAAGUCUGGGGAUGGAGGGCGCGUGGUAAGUCUCAGACCUGCGUUUCGGUCCCUUCAUCCGUGGGGAGUGGAAGAAGCACAUCGGGCUCUGUAGCGGGGUAUCUAGGCUUGGUGUCACUGUGUGCCGCCAUAUAGUUGCUUAUUUUUCUCGUUUUUUUUAAUAGCGAUUUUUGAGCUGUUCUUGCUGGAGCUCAGCUUUUUUUUAAGAAUUUUUUUUUUUUUUUUUACCAGAACACAGAAAAUAGAGUGUAUUAAAAAACUUUAGGGAAAUUCUAUAAACUCCAUAUUUUACACAUGUUCUAACACUGAAUGAAAAUCCCUGAAUUUGGGCCAUAAUUGCAAUUCUGAUAUUCACUAAACACAAUUCAUGGUUCAAAACCCAUCUGUUUCCAUCAAUUUGAUGUUGGCAAAAAUUUUUUAAAAAAAUGAACAGAGAAAUGGUCCAUAUCACAUAAAAAGUAUAGCAUAAGAAACGGCCACCCAGCGAUAUGGUCCCUCCUAUUUUCUCACUACAUAUGUAGUGGUAUAUGGCUUAUCAAAAAGUGGUUUGGCAGCUGGGACUGCCCUCCAUCCCCUGGACUGGGGAAGGGAAGACAUGUUCUGUGGUGUUCCCUGUUCCCUCACCUAAUGUGCAAGUGAUGGGGUUUUGACAUAUGGAUGGGCAACUGUGGCUUGAAUGUUUAAUAUUAGAAAAUCCUAGGAUCUCCUAAACCCUAGAAGAAGAUUAGCACAAUAGUUUUCCCUUUUGUCUUAUCCAAGCAAGAAGGUCAGUUGAGUUUUUUUUUUAUAAUCGUAAGGGUCCAAUGGGCCUACAUCCCUAUAGAGGGUCCACCACAAUGUAUGGUACGCCUAAUCCCAGCCCAUGAAAUACUAUGGUAAAGAAUAACCGUAUCUUCUGUUCACGCAAUAAAAAUUUGCAAAACAACUUUAAAGGAAGACAGAAAAACAGACCGCACAAUAAAAACAUGGAUCCAUCCAACCCAAUGGCUUGGGCAUCGUGUGGACUAUACAUUCUUAAAUGAUUCCUGAGCUUGCUUGGUUAUACUUGCUGAUUCAGAUGAGCUCCGAUUCCUAUCUGUGAAGAUAUUAUUACUGUGCAAUUUCUUAGUAACAAAUAAUUGAAUGGAAGCUGCUCACUGGCAAAUACACUGAUCAGCCACAAUAUUAAAAUCACCUGCCUCGUAUUGAGAGGCCCCCUUGUGCUGCCAAAAGAGCUCUGAUGCGUCGAGGCAUGGACUCCACAAAACCCCAGAACACGUCCUGUGGUAUCAUUCACCAAGAUGUUUACAGCAGAUCCUUUAAGUCCAGCAAGUUAUGAGGUGGGGCCUCCAUGGAUCCCAACUGGAUUGAGAUCUGGGGAAUUUGGAGACCAAGGCAACACCUUGAACUUUUUGCCAUGUUCAUCAACCUAAUCCUGAACAAUUUUUGCAGUGUGGCAGGGUGAAUUUUCCUGCUGAAAGAGGCCACUGCCAUGAGGGGUGUAUGUGGUCUGCAACAAUCUGCAGUCAUGCCAAGUGCAACAUAUUAAAGGGCAUAGCUCUCGUUUUAUCUAGAUUGAUUUUAUACCCUGAAAGGGUCCUGAAUUGAGAAAGCAGGUCAAAUACUGUGGAGAAAAUCAUCCCACCUAUUGUUAAAGGGACACUAUGGUCACCAGAACAACUACAGCUUAUUGAAUUUGUUCUGGUGAGUAAAAUCAGUCCCUUCAGGCUUUUUGCAGUAAACACUAUGUUUUCAGAGAAAAUGCAGUGUUUACAGCCUAGUGAUAACUCCAUUGGCCACUCCUCAGAUGGCUACUAGAGGUGCUUCCCUCUGCAUGAAGAUACUAAACUUUCCUCAGAGAUGCAUUGAUUCAAUGCUUCUCUGUGAGGAGAUGCUGAUUGGUCAGGGCUGUGUUUGGCUUGUGCUGGCUCUGUCCCAGAUCUGCCUCCUUGUCAGUCUUAGCCAAUCCUAUGGGAAAUCAUUGUGACUGUCUCAGAGAAUCACUUCUGAUGAUGUCAGCCAAGCAGGCAGAUGAGGAGCAGAGCCAGCAGCUGCAAACUUAAAUUCAAGUAAGAGUUUACUAUAUUUAGAGAGGCAAGGGGGCCAGGGGGCAUAGAGGGUGGUUUUAACACUAUAAUGUCAGGAAUGCAUGUUUGUGUUCCUGACCCUAUAGUUUUCCUUUAAACCUUUAAUAUCAGCAUUCUGUCUUAUUGAAUUGGAAAGGGGUUCUAGGGAUAGGGAGAAAACAACACUGGAUACAGGGAAGAAAGUUCUGGUUGUACCCUGGAUUACAAUUUGUGUUCUGGAAUUAAAAGGCUUGAUUAACUUUACUAAAUUGCUGAGGACAACACAAAUGAUCAAGCAAGCUAAAUAAAUAUGGCUACUGUACUUUGUCAAAUACCUUAUCUGUGUCUAGGGAUAAGACCAGAGAAGGUACCCCUAGUUUGACAACUUUGAUAUUUUUACCCCGAGUUUUCUCGGUUAUGGAUUUCAUACACAUAAAUUCUGGGUUUAUUGACUUCCUGUCAGUGCUUUCAAUGCUCUCUUUCUCUGUUAUACCUGUUGUUCAUGGUCCAGAACAGUUUAGAUUAUAUCACUUUGUAUUUAAAUGUAAUAAUGAUAAUUUGACUACAGCCAAAGAAAGUUCUUCUACAAAAAAAAGUUUCAUAUAGUUACCCUUGGUGUCUUGCUGCAAAGAAACCUUGUAAUUUGGGAACUUUCAGAUAUAAUGUAGUUUUUAUGUGUUCCUAAUAAAAUAGCUAUCCCUGGAAGUAAUUCCUAAUCAUGCCUCAUAUCCAUUGUGCAAGCUCUAUCAUGCAGAGCAACAUGUGUGUCUGUGUAUAUGUCACAUUUAUGUUGCAUUGCACAGCAAUAGGGGAAUUUAAAGCGGCACUGUCAUGGCCGCAUCCGUUUAGUUUUUUUUAACCCGACUCUAGUACAUCUAAUAGCCCCCAUGGUCACCCCCAAAUUCCCCUAAGCCCCCCAUAUUACCUAUAUUUAAUGUGUAUUUUCAGCUCUGACCUAGGUCCUGGGCGCCACCAUCUUUGUGUGGGUAGAUGAAAUCACUGUCCGACAAGUCAUCUGCCCACACUAGAUAGUGCUGUGAAAUUCCCGUGCAUGCCAAGUUGGCAUUUGUACGUGAAUUUCGACUAUUCAUUCAUUUGUCAGAAAGACGAACAAAUAGAAAUUUUAAACGAUUAAACAAAGACCGAAUGUCGGUGUUCUUUUAUUACAAGGAGGUUGCUGCCAGCUCGCAGCUCCCUCCUUGUAAUAUGUAAAAAUAGAAGCGUCAGGGUGCUAUGCUCCCCGCCACUUCAUAACUCCCCCACAUGUCCUCCCACACUAUAUGGGGGUCAAUAUGACCCCAUAAUAGCACAAGGGAGAUUAAAAUCUCCUGAAUGCCCUUACUCGCUAUGCCGUGAGUAGGAGCAUGUCACCUAAACAGUGAGCAGCCUGUGCCUGCUUACUGUUGUGAACCCCCAUCUAUUAACUAGCCCCCCCAUCUAUUAAAAAAGCCCCCCCCCCCACCUAUCUAUUAUAGGUCCUCCCCCAUUGUUAGGGCCCUCACUUGCUGCUCAUGGGUGGGGGCGAGAGGGGCCGGGACAAUAGGUCCCCCUUCCCUAUUUUAUCUUAGGGCCCCCACCCAACGCUCAUGGGUGGGGGCCAUGGGGAGACACUUAUGUAGUUUAGUGGCCUCCACUCGCGGUGUACAAGUGGUUGCUCGAGGGGGGGACACUAUGCCACAAAGGGUCACUUUAUUAGAGGCGUGAGGGGGUCGGCAUAGCGUGUAGGGGCAGAUUAAUUACUAAUACUAAGUAAUUUUUACUUAGUUUUAGUAAAGUUGGCUGAAAGACCAAUUUUGGUCUUUCAGCCUUGUAGUAGAUAGCUCCCUAAUACCAUGGGAAUUAGGGAGCUAUUUACUAUGCGGCUGCAAGAUGCAGCCGCGGCACAAAUAGGAUCGCAAUUUCAUUCAUUUAAAUGAAAUUCCGAUCUAUACAGAAACAACCGAAUGCCAUUCUAACACGAAUGAGCAAACUGUUCAUUCUGUUAGAGGGAAUUCGGUAGUUUCGCCAGCAUCCUAUCUAUAUGACCGGACGCUGGCGAAUAGUGAAAGGAGGCAUCGUGACAUCAGGUGAGAAUUGUGGGGAAAUUCCUUUGACCAUGAGAAGUGGGUCAAAGCUGGUCAAGCGUAGGAAACCUCCAUAAGACAAAAUAGUCGAUACUUUGUCUUAUGUUUUAAAGAAAACUAGAGCAGACAGGAAAAAAAGAAAAACAGAUCCUGAGAGAGGGAGAGAAGUGGAAAAGAUUGGACAAAGGUAAGUUCAACAUGACAUAUGUAUCAUUAGUACAAUAAAAACAUAUACAGUACAGGAAUGAGAUGUUGUCAGUAUUUCUAUAUCUGAAUCUGUUUUUUUUUUUGUUUUGUUUUAUUCAAACAUUUAAUAUGAUGGGUGUUAAGGUUUUAUCACCAAAUACCAAAGCAAAAAUGCAGUCAGGAAAGAAGAAAAUAAAAUGUAAUAAAAAAAUAAAAUAAAUUUGUAAAAUAUACAGAAGAUUUUUUUUAUAUAUAGUAAAAGCCUCAAUUUAAUAUUUUUGGAUAAGCUUUUCACAUGAUUUCAUAUUUAAAAAAAAUACAUAGUAUUUUUAUAUAUUGAUAUUGAUUUUUGAUAUUGUAACAGUGGAAAAUAAAAAAUUUAAAAACACAUUUGAAAUGCUUAUCCAAAAAUAUUAAAUUGAGGCGUAUCUGUGAAAUGUAUACAUGAUGUUUAUAUUAUAAUAUAUAUAUAUAUAUAUAUAUAUAUAUAUAUAUAUAUAUAUAUAUAUAUAUAUAUAUAUAUAUUGCAGUAAACCGAAUGGUCAAUUUUUGUGCCCUUUUCGUUCGACAAAAUAAUUUUUCUGAAUCAUUUGCAUGGACCAAAAUUUUCCAAGAUGUACUGCCCUAUGGACGAAUUUCAGACUACUGGAAAAAAAUUAUAAUUUUUUUUAAAUCGAUUUUGGAAAUAAAACAUUUUUUUUUCUUUUCAAUAUAUAAUUUUUAUUAGUUUUCAAAAGAAAAGAACAUUAAAUUUGUGCAUAUAUGGUAAUACAUCCAUUAGUAUGGAACAUGCGUUAUGACAUAGUAUUUGAGACUGUACAUACAUGCGAUACACAAUAGCCAUGGAAUCAAAACAUGGAGUCAUUCUGCAGCUCGAAUUGCAUGUUGUCUUACAUAUGCAGGUAUCUACUUAUAGACUUGGUGGGGUGUACCAACCCAUGGAGUAUGCAUUGAGCUAUCCAAAGAUGGAAGAAAGUAAGGUAGUAAUAGAGGUAAAGUGAAAUAAUAAGUAAGGGAAGGGAAAAAGUAAAAGUAGGGAGAAAUAACAUAAUGCAAACUGAUAAUGUAGAGUGCAACCUCUGUCCAGCUGGGGGAUUAGAAGGUGUGUCAGACUGUCUCAGGUGUCCUUUCAAGGGGAUAACCUUUGUCGUUGGUGACUUAGGAUGUGGCUGUUUUAAAAAAAAAAAAAAAAAUUUUUAAUUAUUUAAAUUUUCUUCCCUGCCAUAGAGUUAAGGACAAGGACAAAGUAAAGAAAACAAAGAAGUGGAACACUGGAUGCAUGGAGCCGGACUGCAUUUUUACCUGCACAUUCACCCAACUACUCAAUUUCUAAUCAUACUGGUCCAAUUUUCCUUGCACCCUGAAGCAUAUUUUUUCAUAAAGGCUAGUGGAGCUGAAUGUUUGGGUGACUUCCCCCAACUAGAGGGCCACCGUGCUCUUCUAGUGAAAGGCAAUGCUUGUCUUAGCUGCGGUGAGAAGAUUUAAUAUAACAACCUGAGUUGGAAGGGUGUCUAACUCUGGGAUAACAUGCAGUAAAAAACAUUCUGGUGUAUGGGGGAUGUGAGUAUGUGAUUUUUUUAGCUGCUAGUUCACCAACCUGUACCCAAAAUGCCUCUAUAAUCUUACAGUCCAAAAAUAUGUGUCUUAGGGUGCCAUGGUCUGUGCCGCAUCUCCAGCAAGUUGGGCAUGAGUCUUUGUAAAUCUUAGCUAAUUUGUUAGUCCGCGAAAAGUACCAGCUUCUUUUCCCCAGCUGGUAUUAUCAGGCCUUGGAUUGUGUUAGUUUUUUUUUUUGUGUGUAUGAGCGGUUUCUGGCACAUAAUAAAGAUUAAGGGUGAGAGAGGACAUUCCUGACAUGUGCCAUUUGAUAUAGGGAAUAGCAAUAAUAAGAAGCCAGAGUUGAAUACCUUGGCUGAGGGUGAGGUAUAAAGGGCCAUUAUACUCUUGAUGAAGGUAUGGGAGACCAAGUGUUCCCAGUGUUAUUGUCAUAUAUUGGCAAUUUAAGCAGUUAAACGCUUUUUCAGCGUCGAGAGCCAAUAUGAUACUGUCCUGGGUGCUUUUAUGAGCCCAAUCAAUCAGAUCUAGGAAAUAUCUCGUAUUGUCCCUCACUUGUCUAUAAGGCACAAAUCCAGCCUGUUCGUCAGAAAUUACAGUGUGUAGCAAAGGUGUGAGUCUUGAUGCGAUUAGUUUUGCAUAUAACUUGACGUCUGCAUUUAAAGGGGAAAUUAGGCGUAAAUUUGCGCCAGAGCUAGGUGGUUUGUUAGGCUUGGGUAGUGUGAUAAUAUAUGCUUCCAACAUUUCUGGUGGCAUAUCGCCUGUUUGCAUUAUCUCAUUAAAAAGGCGAGUUAGAUGCGGUGUUAAAUUUCGCUCCAGUUUGAGAUAAUAAUUUGUGAGUCCGUCCGGGCCUGGUCCUUUGUGUUUGGGUAGAGAUCUAAUUGCCUCUCUAACCUCCUCUUCUGUAAAAGAAGUGUCUAGAGCUUGGGAUUGCUGGUGUCAGAGUACUGAUAACUCGACACUGUCUAAAAAAGCCUGAAUACCGUUAGGCGUGGGGUCAUGUAUCGUUUCAUCAUCACUUAAAUUAAAAAGAUGUGUGUAGAAGUUCCUUGACUAUCAUAGUGGGGUUAUAAAGUUUAUCUCCUGUGGAGGAGGAUAUGUAGGGGAUAUUGGUUUGAAGAUAUCUGUUUUUUAGUAUAUUCGCUAGUAGUCUUCCGGCUUUAUUACCAAAUGAGUAAUAUUUCUGUUUAGUUUGUCUCAUCUGUUUUUCAAUGUCAUGUAAAUUUAGUUCCUGUAGUUCUCUCUGAAUGGCUGCUUUUUUCUUGGACAAGUUCCUAUAUGGUGUGGUUUUAUUGGUUUAUGGUGUGGUGUUUUUCUAAUGCUGCUAAUUCCCUGAGGCAUCUAGAAUGAUCUCUACACCUCAUUCUCUUGCGCUUGGACCCUAAUUGGAUCAGUAACCCAUGCAGUACAGCCUUAUGGGCCAACCAUUGGGUGGUCGGAGGCAUGUUUGGAGUUUUAUUGUCGGAAUAGUAGUUGCGUAUUGCCUCCCUAAAUGUCAUCACAGUGGACGGAGAGUCCAAAAUGAUCUAAUUCAGUCGCCAUUUCCCCCUCCGUCUAGCAGGGUAUGGGGACGUCAAAUGUGAGUACCACAGGAGCGUGGUCCAAAAACGUCCUUUGACCUAUGGAGACGUCCAUUAAAUGUUAGUUUAUCCACCAAAAACAUUUAGAUUUAGAUUUGGGAAUAUGUUAAAUGCAUAGGUGAGAAAUAUUAAUAAUCCUUGGCCAAGAGGAAAAUAUUCCUCCAUGUGUCAUAUAGGUCAUGUGUGUGCAACAAUUUGUGUGUGGUUCUGUUCCUUUCUCUCAUAAUAUCCAAGUAGGGGGAAAUAAAACAUAAUUUAACUAUGUGCACAAAUUUACAAGUGAUUAUAGACAAGUGACUGACUUGCAAAUUGACAUAUUUUCACAUGGAAGGGCUGGGUACUGUCAUUUUAAUUGACAGUGCCAUAUAACAAAUACUGUGACUAUAGCAGGCCGAUGAAUCAAUUGUAUUAACAGAGUAUUUUAAAAUGUGGCAAUUCUAGUUCUGAUAUGAAUUAAAUGUAAGUCAUUGACCUAUAUUUUCAACAGGUAAACUUUGAUAAUCAGCUGCUAGUGGUUGAUCAUAUCCUAAACUUGAUGAUCAUGACAAGCAAGUUGCCAAUUUAAGAUAUUUCCUUUUCUUUAACAGUGGAACAAAGUCAUCCUGUAGUAGCUGGAUUAUGAGAAUCUUCCCUGGUAACCAUAACAGACAGAAAAUACAUCUUGAGAUUUAAACAGUCAUUAAAGUAUGUUCUUAUUUACUGGGAGAGAUGGGAAAAUCUCUUGCUGCUGAAAUGUAAAGGAACAUUCUAUGCUCCACUACUACCACUACAGUUAAGUGGUAAAAGAAAUGUUUUGAAGAAGUCCCUCAAACCAUUUUUGCGCAGUUUGUAGGAAGCCAAUGCAUCCCCUGCACCCAAAGUCUGCCUCAAUUUAAUAAGCUUUCCAAAUUAUUCAAUACUGUUAAUAAAACGUCCCAAAUGAUUUAUCUACAAAAUGUCCCGUAGAUUUUAAUGGUGACUUCUAUAAAUAAUUUAUUAGGAAAGAUUUUUCUAACAGCAUCAAAUUAUUUGAAAAGCUAGAAAUAAGGUUUUCUCCCAAACUAUAAAUUUUUGAUGUCAAAACUGCUAGCAUAAUGUACAGACAGAAUCUUAUCCUCUUUUUAAAAGAGCAUACGUUAAAAUAGGACUCCAGGUAUCUUUUAAACACAACUCCAAAUCUGGGUAAGAGCAGAGCACUACAUAAGACGUGGAGUGUAACCCCUGCCAAUCUGAAGCAGACGGCACUGUCCUAAUAAUGUGGAAACCAUAGCCUUAACCCUAACUCAGAAUUUGGCUUUAUGGUUUGGAACCAUGUAUCAUCUCAAUUACAUCAGUCUGACCUAAAACAUGUCACAAUGAUUAGAACUCAGUUUAAGAGUUUUUCUUCUUCUAAAAUGCAAUUGCUGAUAAUUCCAUGUUGUGUAGUGAGUAUGUAAUACAGGAUGUGGGAAUAAUAAAUAUCAAAUAUGGUUUGUAUUGUGAAUAUUUCUGUCCUCUAAUUUCUGUAAAAUGUUAGCUAAGAUUUGACCUCUUUGCGCUCUAUAUAAACUUUAUAUCACUACAUAUGUUUCUAAUCUAAAUAUAUACAUUUUAUUUCUAAACCUUGCAGAGAGGAUAUUCCGUGGAUGUGCUUUUCUUUUGCUAGCAUGGUGUAACUUUUCAAUUCUUAUUUUUUAAAAUAUAAAAUGUAUUUUUAUAGCUCGUCUGACAAUUAUAUUAAUCUGUCAUUCAGACAGAAGUGUGAGGAAUUAAAAUCUCACGAUUUAUUAUACUUUUGUAAAUGUUGCCAACCAAAAUUCUUAAAGGCUGCCCAUUUGGAAAAUCUAAAAUAAAAUAUCUUUAAAGGAUCACUAUAGGGUCAUAUACACAAACAUCCCUAUAGUGACAACCCACAAUUUAGGUGGCUUGCCCCCCUCCCCCAUUUAGCCCCCUCAGAAUGGUUUAAAACCUUAUUUUCAGCUCUACACAGUUCUGCCAGCACUGGCCCCGCUCCCUUGGUGACAUCAUCAAAAUUGCCAUUUUUUAGACUGACAGAUUGGCUAAAAUCAGCAAGGGGCGGGGCCAAAUGCUGUUUUGGGCAAUCAGACCCUCCUCAUAGAGAUGGAUUGAAUCGAUGCAUUUCUAUGAGGAAAAUUCAGCAUCUCCAUGCAGGGCUGCUCACUGUGCAGGAGCCAGGAAGCACCUCCAGUGGCCAUCUAAGGAGUGGCCAUUUGGAGGUGUCCCUAGGGCCAAUGUAAAUACUGCCUUUUCUCUGAUGCAUGAAAAUGCCUGAAGGGAGCUAUUAUACUCACCAUAACAACUACAUUAAGCUGUAGUUGUUCUGGUGACUAUAGUGUUCCUUUAAGAAAUAUAUGUUUGCUUUUGGUUUUAUAUAUAAUAAUAUAUAAUAAAUAAUAUUGUUUUUUACAGUGAAAUUAAUCAUAUUUAAGACUGCCCUCACCACAAAUUUUUGCCCCCCAUAUAGUUAAAGGCUGAUCAAGCUGAGAUGAGUGUGAAGACAUUCUAAAAUAGUGGAUUAAGUUUCAGGAUGUAACUACUUCAACUGUGCUAAUCCAGUUACAUGGGGGAAGGGGUUGUAGUCUGAUUUAUGAGUUUACAACAAUUUAGUAAAUUUCCUGAGCUUUUGUGUCUACCAAAGGGGAAAGUAAAAUGUAAUUUAUAACUGAAAGGUAUUAAGGAGAGGUAUGAAAGAAAAGCACUACAUUUUGCUUCCUUACAGAUUAUAUGAAAAUAGUAAAUGAUGCAUGAAGCAAUGUGAUUAAAUAGGCCCCAAACCUUUAUUCUUCCCCUUGUUCAAAUACAGUUCAUUCUUAUUUGUGAGGUUAUGGUGAGUAUGUGUUGCCUGCUGUUGUUUCUUUUUGCAAGGAUCCUGGAUAGCCAGGCACCAUGAGCAAUACUGGUGGUCUGUUUUGUAACCCUUCCGCCCCCCAACAAGUGAGUAAUAAAGCAAACUCCAGGUAUUACUAAGAUGUGAUACAUGAGGAAAGGAGAUUUCUACUACAAUACAGGGAUGGGUGCUUUACUUGGAGAGCAAUAAAGUUUUAAAUUCUCUACUUAAAUACGUUGUUUUGCCAAACAAAUCGUUUUAAGCUGGGUAUUAUAGCUUCUUUUAGAUCAACAGUAGAUAAACGAGUGUACAGAGAUAAGUUUGGUGGGCUUGUGUCUUUCCCAACCUAUAAUGUUAGAUAGUCAUGCACAGGGCCGAUGCAAAAAAUGUUGCUGCCCACUCAUGCAGACUUACACACACUGGCCCAAGCAGACUGAUACACACACCCAUGCAGACUGACACACACGCACACAUACACAACUGACUAAUGCAGACUGACACACACACACUGAUCAAUGCAGAAACACACUGACCCAAGCAAUUAAAGUGCUGCUGCUGCAAUGGAUUUUGGAGAGGGGAGCUGAGGUGGAUGUCGGACUGAUAUUCUACUGGGCACUAGUCAGCAACCAUGUAAGUGCUACCUAGCGCCUGGUAACAUGGCCGGCAGAACACUUUAUUUAAUUAGUCCAGCAUAGAUCUCAUAAGAGAUUGCGGGAUCUUAAGCCCGCCUUGCCGUCAGAGCACGCCCUAGCGCCCGCCCUGCCAUCAGCCAGCCACUUAGAUUUAUCUCGUCCGUGAGAGAGCCUGCCGUUCCCAGUUUUCUAUCACUCGUGGUAGAGGAGUGAUAGAGUGGAGGUGAUAGUUAAAGCUCUGUUAUUGUCAUAGAUAGAAAACUCUGUUAGGGAUGUUAAAAGGCUCUGUAAGGGACUUUAAAAGGCUCUGUCAGGGGAAUUGAAAGACUGUCAGGGGCAUUGACAUUAUCUGCUAGGGACAUUAAAAGGCUCUGUAAGGGAUAUUAAAGGGCUCUGUCAGGGGCAUUGCAAUUCUCAGUUAGGGACAUUAAAAGGCUCUGUAAGGGACAUUAAAAGUAGGGAACUGUUCAGAGAAAAAUUAUUACUACUUCUACCUGUUCGGCACUUAUAGAAACUGAGAAAGAAGAUAUAACUAAAAAUCCAGAAAACAUGCCCAAAAUAGUUGUAUCUACUGUUCCUCAAAUAGCAGAGACAAGUGACAAGGCAAAAAAAGAAAAGCACACAAUGCUAGCCAAUCUUCUCAAACAAAGAAAAGAAAAUAUGAUGAUAGCUACUUCUCAUUUGGAUUCACAAGUGCCAGAAAUGAAGAUUGUCCUGAAGCACAAUGCGUACUUUGCAAUAAAAUAUUGCCAAACUUUAGCACCUGCUAAAUAACGUUGUCGUUUUUAGCAAAACCAUGCAGAAUACAUAGAUAAAGACAUUUACUUUUUUAUGCAAAAGCUAAAGGAGUAUCAGAAGAGUAAACUAUUUAUGAGCAAAAUAUUUCAAAAUGCUGAUGAAAAAGCCACAGAUCUUUCUAACUGAGUGAGUUACUGCAUACCACUUGCAGGAGAAGCACACACAAUUGUGGAAUCACUAAUAAAACCAUGUGCAAAAUAAAUAGUGUCAUGUAUUUUAAGUGAGAAGUUGAGUAAAAUAAUUUAAGCUGUGCCACUUUCCAACAACACAGUUUUGUGCCGUAUUCAUGAUCUUGGUGAUGACAUUCAUACUGAACUAAUUUCUGCACUGCAUCAAUGUGAUGGGUACUCACUGCAAUUAGAUGAGUCCACAGAUGUUGCAGGACUUUCAGUUUUGUUGGUUUUUGUUAGAUAUAAUUUUGGCAAACAGAUUGAAAAAGACUUUCUUCUGUGUGAAACUUUGAAAACUCAUAUCACUGGUGAGAACAUCUUUAACUGUAUCCAGACGUUCAUGAACACACACAGUAUAAAUUGGGACAAAUGUGUAGAUGUGUGCAGUGAUGGUGCCAAAGCAAUGGUUGGGAAAGUGGCAGGUGCUGUGACAUGAAUAAGAAAUGUAUCAAAAAAUAGCACCAGCUGUCGCUGUGUUCUUCACAGACAUGCACUGGUAGCAAAAAAUAUUUAAAUCUCACUUAAAACUGUGCUAAACGAAUCGGACCAGAUUAUAAAUUUUAUAAAAAGUCGACCAUUACAGUCACAACUAUUUAAAAUAAUAUGUAAAGAUAUGGGUAGUCACCACUCUGCUCUGCUUUUGCAUUCAGAAGUCCGUUGGCGAUCAUGAGGUAAAGUCCUUGUUAGAAUGUAUGAAUUGCGUCAAGAGUUGUUUACAUAUUUCCAGGAUCAUAAAUCUGGAUUAUCUGAUCGAUUAACAAACACUCUGUGGUUAUCCAAAGUAGCAUAUCUUGCAGACAUAUUCACAAAAUUAAAUGACGUAUGUUUAUCACUCCAAGGAAAAAACACUAAUAUUUUUAAUGCAAGAGAUAAAAUAUUUUCACUGUCUUGUAUGCUGCAGUUUUGGAUAUCAGCUGUUGAGCAAAAUAAUUUGAACUCUUUGCCAACACUUAAGGAUUUUCUUGAAGAAUCAGAAAUUGAACUUGAAGAUGAAAUUUGCAAUGAAAUUGAUCAUCUUCGCCAUUAAAUCACAUCUAUUAAUCAGUUUUUUCCAUUCUUGAAUGAAAACAAUAAUGAAUGGGUUCGAAGUCCAUUCAUAAAAGACAAGUCAGUCAAUUUUUCUAAUGCAGAUUUUGAGAAAAUUUGAUCGAUAUAACUUUUGACAGUCAACUAAGCCAAAAAUUUUAAGAAGUUUCUCCUAUUGCUUUUUGGGGUGAUUUACGCAAAGAAUACCCAGAAUUAAACCAGAUAUAAAAAGAAUUUGCCAGCAAAAGAGAACAUUACACUCUGCUCAUUGAAAGGUUUGCGCUGCGCUACUAUGCGGCGCACAUUUUUUUGUUGGGGUUCCAAAGUUUUGCUACACCAUUUCAAAGGGUUCCAAGGGAAAAAUUAAUUGGGAAACCCUGCCUUAGAAAAACAACUGCAACCUGAAGAGCUCUAAGUAUAUGUUAAAUAGUAUCAAAAUACUGUAACAAAAUCCUUCACAGCAAAUAGUAGCAAGAAGGGAAAUCUUACCGGUGAGAUGUACAGUAUGAUGAAGCCCACAAAUAAUAUGAAAGAUAUACCACAGUAUUAAAAGUACAAUACUGAUCAAGUUAAAAUAAACUAAACAUAUCUGUAAACUAAAUAGAGGCAAGUACAAUACAGAGAUAACCAUAUCACAAACAGAGCUGAUAAAAUAUACAGAUAUAAUGCACUGGGCACUAUAUAAAUAUAUGCAUUCAAUACAGAGAGAGAGCUGGGUAGAGUACAGAGAUAUCCAUGAAUUAGGUAGAGCAGAGAAAUAACAUAUAGAGAUGGGCACAAUAAGAAGAUGUCAUAACUAUCCCACAGAGCCAGGAUCACUGUGAUGGAUUACACAGAACUGCAAUACAGAGAUACUCGAAGAGGGCAAACUGUUUUGGCUCUUUCUCUCUCUCUCUCCCCCCGCAGCUAUUAGGACCAUGCAGAGGGUGCUGCUAAACUGAAUUAUGCGCUCUUGCUGUGCUAUCCGGAGACAGUUCCCUGGUGUCCCCAGAAGACAGGACCCCUGUGUGCUAAAGUGGGAUGGAGGGACAGCACCCCAAAAUCAGAACUGUCCACAGAAAGCGAGACUGUUGGGUUACAUGCACUAUUAUUUGCUAUCUUUUGUUGCAAGUUGUAAUCUGUGACUAUUUAAAGACAUAGCAACAAGACAGCUACUUUAAAAUAAUUAGUGAGCUAUGCUAUUGUUCAUUAUUCAUACAAAAGUUCAGCUUGCCAAAAUGAAAACACAAUGGCAAUUGUGUCCCAGUGUGUUUGUGAUAUUUACCCACUCUACCACAUUCCAUUCUACACUUCCUAUUUCACACCUCACAUGGUAAGGUUCCUUAAAUUUAAAGGGACACCUAAAUCUAAAGUUAAAAUUAAAGGAGAGACAUAUAUAUGACUCAGGAACUAAACAUAAAGUGAUCUAUAACAGAGAUUAUUUUACAUGCAAUUUUAGGACAGCAGCUUUCUACAUGGAUGGAUAUUUCUGCAUUACAUUACACAAUGUCAGUCCAAUCAUUCACUACAUUAAAUAAAGUACGUAUUACCCUACCUAUCAUACAGUACAGAAUCUGAAAGCAUGAUCUACUUGCUAAUUCUGCACUUUCAAUACAGCGGAUGAGAGAGUGGGAAAAGCUCUGGUUUAUGGCAAAGCAUUCCUAACUGGCAAUCGGGGGAUGGAGCCUGGACACACUUGCAACAUAACCAAUACAUCAAGUUGUAGUGGUUCCCAAACCAGUACUCAAGGUACAGAAACAGUCAUAGAUUUAAAUAAUUACUAAUUCUAUUCUAAAGGUGAUACUGGCAAAACCUGAAUUAUUGCUGUGCCACAGGUGAAGAGUAACCCUUUCACUAAAGUUAUUGUAGUUUCCCAUUGUACAGCGCCAUGGGAUUUGCUGGCACUAUAUAAAUAAAUAAUAAAAUAAUAAUAAUAGUAAACUUAAAAUGGAAUUGAAAAGUUGGAGGAUUUUUCAAAUGAGCUACUUUAGAUACAUUUUGUGAUUUGUUUUUUUGUUCACUGCAUUUACCUGUUUAGUGAAUAAACCUGUGAGUAUUUGUUUGUAUAUAUAGUGGACAUAAAAGGGGCACUGGGUCUCGUUUUCGUGUGCGCCAAGACUGUUGCCAGUUUGUCCAUGCAUAAUAGCCCUGGUUCUGGUUUUCUGGUUAUGCUACACCUUCCAAUUAAUUAACUAGUGUUGAUUUAAUAUGUAAUCAGAAACUAUAUAUGAUAGUUUAUCUGAAGUAUAACCAUACACAAUGGAUCUACCAUACAUUUUGCAUGGAAUAGUACCUUAAUCACACAUGCCUUUGCUGCACUUUCACAUUGUGGGCAACUUCAGGGCCGGACUGGGAACUAAAAGCAGCCCUGGAAAAAAAUUCUUCACCAGCCCAAUAAUGCGUUGCGCCAGCAUAGUGUGCUGAUAUAGAGUUGGAAAAGAAAAAUUUAAAAUUAUUACUCCAAUGUGAAAGAAAGCACUCAUAAGCUUCAAAAUAAACAAAAGAGCAGAUUUAUUUUAAGCAGAUGUGCCUUUGCAUAUAAUCAAUGUUUCAGUCCAACUAUCUUGACAUAUUAAGGAAAGUUUGGUAGUGGGACUGAAAUGGUGAAUGUAUGUAGGGCACAACUGUAAAAAAAAAUUGACGUUAUCUUCUUUAUUUUGAAGUCCUAUGAGUGCGCUCUUCACUUUAAAUAUGUUAUUGUGCUGGAGUAUGCACCUAGCAACAAUACUGGGUCAAUACGUGCUCAUUACAUAUAUGUUUCUUCCCCCUCCCUCUGUGUCUCUCUCUCCCCCUCUGCCUCUUUCUCCCCCUCCCCGUGUCUCUCUCUUCCCCCUGUCUUUCUCCCCAUCUCUCUUUCUUUCCCCUCUGUUUCUUUCUUCCCCCGCCCCGUGUCUGUCUAUUCCCCCUAUGUCUCUUUCUCCCUGUGUCUCUCUAUUCCCCGUCUCUUUAUCUCCCAGUGUCUCUCUCUCUCUAUCUAUUCCCCCUCUGUUUCUUUCUUUGCCGUCCCUCUGUGUCUCUUUAUCCCCUCUGUCUCUUUCUACCCCUGUGUCUCUAUUCUCCCACUGUUUUUCUUUUCUAUUAUCCCUAUGUCUCUCUAUUCCCCCUUUCUCCCCCUGUGUCUCUCUCUCUCUAUUCCCCUCUGUUUCUUUCUUCCCCCACCCCCUGCUUCUCUCUAUUCCCCUCUGUAUCUUUCUUCCCCCUCCCUGUCUCUCUAUUCCCCUCUGUCUUUCCCCCCCCCUCCCUCUGUCUCUUUAUCCCCCCUGUCUCUUUCUACCCCUGUGUCUCUCUAUUCUCCUAUUGUCUCUUUCUUUUCUAUUCUCCUAUGUCUCUCUAUUCCCCGUCUUUCUCCCCCAUGUCUCUCUAUUCCCCCUGUCUCUUUCUCCCCCUGUCUCUCUAUUCCCCCUGUCUCUUUCUCCUCCUGUGUGUCUCCAUCUCUAUUCCCCUUGUGUCUCUCUCUAUUCUCCCACUGUCUCUUUCUUCCCUAUUCCCCCUUUGUCUUUCUCCCCCCUCCCAUUGUGUCUCUCUAUUCCCGUUCUCUUUCUUCCCCCUCCAUUUGUGUAUCUCUAUUACCCCUCUGUCUCUUUCUCCCUCCUUCCCCUGUGUCUCUUUUUCCUCUUCAUUACUCCCUGAGGUUGACCUUGCCUGGAGCUCUGGGAGCAGUGGAUGACCGGCAAUGGCAGAAAUGGGCUGUUCUCUCUGUCUCUCUAUCAUGCUCCCUCGUGGUUCCCACAAUACCCAGCACAGCCACAUCAUAGAGUAAUCAUUACUCUAUCAUGUAGCUGUGAUGAAAAUUGUGGGAACCGCAAGGGAGCAUAAUAGUCAGGUCUGCCCCUCCCUCCUAUGCUGACAGUUCACUUCUGUCAGUAUUAGUGAGUGUGCCGCCGGACUGGCCUGGCGGCACCAGCAUGGAACGCGGCCAGCUCCCUCAGAGUGUGCCACCGGACCGGCCACCCGGUGGCACCUACAUGCAGUCGCAGCGUUACUGAAAUUUCCCGGUAUCCCAGUGGGCCAGUCCGACCCUGGGCAACUUCACCACCACAUUGUGCUUCUAUAAAUAAAUACAGCACAACUGCAUGUGUGCUCUGCAUUCAUUCAGUAGGAAAGUGUUAGGUUAUUUUACAUGUGGUGCCUGGUAUCAAUUAGAAAAAAACUAACAGAUCUUUAAAAAAAUAAAAAGCACAAUUCAUAGCGAACAUAGGCCCUAAUUUAAUAUUUUUGGAUAAUCUUUUCAAAUGAUUUAAUGUUUUAGAUAAAUUAAAAUAUCUGAAAUAUGCCAAUAUACCAACAAAUACCAAAAUACUAAAAAUAUUUUUUUAAAAAUUAUAUUAAAUAGUUGUAAAAGUUUAUCCCAAAAUAUUAAAUUAUUUGGAAAUCUAAUCAAAAAAUAUUAAAUCGAAACCAUAGUUUUCUGUUUCAUUAUGCAAAAAUCUUACAGUUCAACUUUAACAUUAAAAAUCUUAAUAAAUUGGUUUUGUCACCUAGAUCCUCUCUCUGUGGCAAUGUUAAGCCCUCAAGGACGGCGGGCGUUCUAUGGCGUACUUUUGUUCAAAAUGCCGGAGGGCGGCAUAGAAUGUCCCUGCUGUCCUUCAUACUUAACGGGUCCCCAGGCCAUGUGAUCGCGGGGUCCUCGCGAUCACAUGGCCGGAAUAGCUGGCUUGUGCAGUGCCUGCAGGGAGACUGUCUGAACUCUCAGGCUGUCCCCCUCAUGCCUGUACAAAAAUUUUAAAAAGUUAAAGUGUUAAAAUAGUUUUUAAAUUAAAUAAAAGUACUUAGAUCACAUAUAUUUAUAUAUAUAUAUAUAUAUAUAUAUAUAUAUAUAUAUAUAUAUAUAUAUAUAUAUAAAAUCCUUUAUGUAUAUAUAUAUAUAUAUAUAUAUUUAUUAAUAUUAAAAUAUACUUAGAAUGACGAAUUAUAUAUAUACAUAAUUAUACUUUUAUUUAUAUAUAUAUAUAUAUAUAUAUAUAUAUAUAUAUAUAUAUAUAUAUAUAAAUAAAAUACACAAGAUCCAGCACACUCACCUAUCCACUAAAGAGCAACUUCAAUGUGGAAAGAUUUUAUUUGUUGUUUUACAAACACCUAAUCUAGGCAAAAAUAAUGGGGUUUAGUUACAUUAUAUUAUCAUACAUUGCAUAAGCCUGCCACAACGUCAAUGUACCCCAUCUUUGGCAGGUCCUACUCUAACAGCCUAAUGUCUGCUCUUAUGAGAUUAACCCACUUACUUGGGGAAAAAAAUUCCAUCUGGGGCUCUCUGCAGUACAAGGCAGGGCCCUGGGAUGAGGCACCUGUGACAGGGAGGGGUGCAAAACCAAGGAGUUGGCUAGACUCCCAAAUAUAUAUAUAUAUAUAUAUAUAUAUAUAUAUAUAUAUAUAUAUAUAUAUAUAUGAAACAAGGGGGUGUGGCUGCACUUACCUGAACAUGCAUAAAUGGGGUGCUGCUGGGGGCCAAAUUAUACAAUACACAAGAUCCAGCGCACUCACUUUGUAGAUCUUCCCUUCCAGAGACACAGGCACAGCUACUGCAGAACACCAAUCUGCCUAACAGGAAACCAUAUGAAUGCUGUAAACAGCCGAAUAGGAAAAACCAUACAAAUAGGUUUACACUCCUGGCAGUCGAACUGGAACAGCAUACAAUAAAUCCCCCCAAGAACGAGACAAGGCUCCGUUUUGAGGGUCAAGCAGGAACAGACAGAGCUGUGGGUUUAUUGUCCUUAUAUACACAUUAGUACCACCCACAGGGUUUUGGAACACAAAUAGAAAACACAUCCAAUACACUCAGACACUCCCACACAAAAUCCUCCCCACUGCCUAUGAUACAAUUACCUUACACAAUGGGUAAUGUAAUUAUCACAAGCAGAGAAAUACAAUUUUUCCACAUUAUUCAGAACUUGAAAAGUACGCAUCACAUUCACUUACAUUUUCAGAAUCAGCAUACUCCAAAUACAAACAUACGUCAAAAUCAUCCAAAUUGGUCCAGUGGUUCAAAAGAUAGAUCGUAGUCCUUUGUGACCAAAAGAGGCAUGGCUUUUCUGCCCAAAACCAGUUCCACAGAGUCUUGUAUCCUGGAGAUAAUUGUGAAGUAAUCCAAUUAUCUCCAAGGACAGAGGCAAAACUCCAUUGAACACAUGGCAGCAAAAGACAAUAAAACACAUAAAAACAUAUAACUGUGCAGCCAUUGCACAAAACAGGUACAUUCAACAUUUCCCCAGAUAGCUCAGAUCUGAGAGCACAUUAUUACUGAAUGGCGCUCAGCACACACAUACUGUUCAAUUGCCAUGGAGCCAAAGUCUUUCCCAUAGUCUUUCAUUAUACGAAUGGGCUCCAUGGCAUAGCUAUCUGGGGUAUCACAGCUCAAACAGAGCCAGCACCGAAUGACCCGGCUUUUGUGUCUCCACAGGGGAAAAUCAAGCCUUUUAUCAUGGGGCCAUAGCCCAGAGGCAACAGGCGAGCAACCAGGCUUCUCCAAUGCAAUGUGGCGAGAUUGCUCCCGUCACAAAUAUAUACCAGUUUAACCCCUUAAGGACACAUGACAUGUGUGACAUGUCAUGAUUCCCUUUUAUUCCAGAAGUUUGGUCCUUAAGGGGUUAAACUUGUUCUAAAUGUAUUUUGAUAUUCAUUUAAUAUACAUUUAAAUCAAAAUACAUUUAGAAUGAUGUUAUAAAUACAUAUAUAGCUAUAUAUAAAUAAAAAAUAUAUAUACAUAUACUGGAAGGGAUUCUGGGUAGGUGUAUGCAAAUGAGCUAAACAAAGAACCACAUUGCAUUAACGAAACAGCUGUCCAUGAGUGGUUCACUGGCUUUGCUCCUCUUCCUGAGUUGUGUUUUAACCCCUUAAGACCGCAGGGCGUUCUAUGCCGUCCUUUUUUAGAUGGCUCUAAAAAAGAUCUUUUGUACUUACCCGGUCGCCGGCGAUCGCGGUAUGGGGACUUACUUGGGAGCCCAGGGAGUCCCCCUCCGUCCUCUUCAGCCCCCCUGGGCCAUGUGAUCACAAGGUCCUUGCGAGGACCCUGCGAUCACUUGGACGCGAUCACUUGGACGGCAUUGCCAGCAGGGGGAGUGCCUGUAAUGUCAUUUUAUUAAUUACAAUUUGCAGGACCUGCCUGACAACCCAGGCCGAAAGUUCAGGGAAUUUAAUUUUCUAGCACUAUAUUUAACCCUGUAACUUUCCAAAACACCAUAAAACCUGUACAUGGGGGGGUACUGUUUUACUCGGAAGACUUCGCUAAACACAAAUAUAAGUGUUUCAAAACAGUAAAAUGUAUUACAACGACGAUAUCGUCAGUGACAGUGAAAUUUUUUGCAUUUUUCACACACAAAUGGAACUUACAUCGACGAUAUAAUUGUUGUGAUACGUUUUACUGUUUUGAAACACUAAUAUCUGUGUUCAGCAAAGUCUCCCGGGUAUAACAGUAACCCUCAUGUACAGGUUUUAUGGUGUUUUCAAAAGUUACAGAGUCAAAUAUAAGGCUUGCGUUUCAGUUUCAGUUUAAAAUUCGCCAGGUUGCCUUUGAGACUGUACGGUAGCCCAGGAAUGAAAAUUACCCCCAUGAUGGCAUACCAUUUGCAAUAGUAGACAACCCAGGAUAUUGCAAAUGGGGUAUGUUCAGUCUUUUUUAGUAGCCACUUAGUCACAAACACUGACCAAAAUUUGUGUUCAAAUUAGUUUUUUGCAUUUUCAAAUAUUAACACUAACUUUGGCCAGUGUUUGUGACCAAGUGGCUACUAAAAAAGACUGGACAUACUCUAUUUGCAAUACCUUGGGUUGUCUACUUUUGCAAAUGGUAUGCCAUCAUGGGGGUAAUUCUUAUUCCUGGGCUACCAUAUGGUCUCAAAGGCAACGUAAACAAUCUGGCGAAUUUCAAUGUGAAAAAACUGAAAUAUGUAACACGCUAUAUUUGACCCUGUGACUUCCCAAAACACCAUAAAACCUGUACAUAGGGGGUAUGGUUUUACACGUGAGACAUCUCUGAAUACAAAUAUGUGUAUGUUGCUGCAGUAAAAGCAAACAGUAUUUUGACAUUCACAGUUAAAAUGUCACGUAGAACUAAAAAUUUUUUAAAAAUUCUUAUUUUCUCCCAUUUUUUUAUUAUUUUUUUUUUAUAUUAAAUUAUGUUCCAUAAAUAUUUGAUGUUAAACGAAAGCGCUGUUUCCCCUGAAAAAAAUGAUACCUAUUAAGUGUGGGUGCAUUUAAUAUGAAAGAGGUGAAUUACGGUUGGACAGACAUACAGCGCAAAUGCCAGGUUUUGUUUACGUUUUGUUUUGAUCACAACUUGUACAUUUGGCUGCGGUCUUAAGGGGUUAAAGCUGUUGUAUACAGCAGACACAUACUCCAAGGAAGCCAUGUAUAAAGUGGAAUUAUGAGGCAAAAAUGUGGUUCUUUGUUGAGCUCAUUUGCAUAUGCCUACCCAGAAUCCCUUGCAGUAGUGAGAGCAUUGUUAAAGUGAGAUUUCUGUGGAAAAAGCAAGUCUUAUGGCUUGACUGGUGAGUGUAUUUGUGUUUAGCAAUGUAUUAACUAUACAUUUACUUCAGGUGGAAGUGGUUUUCAUCCACACUUUUUCCCACACCACAACACUUUUGGUAUGUAUGUGUGUAUAUAUAUAUAUAUAUAUAUAUAUACCAAAAGUGUUGUGGUGUGGUAUAUAUAUAUAUAUAUAUAUAUAUAUAUAUAUACACACACACUUAAAUUCUAAAAAUAUAUUUAUAUAAUAUUUUUACAUAAUUAAGUAAUUUUAUUAAUUACAAUUUGAGGAACCUGUCUGACAACCCAGGCAGAAAGUCCAGAGAAUUUGGUUCGCAAGACCUACAUUUAACCCUGUAACUUUCCAGGACAGCAUAAAACCUGCACAUCGGGGGUACUGUUUUACUUGGGAAACUUUGCUGAACACAAAUAUUAGUGUUUCUAAACAGUAAAACAUAUCACAACGGUGUUAUCAUCAGUGAAAGUGCAGUUUUUUGCAUUUUUCACAGACAAACUGCACGUUCACGGACUUUAUAAUUGUUGUGAUACGUUUUACUGCGUAGUCUCGCGAUUAAAACCGUACCCCCCAAACCACAGGAAUGUAACUCACAGGGCCCCAAUAAAAUACUUAAAUUAACACGACAAGGAGCGGACAAAGAUUAGGACCCACGGUCUCUCAAUAGAGGUUUAACAGGACACCCAAAACUAGACCCGCUUUCACUAUAACAGUACACCGCCCACACACCCCUGGCAAUCAAUAUCAAUGCUUAAAUUGAUGUCCAUGUAUGCCCCGCUACCUAGCUAUGUUUAUAUUUACAAAAAAAAAAAAAAAAAAAAUGUGCAAUGUUCCUCACCUGCUAUGUGCUUGUUUGCAAAUGUAUACCAAUUUUGGGCUCACACACGCUGUUUUAGCAGUGCAAGCCAAUUUGUGAUCUUUUUUGCAUAACAAAAUAAAGAAAAAAAAAACCGUACCCCCCCAUGUACAGGUUUUAUAGUGUUUUCAAAAGUUACAGCGUCAAAUAUAAGGCUUGCAUUUCCUUUUUUUCACAUUAAAUUUGCCAGAUUGGUAAUGAUGCCUUUGAGACCGUAUGGUAGCCCAGGAAUGAGAAUUAUCCCCAUGGUUUCAUACCAUUUAAAAAAAGUAGACAACCCAAGGUAUUGCAAAUGGGGUAUGUCCAGUAUUUUUUAGUAGCCACUUAGUCGCAAACACUGGCCAAAAUUAGCGUUCAAAUUUGUAUUUUUCUAUUUUUCACACACAAAUAUGAAUGCUAACUUUGGUCAAUAUUUGUGACUGAGUAACUACUAAAAAAAAAAAUGGACAUACCCCAUGUAACGGAUCGCCUGGCACCCCGACUGGGUAACUCCGUUGAAGGAUGCUCCUAGCGCUUCCUGAGAACCGGAGAAACAAAUAAAUUCUCCCAAGCAUAUGAAUGCUGUAGACAGUUGAAUAGGAACCAUACGAAUAGGUUUACUCUCCUAGCAGUCAAACUGGAACAGCAUACAAUAAAUCCUUCCCCCAAUAAUGAGACAACACUUCACUUUGAGGGUUAAAACAGGAACUCUUGUGCUGGCACACCCAGCCUGGUUUUUAUUACAGCCUUUCACAUACAGUACCGCCCACAGGUAUAAAACAACCAAUCACAUAUCAGUUACAUCCCACAUAUUCCCUCCCCUUAUCCUGAGAGGAAACUCAAUUACACAUACAGUUAAAACAUACUUUUUACCCAACUUUCAUAACUUUAAAACCAUACAUCACAUUAACAUAAAAUUACAUAUUCACAAUCAAUCCAUUCAGGGGAACAACAUAUUAAAAAAUGGCAUGAAUCCGACCAGGGGUUCAAAAGUUAGUAAAAGUAUCUUUUGGACCCUGGCUGGCACAUGGUUAUCUGGCUCAAACAGGUUUUACAGAGCCCUCUAUCCUGGAGACAAUGGGGAAAGUAAUCCAAUUAUCCAGGGAUAGAGGCAGACUCCAUUGAGCACAUGGUUGCAAAAAGACAUAAAACACUUUAAAAUACAUAAAGUCACCUUUUACACAUAACACACAGACAUUUUCAGAUAGCUGGGAUCUGAGCGCACAAAACUACCGAAUAGCGCUCAGAUCCUAUUCACACAGUUCAAUUGCCAUGGAGCCGAAGUCUUUAACUACACGAAUGGGCUCCAUGGCAUAGCUAUCUGGGUUAACACAUUCACAUAAAGUCUGGUCCAUAGUCCAAAGGCAAGAGGCGGGCAAGCAGCCCCCUCCAAGGACACGGGGCGAGGUCGGUUUCGCCACACCCCAUUUGUAAUACCUUGCGUUGUCUAUCUUUGCAAAUGGUAUGCCAUUAACCUCUAGAAUGUAAGCUCAUUGAGCAGGGCCCUCCAUCCCCUCUGUUCCUGUACGUCCAGUUGUCUGGUUACGAUUACAUGUCUGUUAUUCCUCCCAUUGUACAGCGCUAUGGAAUCUGAUGGCGCUAUAUAAAUAAUAAAAUAAUAAUAAUUAUGGGGGUAAUUUUCAUUCCUGGGCUACCAUUUGGUCUCAAAGGCAACAUAACCACUCUGGCAAAUUUCAAUGUGUAUAAACUGGAAAAUGUAAUGUGCUAUAUUUAACCCUGUAACUUUCCAAAACACUGUAAAACCUGUACAUUGUGGGUACUGUUUUACUCGUGAGACAUCGUUGAAUACAAAUAUGUGUACUUUAUUGCAGUAAAAUCUAACAGUAUAGUGACAUUCACAGUUAAAAUGUCAUGCAGAACUAAAAAAAUGACAUUUCUUAAUUUCUAAUUUUUUUUUUAUAUUUUAUUCAUAUUAAAUUAAGUUUAAUAUACAAAUAUUCGAUGUGACACUUAAGCCCUGUUUCUCCUGAACAAAAUGAUAUACUGUAUAAGUGUGGGUGCACGUAAUAUGAAAGAGGUGAAUUACUCCUGAACAGACAUAUAGCGCAAAUUCCAGGUUUUGUUUACGUUUUGAUCAAGUAUACAACUGCCUCAGUUCUUAAGGGGUUAAAGAAACAGCAAUAUUUACAUUUGCCAAGAACACAGCUUUAGUGGCUAUCAGACAGAGGUGCUUCCUCACUGAAAACUUUCAGUUAUUGUCAAUUUUCACAUUAUUAUUAUUGUUAUUUAUAAAGCGCCAACAAAUUCUGUAGCACUGUACAACAUUCAAGCCAAAAUGCCGUCUCAACGGCAUGAAAAUGUUUGUUUUUUAACCCCUUAAGGACCAAACUUCUGGAAUAAAAGGGAAUCAUGACAUUUCAUACAUGUCAUGUGUCCUUAAGGGGUUAAAGGAACACUGCAAGCACUAUAACUCCUACAGCCCGCCAUGCAAGGCAGUGCUUGGGGCCAUUCUUAAAUGGUUUGACUACUUAUUCUAUGAAGGAGCACCAUAAACACUUUACCGGGUCAAAGUGUUCCUUUUUAAGUUAUUCUUUCUAUUGCUCUUAAACUAAAUGCAUAACACACAAUUAUCCAGGAAAUGUUUUCACAAAGUUUUUAAGUAAGUUAGAAAACAUUUACGAGGUGAUUCACAAAAUUUUAGGCAAAAAUCGGGUAUUAAAAUUUGAAUUCCUGACAAUUCAGCUCAGCCUUUAGAUUUUCCUUAUUACCCUUGUCCUGAUACUGUAUCACUGCUUACUGUGUGCAUUCCACACAUGCAGCAGCAAUAUUCUUAUUGUGUUUUAUACACAUACACACAUACCUAACCCAUUCUAACUAUUAGCAAAAAGAAAGUGCAACCAUAACCACGAAUGCAUGUAAUUCCCAGUUGCCAAUAUUGUAUUUAUAACACAGGGAAACGGUAAUAAAGCGUUUUCUCCCCUCACUGCUUGCCAGCAGGAAGACAGGCAGGCCCUGGGAGCUGGCUGAACUUUCCAGGAGAGGUCUUAGUCACUCAGCGAGGGGCGGGAAAGGGACGAAAAAUCCACAUUUUCUUUCCCAAAUAAGUCGAAAAACGUUGCAUAUUUUAGAGGGAAUACACCACCUUCCUGGACGUCAUUGACCACACCACGCCCAGCCGUAGCCACGCCCACCCCUACCAUGAGCUCACCAGUGGAUCGCAGGCUGGAGUUCAUUCAAUACAUUUAUUUUUCAGGCAGCACCCAUCUCUGCAGUCUGCUUCCAAAUUCCCUCAGCUCUAUUCAUCCUCAAUCCAUUUAAAAAAAAUAUAUAUAUAUUAUUUUUAUUAUUUGCAACAUAACAAAAACACAGGGUGUGGAUUUUUAUUUUUAAUUCACAUUGGACAUUUUUUUUCCUGUGGGAUUGCAUUUUCUUUAUUAAAACAGCUCAGGCAAAAUAGGUAUUUUUAAUUUUUUUUAAAGUGCAAUACAUAUUUUUUUGUUAACUUAUUUUUUACAGCAGAUCUAAUUUUUCGUACAUGUGCAAUUUAUAUUCAGUUUGACCUCCAGCUCCCAGUUGCACUUUAUUUUAAAGUUUAUUUUGUGUUUUUUUUUUUUUUUUUAUAUAUUACUUCUAAUUUGCGAAAUUUGGUGCAUCUAAAGGGAACUUGGAAGUUUGAUUUGUAGACAUCAACAAAAAGGUCCUUGAGAUCAAGCUUAGCUUGUGUACUGUUAAAGGAGCAGAAUGGCUUGCCUCGGCCUCAACACCCUGGACUCAGUCAAGAGAAAGAUCCAGGCUCUACAGCAACAGGCCGACGAUGCUGAAGACAGAGCGCAGGACUUGCAGAAAGAUCUGGACACUGAACGUGAGAUGCGUGAAAAAGUGAGGCGCAGCUACUCCAAACUAUACGGCCUCUGUUUCCUGUCUUCUCCUAAAGAACUCUGAUCCCAAUCUAUUCUCUUCUUCCAAGAUUUCUCAACAUUCCAUCUCCCUGUGGCUGAUCUGUGCUUUCUUAACUCUGUAUAAAGAUACCUGCUUAACAAACAUCUACUAUUCUUUCUUUUCCCCCCUUGAUGUAUUGGUGGUGAGGUAGAUGUUUGCAAGUCCUUUUGUUCCUGGCAGUAGCCAGUUAGAGUGUAAGUGAUAUGCGUUUUUAAUGUCUGAAGUUUUCUAUAUGAAUCACGAUUUAAUUUCAGACUUGAAAGUGAAUCGCUAAAGAAUGUAACGUUCAAGCAAUUGCACUCAGUACAUAGUGAUAUUGUAGUUGGGGUGUGGUUACCUGGUGUAUAUAUAUGUACGGUGGCUUCGAAAGCCUUUCCCUGUGGGAUUGUUGUUCUUGUUCUGAGAUACAGAGACUAGUCAAGGACAAACUAGUUAAUAUGUGGGAUAACAGCGUGUAGAUCCAAGGACAAAGCUGGUUUAGAAUUAUUAAUAAUUAUUUUGUGGCAUUAUUGGUAAAUGCUUCAAAUUUUGGUUUUCAAUUUAUUUUGGAUCUAUAGCAAUCAAUGAAAAGUUGAAUUUGGUGGACCUGAGUGCUUUUCUACCUAGGUCACUAUGUAGAUAUUUUAAAUAUAGCUGUGGGGACUAUAUUACCAUUUUAUUUUAUUUUUAUUUUUAAGGAUUGGUGCAUUUUAGUAUUCUUCAUUAUAGCUUUCAUUUAAUUCAGCCCAUGUAGUACAUACAGUAUACAUAUAACAAGACCUCUUCACUAACAAAACAGGGAAUUUUUUCUUCUCACUGAAUUUCUGAAUAUAUUGUUUAUGUAUUUCAUGUCAUUGUCCAUUGAUAGUGUGACGUGAGAAUAUUAGGAUGAUUGUUUAGCUUCAUUUAUCAAUUGCAUUGCAGUCUGUUUGAGAAGGAAAGAAAAAGAUCACUGGUACUUCAUUAAGAGGGCAUUAUAAGCUCUAUAACCAGUAUAGCCAAAUAUAGUGGUUAUGGUUCCAACAUACCCCUGCCUCCAGUUUUCGUGCAAGGGAACCAAGGGUCCUCUGGGCACCAGUGGCGUGGCCGCACGUUCAGUACAUUGCCAUUGCAGAAGUUAUGCUUCAACACUAGAAAUAUUAGUUUAGUACAAUUUUAGGUGAUGUUCAUUGGCUGUAGUUCAGCUGAUUUGCUUAGCCAGUAAAGUUGGACAAAAUUGAUAUUGCUAAUGUGGAAAUGUUGCCUUCACUAUAGCAAUAUUGUAAACAAUGGGUCAGACCAAUGUUCCAAGGGUGCCAACAGUUUAGGUCAAAACACUCUAAAGUGGUUUCACACAAGAUAUAUAAAAAUUAGAAGAUGAUGCCAGGUGUAUGCUGGUACUAUGAAAACAGGGGGCUGUACUCAGGCCUCCCAACCAUCCUUAUUUCGGUGGGGCAGUUCUUAUUUCAGGCUUCUGUCAUGAUAUCCAGACUUUUGUUGCUUUUGGGGGCACUAGGGAACUGUCCUGAUUGAGGGCAGCACGGGCUCAUUAGACGUAAUCAUGGUAUGCUCAAGGCACCAGUACCUGUAGAGAGAGUUGACGCAGAGCUAUCUGCAAGGUUGGCCCUUAGUAGGCCAACCUUCUUGAUUGGCAGGCAGAAUGGUAUGCAUUUGCUCUAAGAGGACCUGCCAGUUCUUUGCAUCCUUUUAAGCAGUGCCAAUGACGCAAUUUGUGUCAUUGGCUUAUCUCGACUUAACGGAACACCAAUGUUGAUGGGUACUGCUCAUGAUGUUUAGAGUCCCCAUUAAACCUGAACAGCACAUUUUGGUUGGCUAGUAGUAGGUGACGUGGGACGAUAUACGUACCAUGUACCUAUACUUACUAUUUUUGAGAUCAGUUCAACUGUAACGGGUGGAGAAUAUAAGAUUUUUCACUCUUGUUUUUCUUAUGGUUUAUUAGCAUUAAUUUUCAGGUCAACUGUCGUGUCAAUGGUUAAAUGGCAAACCUAUACAUAUAUUGACCAUGUGAUAUGUAAGACACUAGGUCAUUGGAGUUAUAGAUUUUUUUUUUUUUCUAUUUUAGUCUAUAGCCGUGGUUCUUAAACCAGUCCUUAAGGCACCCCUAUUAGUCCAGUAUUUAGGGAUACCCAGUUAUGUUUAAGGUGUUUAGAAGGAAAAAAUAAAAAACACCUUAGACACAACUGGGUAACCACUAAUCUUGGGCUGGUAGGGGUGCCUUGAGGAUCGUUUUGAGAACCACUGGUCUAUAUGUCUAGUUGACUUUCUACUCAGAAUAAUGUGUAGUUUAAUGAAUAGUUCCCUAGAUUAAUUAAGACAAAUGUGGAAUGAUUAUUUUACGAUUCUCUGUAAAGCUUUUGAUGAUCUUCGAUUAUUUGUGAGAACCAGUUGUGCUCUGCCGUGGUCUGUUGAGUUCAUGAAGUAAAUGGUUUAUCUAUUGCUUAUAAGCCCCUCCAGAUGUUAUUAUCUUGAUGCUCUCCCAGAACCAUUUGCUGCUACAUGUAGAAAAGACAGUUUUUUUUGGGGGGGGGGGUGAGGAGAGGCAGGAAUGAAUUUCUUUUCUUCUAUGCAUGGACAGAGAAACAUUGCCGACUGGUUAACCAGUAACUUCCUGUUACAAUGCACAGUUAAUAAUUUCCUGUGUGGGGAGAUAUGCAAUGGGUAAUAGUUAGGUUUGUGUAUAGGGAUUGAUAGAAGCUGAUUCAUUGAACUGUUAUUUAUAUUUAUAAAGCACCAGUAUAUAUUGCAGCAUUUUACAACAGCAAAGAACCGGUAAAGGCAACCACACCACUUCAUCUUAAUAAAGUGGUCUGAAUGCAGCAGCCCUGUAGUUUUGUAGAAACUGCACCUCUAGUGGCUGUCUUCCUGGCAGAGUAAAACCGGCUUGUUGACCAAUUGCUGCUCCUAGGGGUGGUGGUUUGUUUUUUGUGUGUUCUGCAUGCGCGCCAGCUCACACCAUCUUGAUUGUCUUGGCUAAGGAGGUUGAAUAGCAGGACAGAGACCAGCACAUUGAGGGUUGAAAGACAAGUAAACCUCACAUGCGCGUGAAGGCACAUCCAUGGGUAUUUUAAUACUACAGUGUUAGGAAUAUACACAUAAAUGGGUACAACAGGUGAUAAGGGCUCUGCUCAAACCAGGUCAGUGUGGAAAGGAAGUGGAGUCAGGUUAUGCAAAAUGUAUCUGAAAGAAAUGCAGGGAUUCAUUCACUGAACACCUUAUUGUAGAGAAACAUAUUGUGACAAAUAAUGCCCCACUUCUUAUGCACUAUCCACAAGAGUCGAGGUAACCGUGCUUGAUGCACUGUUGUAGCAACACGUGGAAUGUGGUCUGGGUGCCAACUCCCACUACCCUUAAAGGACCACUAUAGUCCCCUGAGGGUGCCCCAACCCUCAGGGUCCCCCACCCGCCUGGCUCUGGAAAGGGGAAAAGGGGUAAAACGUACCUUUUUCCAGCGCUGGGUGGGGACCUCUCAUCCUCCUCCUCUCCUCCCCGUCGGCUGAAUGCGCACACGCGGCAAGAGCUGCGCGCGCAUUCAGCCGGUCGCAUAGGAAAGCAGUUACAAUGCUUUCCUAUGGACGCUUGCGUGCUCUCACUGUGAUUUUUCACAGUGAGAAUCACGCAAGCGCCUCUAGCGGCUGUCAAUGAGACAGCCACUAGGGGCUUUGGAGGAAGGCUUAACCCAUUCAUAAACAUAGCAGUUUCUCUGAAACUGCUAUGUUUAUAAAAAAAAAAAAUGGGUUAACCCUAGCUGGACCUGGCACCCAGACCACUUAAUUAAGCUGAAGUGGUCUGGGUGCCUAGAGUGGUCCUUUAACCCUGCAAGUGUAAUUAUUGCAGUUUUUCAUAAACUGCAAUAAUUACUUUGCAGGGUUAACUCCACCUCUAGUGGACAGCCACUAGAGGGCACUUCCGUGUCUCUAGCACAGAUUUUCUGUGCUAGAGUGUCGCUGGACGUCCUCACGCUGUGUGAGGACCUCCAGUAUCGCUCAAUUCCCCAUAGGAAAGCAUUUUUAAUGCUUUCGUAUGGGGAGCUCUAAUGCGCAUUAGGUCUCUCUGGCCGGCGGGCGGGAUCAGUCUCACCCACUGGCCAACGUAAUGCGGAGGAGCGGCGGGGGAAGAAGCAGCAACGUGGGACAUGUCGCUGCCUCUGGUAAGUGACUUAAAGGGUUUUCACCCCUUCAGCAACCGGGGAUUGGGAGGGAGAGGGGACCUGCAGUGCCAGGAAAACAGUGUUUUCCUGGCACUGGUGUUUCCCUUUAAUGUUUUUUUUGUUUUGUUUUUUGGACUGAUGGCGAGGGAAAAAAAUUUGACUUAAAGAAACAUUAUAGCGUUAGAAAUAUUCAUAAUGUUAUCAUUUCCCUCUGCUCUAAAGUUAUUCUCUGGCUGGUGUCGAAUAGGUUUAAAACCCUUAAAACAUUUACCUCUUUCCCUCAGCACUGGCGCAGUCACUGCCUCCUCUGGCAUCUGCAAUGCAGCAAGCAUUAGGCCUUCCCCACAGGAAAGCAUUAAAUCAGUUUGAUUUGACGACACUGGAUGUCCUCAUGCAAAGUAUGAGGACGUCCAGCGUUAUUUCACGGAGUUAAACUCUGAAACUGCAGGAAGUGCCUCUAGUGGCUGUCUAGUUGACAGCCACUAGAGGUAGUCUUAACAUCUGAAAGUGCAAUGUUUUAUACUGCAGGGCUAAAGGGACAGGGACACUGCACCUAGACCACUUCAAUGAGAUGAAGUGGUCUGGGUGUCUAUAGUGUUCCUUUAACUUAAGGCGUUUGACAGAAAUCGGACAGUCUUAUCUAGGUUCUCGUGAGAGUGGGGUGUAUGGGAAAGCAGUGGGUAGUACUUGGCAAUUAGAGUGAAUGUGUAGCUUGAGUACAAUUGUGGAAAACCUACAGAGGACCAUUAUUUCAACUAAAUCAUGAAGGAUACAGGUAACCGGUAUGAUGAUAAUUGUCUAAAUAUUUAAUCACGUGAAUAAUGGCAGUAGGAAAAACUUUUGUAAGUGGAUACUUUACAGAAGUAUCGGGGACCAUUUAACAUAUAUCCAUGGCUAAUGAGAACAUGUCCUCUUUGCCUAAGUUUCCCAUCUCCAGUGUGUGAUCUGGGUGGAAGUUAGUGGGGACUUAGGUGUUAAAUCAUCAUGACAGUGAGGUUUACACAAUAUAAUGUAGUCAUACAUUCACCAAAUUUGAGAUUUUGGAAUGUGUUAAACCAGGCUUUCAUCGUACAAUUAGAUUGAAGUGGCAUUGCAGAAGACAAGUCCCAACAACAUGAAUUGCAGACAACAAAAAUAGACAUUACCUGUUACAGCAGCACAUUCCUUUGGAUGAAUCAUUCCAUGAGAUCAUUUGGACAUUUCACAAUCAUUAGUGCGUCUGCCUAUUGUCAGAGUGUGGCAAAAGCAAAAACCAGUGCAUAGCGUUCAGAAGAAACCUUCUUAGUCUGCCAAACUUCGUUUUAUGUAAUAAACAUUUUUAUUUCUUCCAGAAAAAGCAAGUCAUGUUCAUAGCUCAGUUGACUGCGGUUCUGAGCCAUCUGUCCCUUGCCUUUCUACUCUGUUUGGUUUCAGUCAUCCAAACCUGUAUCAAGAAAUUGAUAGGUCAUCCACUAAGCUUUUUGAUGCACAUGCGCCUAGCCGAAAUAGCAAGAUAUUUUAGUAACUAGGAUAGAAACCUACAAACAUACAGGUAAAAAAUGAAACACAUAGAGUAAUAUUGUAUAUCUACCGAUAUGUACUAAUGUAUAUUACAGUCACAAAAUUAUAAUUGAUAGUAGGAAUGUAGGAUAUAAAAUCUGUAUUUUCUUUUCUACCACUCAAGUGGAAAAAAAACAAUAUAUGUAAGUGCACACACACAUGCAAAUCUUCAAAAGACCAUAUAUUUAAUUAGAAAACUGCACUUACAAUUCUCACAAUAAAGGCAAGAAUAUGCCCAGUGUUGGUAAAGGUUGCAGUUCCCCAGCACUCUGGUCUUUCAUGUCCAGAAAACAUAAUUGACUUCUUUCACACACCUACAGGGACAGUUUCCAGAAAAAAAACACCUUACACAUUUCUUCGGAUGGGACAGAUUUUCUCUGGGGUAAUUGGCCAAACAAAAAAUCCUAUAAUAUAUAUGCCAUUGGCCAUCCUUUUAAAUGGCCCAAACACACCCCUGAUGAGGCAGUAACCAAAUCCAUUAACUAGAGCGGUUUUGGCAAAAACCACCCCAUGGGUGCAAAUAACAAACAUUUCUUUCUGACUCUUGAAACUGACAGGGUUAUUUACUCAAGUGUGAAUUCUAAGUGAAUUAAGGCCAAGGGGGGUGGGGGUAUUUUGCUGCCAUUAGGCAUCUUUCAUCACAUGCUAUACAAGCUGAUGAUGGACAUAUCAUCCGAUGCACAUAUUUAACAUUAACUAGCUGGUACUCUAUUCUGGGUUGGCUAAUAAUGCAAACUAAAUGGCUCUCUGCAGUGUUUUAUAGAUAGCAAUAUUCUAUAGUGCAACAAUGAAUUAUGCACCCUUGGCAUGUACAGACUGUAGAUACCAUCACUGUCUUGCCAAGGGUGCAUAAUUCAUUGUUGUACUAUAGAAUGUUGCUAUUUAAUGUGAGUUGUGUAGUGCAUACAUGACUUGGCUACUUGGUAGAAGUGGUAUGGCCAAUUUGAUUGUCGAGGAUAGAUCAUGCACCCUUUCAAAUGGUCAUGGCUUGGUUCAACCCUCUAAAUCAGGGAUUCCUAGCACAGUCCUCAAUUACCCCCUACCAGUCCAGGAUUUAGGGAUUGCCCUGUUGGGUUUUUUCUAAAACACCUUGGACAACUUGGUAAUCCCUAAAUCCUGGACUGGUAGGAGGUACUUGAGGACUGGGUUGGGAACCACUGAUUUAAAUCAUAUCUCCUAACACAGCAUGCAGAGUUUUUAAACAAUGGAAAGUGAAGGAAGCAAGCUCGGAAUAAGCUCAUUAAAAAGUUACUUGCCUCCGAAGGUUCCUUGCUUGCAACAAACCUCCAUGAUCUGCUGUUUCUGCAGAGGCAUCUUAUUUAACCAGAUACACCUUUAAAAGCGUGCACCGUCAAGCAGCUGUAGAGUCAUCCAAAAACCAUAAUGAGACUUACGGGAGGUUUAUGGGAAAUGUAGCUCAGGCUACAGCAGUUCCACUCAUCUAUAGCAUAUGCUAUACAUAACUUGUACAGCCAGAGGAGGAAGUUUCAUUGACUCCUUCUUUUUAUUUUAUUUUUUUAUUUAUAAAUAUCUUGCAAGUAAAUCACUGAAGUUAAAAGCUAGUUAGUUUUUUGCGAUAUGGGUGCAUUGAGACAAAGUAGUCUGUUUGCUUAUAAUGUUCCUUUAAUCCAAGCAUACUGUUUUUUUGAAUUUUUUUGAAUUUCAAUUUAAAAGCUUUAUGCCUCCCUCCAAAUGAUUAAAUGUAACUUAAUUUCAGUGUAGUUAUGUUAUGAAAGGAGAUGAAAUUGACGUACAAUAGCAUUCUUUCAUAGUGACUGAGCACACGAUAUGAUUUUUGUUAUUUAAUCUUAUAGUUCUGAGGGUAUAUUGGCUUAUACAUUUUUUCUUAUUGAAGGUGUCUCGUAUUUAAUUAUUUUUUAUUUUUUUUAACAAAUCAACCAUCUUGCUUUUAUGUUUUGCUAUUAAAUAAAUCCUUGACUCACCCGUGCAAAUUUAUGGCUAUCAAUAUUAUCUCUGUUAGUCAGGUCCCUUUUGAGUGGUUAUUAGAACCAUGCACAGAGCAUUCACACAGUAUUAAAGGGGGUCUUUAAUCACCUAGAGCAACACAUGUUAAUGUAGAGUGUUUGGGGCAUGUAUCUUGUCCCUUUACUCUGACAAUGUAAAACUUUGCGGUUUCUGAGAAUUGGCAAUUUUUACCUUAGUCCAAGAUCAUACAUCUAGUGGCUGUCAAACUGAUGGCCACUUUAGGUUCAUCACUAUACACCGCAUGAUGACACCGAACAUGGCAAAUGCUUAAAAUCCAGAAUAUUGGAUUCAAUGCUUCUCUAUAAGAAUUGUCACACUGAUGGAGCACACUGAUGCACAUGCACCAUAGUUCCACAAUGCUUCACUAUGGAAAGCAUUUAGAUUGGACAAAGAUGAUCUUAACUGAUGAUCUCACCGUAGGCAGAUUCUUUUUUAUUUUUUAUUUUAUUUUUUGAAAUAAAACAAAGGGAAAGGGGGUGCUAAAAUUGAAUUAAAAAUUGAACACUCUAAGGUUAAAAAAAAAAAGUGUAUAUUUUUAUAGUUAUAGUAGUAUUUCUUUACGUAAUGUUUGCCCACUUGUUUCUUGGAUAGUACUUCUUGAUUGUCCUACUUGAGUAAAUAGGAAAAAAGAAGGGAGGGGUUAUGGAGUGGAAUAAACCACCACCACUGCCCCAGAGAAGGUUACAGGAGGUAUAGGGGGCUUAACCCCAGGGAAUUACAACAAUGAGAACAAAGAAAAAUGGGGUAGAGGAUCCACUCACACAAAGUGGGUGGAAAAUCCAACCCAUUCAGUAAUACCUCCUAAUGUAGAAAGUCACAUGGAUUGGGUAAAUAAACCUUUAUUAGAAAAAAUGCUAAAAAAUAAUAAUAAUGGUACUAGAUACACCAAAACAAUGUGUAUAAAUAGUGAUAGAGUGAACACCAACACCUAUAAAAGGCUGGGCAGGCUAAUCCUAGAAAGUCACAUUAUUAAGUAUAAGGUUCAGGUGAGUAGGUAAUAUAUGCCUCUAGAUGGUCAGAGUGGAGUCACCUAAAUAACCUAGUAUAUAUGUGACAACACGGUCUAGUCAUACAGUUGAAGAAAAAAUAGCACUAAUGGGAUAUUAGGUAUCUGGCAGUGGUUAUGGUGCUGACAGCAGAAAAGGGCAGAACUGUAGUCACAGGUAUAUGUAUAGGCGCCCGGACUAAGUCCUGAGGUGUCUAGGUAUUACCAGUAGGAGAGGGGGGAGGAAGAGACGUUUUAAGAUUUAGUUCUGAAACACAAGCCACUUGCAUCCCAGAAUUACAGGUAAUUAAUCUAUUUUCUUGCCAAUUAGACAAAUCUCACCUUGUUAUUCUGGGAAAAGGACAUUCCUUUGUACCAACCCCAGCAUUUGAUAAGUUUACAUGGACAAAGGAUUUACACCUCUUUGUACGUAAAUUGGCACUACAUACAUUUCAUGAGUUAAACAAACAAAAGAAAGCACGUUCUCUGGGUCUCUCUAGCAUGGAGAUUGAAUGCCUUAACACUCUGGUUUCCCUCCUUGAUGAGAAUGAUGCCCAACCAUCACUUACUUAUAGGAGUCUUAAACUCAAAAGCCGCUUUACUCCCAACUUCUCAUCCUUUAGGAAUAUUGACCUUUUCCUUGAGGCUGUUAAAAGUGAGAUAGACGGCAUAGAAAGUAAAUAUUUUCAUUCUUUUCCUAGUGACAACUUAUCGAGAAGGGAACAGACCGCCUUAAAAUCACUCAGGGAUAACGACAAUGUGAUUAUAAAGCAGGCAGACAAAGGAGGAAAUGUUGUGGUCAUGGAUAUUUUCAACUAUGAGCGAAUGGUUUUGAAUGUAUUGGGGAACGCAGACACUUAUACCAUCCUGCCUUCUGACCCGACAACACUUUCCUUGAGAGCUAUAAGGUAAUUCUGGACGAAGGCCGCAGUGGAGGGUUGCUCUCUGAUGAGGAAUAUUAUUUUAUUUUGAACCGUCAUCCGAGGAUAGCAACCUUCUGCUGCCUGCCAAAUGUCCAUAAAAGCCUUGAGGACCCACCAGGCCGACCAAUAGUGUCUGGGGUUGAUAAUUUAACCCAAUACGGUAGUCUUUAUAUUGACCAGAUUCUCAGACCGUUUGUUGAACUCCUACCCUCUUACAUUAGAGACACUAAGCAGACACUCUACCUUCUUUCGAACCUCCAUAUUGAACCUACGGCCAAUCUAUGUAGCCUCGAUGUUGAGGCGUUAUAUCACUAUUUGUACUCAUUGUUUUGGUGUAUAUAGUACCAUUAUUAUAAUUAUUUAGCAUUUUUUCUAAUAAAGGUUUAUUUACCCAAUCCAUGUGACUUUCUACAUUAGGAGGUAUUACUGAAUGGGUUGGAUUUUCCACCUACUUUGUGUGAGUGGAUCCUCUAACCCAUUUUUCUUCAUCCUACUUGAGUAAAUGUUUAUCAGUCUGCAUCUGUCACCUGACGUGUAAUUAGUGUCAUUGAAAGCCCUAUUUGUACGGACGAGUUUUAAAAAUCUGUGUUUUUAAGGAGGUUCAUGUUUAGAACCUAUGUUUGGGCACAUUGCUAUAAAGACCUCUCUUUAAGACAUCUUGGAGACUUUCCAGAGCUGUCUGUGCUAGACGGGCGUGGGCUUUGGUUUUAAGUACCUUUAUUGUUGCACUGCCAAACUGUAGCUAAUAUAAGAGUCAAGGUUUUAGGUCUGUAACAGUGUAUGUACUAGUAUAGCUUUUCACAAAGAAAGAAAGAGGAAAAAAACCCCCCUUCAAAAUGGAUUUGUAAAAUACUCCAUUAAGACCAAUACUUAAAUACUCUCCUCACUAUAAUAGGAUAGAGUAAAACCGUAAAUGUAUAGGUAUUUUAGUAAAGUAUAAAAAUGGCUGCUUUAAGUGUAUACACACUUACAAAUGACACAUGGCAGAUGCACACCUGGUGUUGUGGGAUGCUCUGCAAAGAAUUUGUGAAAAGUCUUAGAGGCGGCAGAGCUGAAAGUAAGGCAAGAAGAGUGUGUUUUAAUCUAUACGUUUGUUUGGAUUACACCAAACUAUCGAUUAACAUGUUUUAAAUCAAUCUGAAGUAGAGUUGGUCUUAUUGCAUGGUGUGAUCAUCACCUAUAUCAUAUGAUAUGAGGUAUUUAAUUUUUAUUUUUUUCUUCACCAACUAAAAUUUUAAAGGAAUAUUCUAAACACCAUAACCACUACAGACUGUUUUUAGAAUGGUUUGACAACUUACUUGAGUCCUACCAAGUAUUUAUAGCUGCAGCCCCUACUUCUGGUGUUCUUUUACAGAAAAAUCCAGUUGGCUCUAAAGAGCUAAGCAGGUUGUGGAUGGUUACUCUAUAUAAAGCUGCCUGGCUUCUCUUUCAGGUUGAAGACCAGAUGCAGUAGAGGGUCACGUCACCCAGCUAAGUUGUAAAACCACACUAAACCGUUUGACUGCCUAAUGUAGGAUAAAGCCAGUGCGCCUGGCAGCAGAUAUUUUAUUUUGAGUAUUUAAAAGCUUUUGAAAGCUACAGCUGAUAUGGUCAGAAGUGGAGGUAUUUCAGCCUUCUAGUUGCAGCACUAAAUUGCGGCAGUUAUAAAUAAAAAUGGGCAAGGGACCUCUCUGUAGCAUAGCUUCUACAAUGUGCUUAAGUAGGUAUGGGUCUUUAUGGCCCUUUAACUUUUUUCCUUCCUCCGUGAUGUAGUAAUGGGCACUAAUAUCUGAUUUAAUGUCUGCGGGUACUGCAUUUGACUUACUGUACGUUCCCAGGAAACACUCCCUUUCCUGAGAACGUACAGUAGGUCAGAUGCAUUAAAAUUUCCUUUGUUAGUUCUGCUGGUUCCUGGAUUGUUUUUGAAAAGGCUCUGCCCUAUUAACUGUGCUGUAUUCUAUAGCUAGGAAAGUGUUCCAAGGGAGGGUGGUAAAUGUUGAAGGAACUUUACAGUGUUGGGAAUACAAACCUGUAUUCCUCGCAUUAUAGUGUAAAAAUAGCUGUUUAGCUGACAGCCCCUUACCGUUGAUUUAAAAGGUGACUCUUCUUUUACUCUCCUUUGCCACACUAGUCCUGUCUCCAGGCUGAGAACUCAUGAUGAUCUUGGCCAAUCCAAUACUUUCCUACAGGAAAGCAUUGGGAGGCUAUUGUGCAUGUGCAGCAAAAUGCAACGCUGUGUCAAUAAGAAUCUCUUCAUAAAGAUGCAAUCCGUUCAGUGUGCAGCAUUGGAGUAGGAAGCACCUUUAGUGACUCCCACUAGACGUGUUACAGGCUAUAGACUCCAGAACCACUACAAUAAGCUGUAAUGGUUCUGGUGACUAAAGUGUCCCUUUAACUUGUGAAUUACUUUCAAUGGGUUAACAGAUCAGUCGAUGACUCUAUUGUUAUGCAGAGUCUGUACAGCAGCCAAGAAGGCUUAUUCAGCAGGAUGCUUUGCAAUCAUAUUUACUUCUUUCAUCAAUGUCACAAACUCCUUAUUCAAGCAGAACACACCUAGAAUGCGAUGGAAAGCCUCCAAUAUGUGUAUUUUUGGUAAUCUUCAAGUGUUGGGGAAGGGCUGGAGCUUAAGAAAAAACAAAAAAAAAAAACAUUGUUCUACUUGGCUCAUCUUUAAAUGCUAAAGAAAAUUAAAUCAGUGGUUCUUAACCCCUAGGUUUCAGCAUUUUGAUGUUAAUACCAAGAAAGAGUUGUGAUCCCCCGAGCAUGACAGUUUAAAACAGAAAUUCCUUUUUUUUUUUUUUACAAACCUGUAAAUGCCAACAUAAUUUGAGAACUUGGUUCUUAGUAGCUGUUAGAGUAUGCUUCCCUUAGCGGUGUCACCACUUGCGCAUGGUGCUGUUGUGUAAGUGGUGUUGGCUUUGUUCACCGUAAACCGAUUUGAAAAUCUAUAACUUUAAACAACGUAAUGUAGGCCUAAAGAAAUCACCUGCUAGAAGGCCCACUACUUUGGGGCAUUGUCUGUAAUGAUAGUAUGUGUUUGCAGCUCAGCAGUUUGCAAAAACACAAUUGUUGGUAAGUAACUUGAUACUUGGAGGCUUUAACAGAAGUGAAAAUGAAACACCCAAUACAUAAAAAAAAAGACAUGGACAAUCUUGCACAGCAUGGCAAAAAUCCACCACAUUCAAAGUAUUUCUAAUCCCCUGUGCUGAGACACAUCUGAAACUGACAUGUAUUUGUGAAAAGUGCAAAGAAGACUGGGCUAUAUAUACAUCCAUCUUCUUAAACAAUACCGUCACCCGAUGAAUCUUGUCCUUUAAAAUCAAGUUCAUAACGAGAGGGAUUGUGCGUGCAGUUUCUGUACGGAGCCCUUUAAAAUGUACUUGUUACUAUAUACUGUGAUGUGCAGAAUUGAAGGGCUCAUUUGUAUGCAUUGCUCAGUAUUCUGUGCUGUUUUGUGGAUAUUCACUCUCUGCACUGUUUGUGCAUAUUGGUGUAUCCAUUAUGUGAAUUCAUUCUCAAUUAUAGAUGUCCUUUCAUACUGAGGGUUUGAAGCCUUAAGUGCAGGUAGCGUUCAUAGAAUAAAUAGCAAGUCCACUUGGAACACCGAGAGCUGCUGUAUUGAUUUUUGAAAAUAAUUAUGGAUACCCUGGUUUUAACAAGAUCUUAUUGAUAAGUGUAUUACACUGUGAAUAAUGACCGUUUGAGGCAUCUGCCAUUGAAUUACCAGAGCCGUAUUUCUCUAGUAGUGGAUUCUGCUGGAAGAUGCUGUCAUUGAGUUAUUGUAGACAGUAUCACAUUGGCUUUUGCUUUUUGGCAAAUAGUUGUUUUAUUUUGUGAUCUGUAUGGUCUGAAGCCAGUCCAAGAUUCAGAAUUUACAGAUCAAGGCAUAUACCGUCACUUUCCCUCUGAGCACUUGGCCAUAACCAUGUAUUGAACAUUUACAGUUGAUUGCAAGCAAAAAGGGUUACUUAUAAUUCCGAUACAUUUGUAACUAUUUUUGGCUGAUCACAGUACCUGUAGAUGGACACAAAAAUCUUAAAUCCACCUAUAAAGAUUGUAAGGUAGGGUAGGCCCACCUCUGCAGCCUAGAAUUAAGACGUAAAAUGUGUUAUGCUACAAUACCCCAAAAAAUAGUAAUUGUAAACUGCACUUCUUUAAUCUGUAUUCAAACCAAUACAUGUACGUACAUACAUACAAGAAGUGUGAGACUGACAUUCAGUGUUCAACAAAAUCUGUGAUCUAUUAGUUCUUUCACAACGUUAACAUUCCAUGGCCUUUUCAUUGAUCGAAUCCAGCAGUUACAACAAGUCGCUCAGUGGCCAGUUUCCUGUUCGCCUAUCAAUUACUUUUUUCCUUUUUUUUUGUACUCCUUAUAAGGGAAACGUCUAGCACAAUGAGCACAGAUUUUGCUAAGGAAAAGGUGGAGUUCACAUUACAAGCUGCUAUUCUUACGUUCAAAACUAUGCCUUCCGUUCUCCGCAAACGUUUAAAAGCCACUGAAUUCUUUGCUUAUACCAUGCAAAUCUGUCACACAUGUUCCUGUUGAAACACCUGGCUAGAAUUUACACCUUUAUUAUAUUGGUGCGGCUUGUCCAUCCUAAAGGAAGGCGUAUCGGACCAGGUUACGUUACAUUUAAGCCUGAAAGAAUAUUUUGAGGGGUUUAUUUGCUACACAGUGAAUGGAAAACUGGCAAAUUUCAGUCUCAAAUAACAAAGUUUUGAAUUAUAGCUGUGUUGGAGAACAUUUCCUUUUAGCUAUUUUGGCAUGAAUUUUGAUGUUCUGUUUCAAUUCAGUACAGUUCAUUUAAGCUGUUUAACUAGUAAUUGCAGCUGAUUUAUAUUUACACCCUUCAAUGACUUCACUAAUUGCAAAAUUGUUUGAAAUGCCCAGGCUUGCUAGUGCAGGAAGGACAACUUAGUCAGUAGCUUUUAAUUUAUUAAUGAAUUCUAGAGCAAGGUAGUUUUUUAUUUUAUUUAUUAUUUAUUAUCCUCUCAAUUGUCUGCAAAUGAGCUAGUCAUGAUCAUUGCCCCUCCUAAAACGGGGUUCAGUUUUUUUUAAAAUAAAAUAGUAGUUGGUAUUAAUGAUCAUUUGGGGGGUGGGGUUUAAAUUAAUGUAAUUACAUUUUUUUUUCUUCUUAAUAUAUGUGAGUGAGUAGAUUCUAUGUUACAAACACAGUAUAAAUUGUGUAGAUGUGUUAAUUCCUGUUUUCCAAUAAACAAUGCUUGCCGUGCAUAAAUCCAUCUUUGGGAAUCACCACUAGGCUGUGCUCUCUAGAUGUAUGGGGUCUGAUUGAAAAUUAGGGUAACUUAGUUUCUGUGCAAAAUAUAGUAGAUUGUCGUAGAUUGCUGUGUGUAUAUGCGUAGUUUUUUUUUAUUUUAUCAAAGUGCAGAAAUUUAAGACAUUUUGUGAUUGAUUUUGUUUCAGGCUGAGGCUGAAGUAGCCGCAUUAAAUCGCCGUAUUCAACUUGUGGAAGAAGAGUUGGACAGAGCUCAGGAACGCCUUGCCACUGCCUUACAGAAACUGGAAGAAGCAGAGAAGGCAGCCGAUGAGAGUGAGAGGUGAGUAACAGGAGGGAAUGUAUCAAUGUGUCUAUAGUUAACCCUUCAUAAGUGAAUUUUCAAUGUUAGCAGAGUAACAAUAACAGGACACUCAAACUACUCAACAGUAGCUCAGUGCCCAUAGAUAUGUAGAUAGAAAGAUAUGUAGAUAGCUAGAGCUGUGUGUGUGUGUGUGUGUGUGACUGACACACACACACACACACACACACACACACACACACACACAGUUAAAAUUAGGUAAAUGCAACCUCACAUGAACAACAACGCAUGACAUAUUAUACUGUCAUGAUUUAUUUAACACAAAUAAAGCCAAAAUGGAGUACUUAACACCAUUUCUCUGUCUUGGUGUAGCUACAGCUUCAAAAGUGCUUACUGGACAAAUAAGGAUAUACAAUGUACAGCGCUAUAUAAAUAAUAAAAUCAUAAAAAUGUAGCCAUUAUUUUUUGCUGCUUACAAAUAUUAGUGGCUUAAACAGUAUCAAUGUUUCAGUCCAUAAGAUUUUUUUGUUUGUUAUAUAUAAUCUCCCUUGCAAAACAAAGUAUUGAUACCUUGCCAGGAAAUUAUGUAAUAAUAUCACUGGUUAACGCAUGAGAAGUGUUUUUCUAAUAUUUCUAAGUAUAUUUUUUUUUGUUCAUUUUUUAGAGGUAUGAAGGUUAUAGAGAACAGGGCAAUGAAGGAUGAAGAGAAGAUGGAGAUUCAGGAGAUGCAGCUGAAAGAAGCCAAACACAUUGCAGAAGAAGCUGACCGCAAAUAUGAAGAGGUAAGCCAAGGCAGCAUCAGCGAGGAAGAUAGUUCUAGGAUUGUUUAAUCUUGAAUUAGUACAAUGUAACUAGGCCAGAUGGCUUUCCAUCGGUGCUAUGUUCUUUGCUGACUUGCACAAAUUACCCUUAUAAAAAUAAAUCUGGAAUCAUUAGGAUUUGUUAACUUUAAGAUAUCCCUUUGAUCCAUAAAUAAAUUCAGCAGUAGAUGCUGGUGCUAGUUCAUCUGUCACCUUUGUGGGUCUUUGCAUAUUUCACACAGACCCCUGAAACUGAUAGAUUCGAUGUGGGUCCGGUGGCUACAGGAUGCAGAGAAGGUAGGUUUUACUUACCUCAGGCUGUCUCACAUGGGUGCCGCCAUCUUCGUCCUUCUGGUCUUCUUUGGUUCCUGGUGCUUCAGUUGUCAGGAGUUACGUCAGAGCUGUACUCUCCCGCAUGUGCAACACUGUGGUCUACGGAGGAUCCCAUGGGUCCUCCAUAGACAGAUUCUGGGUUCCAAAGCUAUACAUUGUGACAGCUGCUGGCAUUGGGCAAAUGUUGACAGCAGAGCUUCACCUUUUGCCUAACCUCAGGCUUUUUACCAUCAGCCCCCUUCUUUGUCUUAUGGUAUCUUUGGAUUGCCCUCGAAUUUCAUUGAAAAUCCAACGCAGCCUUGAUCAGCAUGUCAUAAACCAUAUAUCUUUAUGAAAUACUGAAAAGUGACAGAUCUGCUUUUAAAUUUUAAAAUAGUUGUUUAGACUGCAUCUUACACAUUUGACCUAACUCAUUACUGUACAUGCUUCAAAGCUCCAGUGAUAGUGUUGUUUCUCAUGCAUUAUUGAAAUGUGACAUUUGCUGAGUGCUUCUAUGCCAUCUGCUGUCAAUGCAGUUUUAUUUUGUGCCAUUCAAACCUGUGCAAAGCUAAACAUAAUCCUGGUUGUAUUUUCUAAUCCUCAAAUUUAUUUUUUUCAUUUUUUUUUUUUUUUAAGGUUGCUCGAAAACUUGUCAUUCUUGAGGGCGAACUUGAGAGAGCAGAGGAGCGCGCAGAAGUGUCAGAACUGUAAGAUUUCACGUUUGUCUUUGCAUCUUGUUUCCGGUGUUUAGAAAUUGUUCCUCACAAAUUAUGUGAAAAUCUAACAUUGUGUAGAUAUUCGCAGUGCAGAGCGGCCACAUUAGCAAUAUUGUGUAUGCAUAUAUAUUUACAGAAAAUAAUCCAGUUGGGGAUAGCUUUGAUGGAUUGUGUACGUUUCAGCAACUACUCCAUUGUAACACUAUACAGCUACACGUGCUGCUCGCAUAUUUGAAGAUAGUGAUUAAUAAACCAUGAGUCUAUAUGAUCUACUGAAAGUAGGUUGGGAAUGAAGUUUGAACUGCUGCUUAAGCUUGCUUUGUGGUCGUUGAUCUUACAACACUUCUGCACCUGUUGUUUGUUAUAUAUUUUAAUUUUGUGCAUUUUAUUACAGCAAAUGCAGUGAUUUGGAAGAAGAGUUGAAAAAUGUGACCAACAAUUUAAAAUCUCUUGAAGCUCAGUCUGAAAAAGUAAGUUAAUAUGUGAACUUAUGAAGUGCUAUGCCAUUGCUGAAUAAAGUGUAAAACCUUACAGGGAUACGCUUGACACCAAAACAACUUUUAGCUUAAAGAAGCAGUUUUAAUGUAAGGAUCAUGCCCCUGCAGUCUCGUUGUUCAAUUCAAUGCCAUUUGAUCACUUUUGUUUCUGUUUAUGCAGCUCUAGUCACACAUCCAAGGACUGUGACUUAUACAACUUUCAUGAAAAAAGAAAAUAUUUUUCAACCAAAUGUGACAGCACAUCAUGUUCACUUCAGAAGUUAUCUCAUGCUCUGUUAAUUGAAUUUUAAUCACACACAGGAGUGCCCUGCAGUCUAUUAACAGAACAGGAGAUAAGAAAUUCUAAAUUAAACAGACUGUGCAAUAAAAGUUUAAACAGUUCUCUCUCUACUGGAAAUGUAUAGGUCACAUGCAGAUGAGGUGUGAGUAGGGCUGCAUAAACAAAGUGCUUUAGCUCCUAAAUGGCAGAGAACUGAGCAGUGAGACCGCAGGGGCAUGAUGUACACACCAAAAACACUACAUUGAGCUAAAGUUGAUUUGGUGCUUAGUCUUUUUAAAUCAACCUAUAGUUAUGUUGCCUUUUAUGUAAUUUACUGACUGGAUAUACGAACGCACAAUAUUGUAACAUUUUAUUUUCAAAGCAUAUACAUCAUGUGCAGAGUAAUUGUUGGAAUAUAAACGUUGAGCAAACUGGAACAAUAGAUAACUAGAGAAUGGAGGAUAGGGUUACAUAAAAGGUAAAAUGUAACAUAUAUAAGUGCAACCUUGUCUUAUUGUACAAUAUAAUGUGACACCAUUCAGUAGCAAAAGUAUAAAACAUUGUAAUAGAUUUUAUGUGAAGACACAUUUUGUGAGCUGAGACAGGGUUUGAGUGCUUUUUAUAUAUCGACUGUAAGCUCGUCUGAGCAUGGUCCUCAUCUACCUAUUCCUGUAUCAUUUUGUAAUUGUCCCAUUUAUUGUAAAAUUUCACCCUUUCAAAUUAUUGUAAUGCGCUGCAGAAUAAGUUGGCACUAUAUACCAAUAGUAAUAAUAAUUUGGAGAAUUUUUAGAUCUGUAUUCAAACUGAGAUUUCAAAAUAUUAAUAGCCACAUUUGGGAACUAUCUGAAUAUUUAACUACUUCUGUACUAUGGCCAAGCAACUCUGAUUUCACAUUUCUGAUACUAAAGGCAUAUAUUUUAUUUUAGUACUCUGAAAAGGAAGACAAAUAUGAAGAAGAAAUAAAGAUUUUAACAGACAAACUUAAAGAGGUAAGUAGUUAUUAUUACAUAGGAUGUGAUAUUUUGUGAUGCACAGAUAUUUUGUACAUGUCAAAAUUCUCUAUUUUGUUCUAACUAUGCAGGCAGAAACCAGAGCUGAGUUUGCAGAAAGAACAGUUGCCAAACUAGAAAAGACCAUUGAUGACCUGGAAGGUAAAUACAUUUUCUGCUCUUCUGAUAGUCUUUAAUUUUGCCUGGAGUCUUAAAUUUUUUUUUUAUGUCUCAUUAAUUAUAGUGUCUACUAAGUAGCGUUGAUUAUAAAUACAGUAUAAGCUAGCUUCACAGAAGAAGCACCCUCCUCCAGAGCAAUAGAAACAAUGGCUAGACUUUUGAAUAGUGUUGAAUGAUCUGAGUGUCCAUGAUAAUAGUGAAUUUACCAGGGAUUUGUAACAUUUAUUCAAAAAUCUGGUGCAUGUUAGCAACCUGUGAGUUUAGGGCUUACAUCCUCUUCAGAUCCACAUGAAUCUGAAACUGGUGUUUUAAUUGAGUGUUGCAGCCAUGCAGCUUAGUCAUGAUAUGAUUGUUUAGUGGUUUUAUUUCAUUUUACAAUUCCUGCAAUUUUAGGCUCUCUAUUAUUCUGCAUUGUGGAGGAAAUGAUCCUUGCAGCAAACCAAUAAUCUGCCAAUAUUUGGCUGAAAAAAAAAUGUUUUGGUUCCAGGAUUAAGUUGUUGCAGAUGUUUCUAGUAGUGAAAUUGUGUAUCGUAAUUCUCUUCAAUUAAAAUUUCAUUAAAACCAACAGUCCAGUAAUAUCUAUAAUGCUCUCUAAUAUAAAUUUCUUUCUCUUUCAUGCUUUCCUCACUUUCCUCUUCGUGUACUUGGCUUUUCUAUCUCCGAAUUCCCGCCUUUUCUGUCUACUAGAUGAAUUGUAUGCCCAGAAGCUGAAAUACAAAGCUAUCAGUGAGGAGCUUGACCAUGCUCUCAAUGACAUGACUUCCUUGUAGACCAACCCAUUGUUUCCCUGUCAUGUUUGGUCUUCCUCGUUCUCCUCUGCAAACUUCUAUACUGUCUGUUUCUAGCUUCCCUGUUCAGAUUAAAUUGACAAAUAAAAACAUCUCUGCACCUUUUCCUCUCUUCAUUUUCUUUUUGUUUGUGUGGCCUGUAUGCCAUAUAGAUUUAAUAGCUGUGUGUUUGUAUGCGGUAUAAAAAAAACUUGGAAAACCUAUAUACAAAGAUUUUCACAUCCCUUAUAAAAUGUGUUUAGCAGGCACUUGUUUAUAAACAAAAAUACUUUCCUCUAGCCAGGAAAAAUGCACCUUUUACAGUGACAAUGCAAUGAAUGUUGCGUUUUUAAGUGUCUUACAAAACUGUGUGAGCCAAAAACAGGUUAAUUUCUAGCAGGGGAGGGCUGGCAGACUUAGGCCUGGGGGGAAAUCCAGUCCAGUGGCCCAUUGCACCUAGAGGAGAGUAAACCCACAUUUCCCAUGUGAUUGAAACGGUGGGGCAGUCACCUAAACACACACACUUGCUGAUUUGACAGGCACAUGCACACACACACACACACACACACACAUUGUUACAGGCAUACUGACUCAGACAGACAUACUGACACACACACAGACAAACUGGCACACACACGAGCUGGGGGGGGGGGAACUUGGGCUGAGGAAGGGGAUUAAAAAAAAAAAGUCUUAGCUUAGGCAAGGGAGGGGGAGGCAGGAGCAUCCUGGGGGGCAAUUGCCUCCCUUCCCAGCCCGCCCCUGGUUUCUAGGCUUGCCAGGUAAAGCACAAACAGAAAUACCAACAGCUGGUAGAAGAAAUGCCGUCCAUCUAUCAUGGUCAGUAGUGUCUGUACAAUAGUUUCAUCUGUUUCCACAGCUCUCAAAUGCCAUUUGAAAUUUACCAUCUUGCAAAGUAGAUUCUCACACCAAAAAGUAGAUGCAUUUUCUGAUUCAUUUCCUGUUGGAUUCCACCAGAACAAUGUUAAUAGUUCGCUCACCUUCUAUAAGCACAUUGUGUGCUCGUCUGAGCAAGUCGCCCUUAGAAUUUACAUACCCACCUGACUUGCCAAUAUGUUUUGAAAAGUGUAUACAACAUGCUUAUACAUUGACAUCAGUGCUGAAAUAAUCUUAAAUAUGGAUAGUAUGUGUUUUUGUUUUGUGUUUUUAUAGGAUGUAUUGCGGGUUUACAGUUUUUUGAUUUCCAACUUUACACUUCCAUGUGAGGCAUGUGUAAUUCUCAGUCCAAUAGCAACAAGUUGUAAUUUUUAUCACACCCAGCAUAGAAACGAGGUAUUAAUUGACAUGGAGACAUUAAAAUGUUCGACAACCACAGAUUACCAUUUGUUAAAUCUUAAGAUUUUGUAGCACGUAAAAAGCCAGCAGUGGCUUUGGUUGGCGAGACCAUUUUUUUGACUACAAACAUGUCACUAAUGAUUUCAACAAGCAUUGCAACUCGUGAACGGUUUUUAAAUUAUGGAAAAUAGAUUUUUUUUUUUUUUUAAUGGCUGUGUAUAGAACAUAUAAUUAACUGUUUCAUUUUAAUUUUUUGUUACAGAAAAGUUGGCAAAUGCCAAAGAAGAAAACUUAGGAAUGCAUCAAGUUCUGGAUCAAACACUACAAGAACUGAACAAUUUAUAAUGUGAAGAUGCUUUUGCAUUCCUUAAACUAUUCCUUUUACACAGUUCCUCCCCCAACCCCCACUAUCUCACCUAUAAUCUUAGCAUUCCAGGAAAGAAGAAAAAACAAAUACAAACGUGACCAAAUAUUAUUUUUAAGCAACCUCUGAAAGUACAAAUCCAGAAUCUCAUUUUACAUUGGUGUAUUGUACUUUUUUUAAAAUUGCUUUUUUUUUUUUUUUUUUUAUACAAAGGUCCCAAUGUACAUUCCAUUCCACAAUAGUCAUGUUAUACUUUAUCUUUCUCAUGUUAUCCUGUUACAGGACCAAAAUGUGUUCAUAUAAAAAUAUGAAAAACGAUAUAGGAGUUUUGUUUUCUUUUUUUUUUUUUUUUUUUUAAUACAAU